CUUGGCACACACCCGUCAGUGUCUCAGUGUGAUUUUGACUGACUGACUGACUGACGGGGGAUUCUGGAGGAAACACACCGGGAAAGGAUCAACACACUCUCGGUUUUUUUUCGAGCCUUGUCUGUCAGUGUUGUCACGGCCGAUGGUUUUCUAAUUUCCUCGCCUGUCUGACCGCCUCACCAUCGGAUUCUUUACUUGAUUCUCUCCCAUCCUUGAUUGGCUGAACCGGGGCUGAUCCCAGCCAUCCUGGGCCGUGGCCGUGGGGCUGUUCAGCGAGCCUAAUAGCUGAAGUUGGCACCCGAGAUGAGCGCCUGGAGACCAGGUAGCGGGGCUCUCUUCUCGCCGGGGAGAGGGUCUGGGUCAUGGAGGUGCUGCUGGUGGUCGUGGUGGUGGUGGGUGAUGGUCCUCGGGGUGGCAGUGGGCACGGGGGAUCCCUGGAUGUCCGCGGAGGCAUGCCCGUCGCUCUGUUCCUGCAGCAGCACCAGGAUCUCCUGCGUGGACCCGGAGCGAUGGAUCAAUGCUUUCCCGGUCCUGCAGAGCGAGGCGGAGAUGGAGAACAUCACUGACAUGUGAGUGUCCAAUUUACAGAGUGGAGAUGUAUGAGUGCUCCCUGAAUCUAUACAUCACCUCUUACCCCUAAAAAGAUUGAAUGCAACACUUAACACGUAAAGCAAUGCCACCCCGUACCCCUCCUUUGAUGAUGUCUGUAGCUGACAGACAUGUGCCAAAUCUGCUUUACAUUUCAUACGUUUUUUGUAACCAAGCAGAACUACUGGCGAAUGCACGGAUUUACCUAUUUGGACGUAGACCCAAGUCCCCCGGAUUAAUUCGGCAUGGGUUCGGCUCUGACACGCAUCAUGUGUAACCUACAUUGCAUAACAGACUCAUUGUUAUCAUGGGGCACAUCAGUCUUCUCAACACGAGCGUGGAGAGACAGGCCAUUUAAAAAUGAAAGCAGCCGCGGCUGAUUGACUUUAUUCCCACAAUUAGCCUUUGCACACAGAUUUCUGUUUAUGCGGACGCGUGCUUGUGUCGGUGCAAAAAAACCGGGUCUGUCGCUGUGUGUACGUGAAUGUGUGUGUGUGUGUGUGUGUGUGUGUGUGUGUGUGUGUGUGUGUGUGUGUGUGUGUGUGUCUGAGUGUGUAGACGGAGAGACACCACUGUCCAAAUAUUAGCAUAGACACUUCCCAAGAUGGCCAAUAUGAGUGUAUUUAAAUGAACCACAGGCACGGAGAAAAAUCGAUGUCAGAGUCAACAUUUUGCUUGUAGAUUAUUUGAAAAGAGGAUGAUUCAAGAUGUUACAAAAAACCUCUAUGUGCACUGAAAAAAAAAGACAAAAACUGUCAUUUCUUCCAACGUCAUUUGAAAUAGAUUGAGACACAUAAUAUGUCAAAGCAAUUAGACAACAGAUUAAAAGAAGUCAUUGCUGCACUGUGUGCCCUGGCAGAGAUAAAUGGCCUUGCUGAUACACUCUUGUCUGGGAUGAACCUGGAGAAGCCUUGGAUGCUGGUUAAAUGAGCCAGCAGUUUGGAAACACACACUGACUGGAUGCUUGGUUAAUGUAAACAGACAAAUUACUGACGUCUAAUCCUAAACGACCUUGCCAAUCAGGGUGCUACACUGAGUCCCCUCUGUGUGAGUGUUAAAUGGUAUAACAUCCUGAUUUUUGACAGCUGCACUAAAAACACACAGUCUGAAAAGAUUUAAAGGGCUUUCAAUGUCAACUUCAAUUCCCCAAAUGAGUGUAAAACCCAAAGGCAGUGUUUGAUCGCUCAUCCAUUCAUGCUCAUUCUUGCAUUAGAGGAUGCUCUAACAAAUCAGGCUUUCCUUUGAAAUUAGACAAAUUUAAUUUAAGAAUGAACACAAACCUUUGUUACAUUUGUAGUGUGAAUGCAUUUGCCAUUUGUUGGUAAAAAAAAAAAUACACAAAGUUGUAAUGCAUAGAGACAUCAUGCACUCCCACUCCUAGUGUCUGCGGUAGACUUUACAGCUGAUUUACACACACUAAUAAGUUAAUACUAAAAGCUAAAUUGAUUGUUUAUUGUAGAAUCUUUUGCAGAAAAAGACCUCAACAGAAACAAGAUGUAGUUACGUGUUGAUAUUGUUGAGCACAGUCACUUUGAUGUGUAUCUUCUGAUGCGGAUGCACAAAGCAGGAGGGGUUAACUUCAUCAGCAUGCCUUCGUUUUUCAUCCUCUGAAAAACGCUGACAUUCUGGGUCAGCUUGUUUAAUUAUUGAGAGACACAUUUCAGAUUUUAGUCAUGUUUCUUCCUCGGUUUAUUUUUAGCUCAGUUUAACUUUAUUUGUUGGGGAAGUAAAAGAGCAGACAGGGAAUAAAGAGUAUGCAACAAAGCCACCUGCAGACUCAAAGCAAGGAUGUGAUCGUGUGGCACCUUAGACUCCUUCAAAGCCAGCGGGACUUUCCUAAAAUACAUAUUUUUAAAGAUGAGAUGUUUUCCAAACUGCCUUUCAAUCCUUUGACUACAUCAUAAUUUUAGUUCAAAUUCAGGGAGGUAAAAUUGACUCUUUACAGACACAUAACUAUUCCAGACUAAGGUACCAUCACGAACAAUCUUGCAAACCGUCAAAUAUAAUGAAUCUCCUGUCAUGAAAAGCAUCGUUAAUGACCUUGUGAUUUGCCCUGAAACAACAUGUGCAGCAUUCAGAAUGACAAGAACUUGGCGGUGACUGUUACAGCGUGUUCCCCCUGAAGGUGAGAUGCUCUCAGACAGCUGAUCUCAAAGAUUUAUUUGAAAAGUACACGUUGUUUCCCACAAACCUGUUCACGCGGUGACUUGUUGACUUGAGGGAGUUGGCAGCAAUCAUCUCCUAUUGACCCUUAUAUGUUGGAGUGCCUUGCUCAAGUGCAGCAGAGCAAAAGAGAAGAGAUCUGAAUCUCUAUUUCUAUUUCUAUACUUUUAACAAACUACAAACUCCCUGUGCAGGGUCAUUCAUCAGCUGUAGCCCUUCAGGAGUUCAUUGUUAAUUUUGAACUUUAAUUAUAUGGGUUUAUUAUGUUGCUUUGUCUUGCUGAAAUGUUGCUGUGUACGCUCUCCCCUCCCAGUUAACAAAUGAGCCUUCUGACACACACUUGUAUCUCUUGACAGCUACAUCGCCAACCAGAGCAGCUUCUCCUCCAUCAAUGACAAAGACCUGCACUACUACAAGAAUCUCAGGAACUUGUGAGUCUUUACAGCUUAUAGUACCAACACAAACGAUAUGGUACAUGACACAUAUCAAGAGCUAUUAUCAGCAAACCUUUUAAGAUAAAAAGACUGAUAUACCAUGUCUAUGCGCCUGUUCUGUUGACCAGAACAAGCAAAUCUUCAGUGUUCAAUCUUAGGGUGAAUUGUGAGCAGCUUUUAGAGGAAAAAUGAUCCACAGUUAGUGUGUUCAUUAUACAAAUGUUAUGUGUAUUUAUGAUGUUUCUUCUUUCUUCGGGCAAGGUGUUGUUGUUCCAAGGCUGCCUGUUCAAGUGUCAGUAGUUCCUGUUUCCUUUGCAUCUGUGUCUUAUUUUAUUUCUUUAUCUCAAGCAAAAUUGUUUACCAAGCAGCACUAACUUAAAACAUAAUCAUUUGUUAAGUAGACAGCUAAUUUUCUGGCCAAUAUCCCAUUAGGUGGAGAGAUGAAUAUAAAGCAUGUUAUGCACUGCAAAUGUAAUAAUGUGGAUAGACUGGAAACAAAGCACUAAAAGCAGGAUGAGUGUUAGAGCCAAAAUCAAGGACAGCUGUCGUGUUUAUUUUAAGAAAGAAACAGAUGUCAUGACAUCGUUUAUUGUGUUUUACUAUAGCAAUUUGUGAACUGUCUAGUUUUAUUUUUCUUUUUGCAAAAUGAAUUUUUUUGCACAGUUAACCUUUUAACUGACUUUUCAAUGAGGUUUCAUAGAGGCCCCUCAGAUGAUGCGGGUCAAACAUUUGCACAAUGCUGAAUAGUGCACAUUUUGUGUAAUUAUUAAAGGCUCCUCACAUUUAAAGUAGAUUUGUCUCACAUAGGCCAAUUCUCCCUUGUUUUAAUUUUAAAUACACUUCAAGAACUCAAAACAAACCAUUUUUCUGUCUCAUUUCUAUAAUGAAAUGUUUCAGUGAAUUUUAUACAAGCAACAUUCACCUGUCGAGCCCAGAUAAAGCUCUCGUUCUAAAGUUACAGUGAAAUGGGAAUACAGUAUAUGUCUAGCUGUCGAACUCUAGAUCCCCCUAUUGCUCAUUUCUCUCAUUGGGGAAGUGAAUACAAAAUGUACAUCCAGCUAUUUUGCCUGUAUAUUACACUCCAUAUCAACCAAGUCUGCUCUGCUAAACACCACUAAAUACAACAGACUGUACUUUUAAGUUAGUACAAGCAAAGUAAAUACCUAAAUUCCUUUUAAAUAAAAAAUAUCAGAUGGAAAAAGACAAUUUUAAGAAAAUAAAUUCUUACUUUGAACAAAGAAAGAUAGUCUAUUGGUGUCAGUUUUAAUGGAAACAACAUCAUUGUAAAGCAUUUUACACAGAGUAAUUAUUUACAGUUAGGAUUCCCAGUCACUUUACUGUCAUGAUUAGUAGCACUGGUCUCUUUGUCUUGUUUGUUAUGUGAGCAAUUUGCACAUGACAGGGUCAAUAACGUCAAUAAUAGGUAUGCUUUUUAUGUCAUUAAUGCCAAACUGCAGUUUUGGCUUGAGCAGUUUAAACAGUGUGGUACCAUUUCUUUUUUCAAAAUGCAGUCAAGUAUUACAAGCUGUGACUCAUUCAAAAAUGAUUUAUUGUAUGCAAUCAACUUUUUCAUUAACCUAUAACAUCUUUGAAUGCAAUUGAUUAAUAUGAGUGGAAUUCAAGUACAAAAGUGGUACCAAUAUAUUCCCAAGUCCUUAAAAGAGGUUACCAGGAAACCCUUUAUUGCUUUUGGUUGAUGCUGAUUAUUGAUGAUUGUUUGUGAUAACAAACACUGUUUCAUUCAUGUUUUUUUUUUUUUUUGUGACAGAACGGUGACCAACAGCAGGCUAACAUAUGUGUCUAAGCUGGCCUUUCAGAAUAACAUCAAGCUGCAGUACCUGUAAGUCAAAACUCAGUAUAUGCUCAUUAUGUCUUAAUCAAAACCACAAAACUGUUCAAAAUUCAGAAUAAAUAAAAUUCUUUAUUGAUUAAUUGGUUAAUUAUUAAUUUAUGGUUGAAACUGUGAACAGUGAUACCUAAGAAAGAUUUAUCUAUAACACGAUAGAACAAACUGCUAGAGGAAAAUAAAAACUUAUAUCUUUGACUACUGAGAAUUUGAUAUGAAAUUACAUUCAAUUCAGGUUCAGACUAAACACAGUCUAUAAUUAGCCUUGGUGUCUCGUCAACAUAAUUAAAGUUUGAUUCCUAUCAUACUAAUCAGAUGUACUCCUUAAGGUUAAUUGUCACAGCAGUUGGAGGUAAAAACUUUUAAUGAGAAAAAUAAUGCAAGCUUAUUGAUGCAUGUUGAAAUGUGCUUUCUGUUCCUCUAACAUGACCCUUAUUCCUCGGUUGGGUUGAUUUUAUGAUCCCAUUUCCUUAAUUUGCAGGAAUUUAAAGGAUAACAACCUGUCAUCACUGUCCUGGAGGAUAUUCAGACACCUUAACAUCUCUUAUCUGUGAGUCCUCCCCUUCUUGUUUGUUCUGUCUAUCUGCUUCAGCCUCUAGCUGGUUGAUAUCUCAGUUUUCAUCAGAGUGUAGUAUAAUUUUUACAUCAAGCAUCUUUAAUGUCAUCCGAAGGGGGGUUGUGUUUGUAAGUGUGGAGUUUGGUUCACUGCAGCCUCCAAUUCUUGGAUUUCCCACAAGCAUAUAAUAUAUUUCUUCUUUUUUUCUUUCUCUCAAUCUUAGUCUAUUGUAAUUUGCCAAGACACCUGCAUUUUCAUUUGGUCUCCCAUUACUGUACACAAUUUAUGGUCAGACUUUUCACAUUAAAUUUAGAAACAAAAAAGAAGUCAAACUGGCUUUUCUCAAGUAUGAUAGAGAGAUUGAUAUCUGUCUAUUAAUUAUGAGGCUGAAGACAAGUGACGCCGAACACACGGGAUAAAAAGAAGGGAAAAUGACUGGCCUGUUUCCCAUUAACCACAUUUACGUGGGCAAAAUUUCUUGAUCCGAUUAAAAAUUUGAGGGCUCAGAUGCAAAAUCAAAUAAUCCCAUCAUGACGUUCGUAUACGUGCAUCAAGCUUUAUUCGGAUUGGAGGCAUUUGGACAUGCGCAGAGUUGUCUAAUUUUGCUAACACAACCGCAGAAGAAGAGUUGUAUUUCUGCCUGUGCUGUCAACAAACCAACAAACGCGGUAGUGGCUCACUCCGUCCAAUUUAGGAGUUUACACCCUGUUAAAUGUUGGCACUAGAUGGCGCUCUUGCGUACUUAUUUUACUGUUCUGUCAAAGGUUGCACCGUGCGUGCAGAUGUGACAUCAUUACGCUGUAUGUACGCCAUGUUAUGUUGCCGGAGGAGCAGACACGGCUCCAGCGGUUGUGUUUUAUGCCAGAGUGUUGACAAUGAAACCUCCUGUACUGGCCUCAAUAAAUGAGCCAAGUGCUAAAGAGAGAAGAUCGAGUCAGGUAAGAGAGUCACGAUCGGAAUAAGUGUUUACAUGGACGCGUUUCUGAAUACCCCCCCCCCCCCCCAUCCGAAUACAAUUUCUAUCUGAUUUAGCCGAAUUGGAUCAGAAUCUUCCGAUCGACACAUUUUUAUUCCGAUCGGGCAUUUAUUUGUGCUCAUGUAAACGCAGCUAUUGAGGACAAAGAACUAAGUCUGCCAGCACCGGCUUAACAACAGCCAAAUGUUAAAAUGUCCAGAGAUCCUGUUUGGAGGGGUUAGUUCACUUUUUUUUGGAAAUGCGAUAACAUAGAGGAAAUAUCUUUCCACGUAAAACUGAUUUAAGAAAAUUUGAUACGAUUAGUGAGUUCCUGGCAUAUGGAUGUUAUUUUAUUCUGGACAGCUUCACUAGCUGUUUCUGUCUGUGUUUAGACUUUGUGCUAAGCAAAGCCAAAAUGCUGCUGGAGGUAGUUUUACAUUUCACAGAGCUACAGAAGAAUUGUCAAGAUUAAAAUGGACAAGAAAGUCCAAUCUGGUGAUGUUGAACUAUCUUUGUUAGACACACUGAUAGUGCUGAGGCAGUCGAAACACAAUUCUUUGUUUUUAGGACCAAAGUCACUAUUGUCUACUCACCAUUGUACUUAAAGGAAUGUGUGUGCGUGUUUGUGUGUGUAGGAUCCUGUCAGGGAAUCCUCUGCACUGUUCUUGUGAGAACAUGUGGAUCAAGCUGUGGUUAGGAGAGGAAGCAGACACUCAGGAGCUGCGCUGUAUUGAGGAUGGAGGAGGCCGCAAGCUGCUGUCCAGACUGACUCUACCUAACUGUGGUGAGGACACACACACACACACACACACACACACACACACACACACACACACACACACACACACACACACACACACACACACAAAGUAAGAGCCUGGGAAAGACAUUGACAAGCUGUAGCUGAGUGCAAAUGGCUGAAAGGCCUGCAGGAAAAACAGUAAUCCUUCUGGUUUCCUCUACAAAUUUCGUUCUAAAUCCCUGUUAUGAUUGUGUGUGUGUGUGCUCCCAUGUGUUUUGCAUGUGUCCGACACAUCUGUUUUUUGUGAAACUGCUUAGAUAGCUUGAGUGUGAGACAUAGGGGUUUAUAGAUCUGUUAUUAUAAUCUCAAAUAUACUAAGUGUUAUGUCAGUCCUCUUGGGAUGUCAAACCAUUGGAGAGAGUGUCAGUCUGUUUGAAAAAUCUAUUACAAUAAAACUGAAAGAGUACGAUUUAUGCAUUAACCAAAACCCACUGCAGUAAUCACUGAUAUACCUGCCAGUAUGUAAAUAUCUAAUGCUUUCGGCAGAGGUGCUGCAUUUUACAUAUAGAGCUUUGCUUAGCCUUGUAUAUUUUAAUUUCCCCAGACACUGAGCAGAGGAAAAAGCCACAAUUUCUUUCACAUGAGCAAGCAAACAAAUGACUUAACAAAUGCUUGCAUGCACACUCGGAUCCUUGCCUUUAAAGAGGGCUUAAGUGGUAAUUUGGUUCCUGUUGGGUGCAACUAGAGAGCCACUGACGCUAAAAAGGCUGAUGUCAUCUUUGUGCUAUCUGGGUUAUGAUGCAAAGCUUGCCCCCAGAUUGAGGAGAAAAACUUGAGGGACAUAAAGAGUCAUUGUUGCAGAUAUAGGGAGGUCACUGCUCAGGAUAUUAUAGAGAGAUAUGGUACUAUGAGGUGCACUGACACAGAGAUGACAUCAUGUGGUCUUGAAGAUGCUGAGUGGAGAAAAUUCUCUGCGUGGACCACAGUGAAAUGAAGUGUUAUAAAGACCAUCUGCACUGUGUCCUGUAGCACCUGUGACCUGCUGUCAUGCAGCAAAUUUCAUUUCCUUUUCUCUAACCUCAGCACACCCAAGCAAAGAUUCUUCCUAGACUCUACAAAAGCUGCACUAUGAUUCUGUUUGUGGUAAAAGAAAGUCUCUAUCUCCAAAAAGUUGGUGUCCUAUUUUGGUUGCAGUCAAAGAAAACCCCCCCAAAUGCUCAAAGAGGUUGAAAGAGGCUUUUAUAAAACACAACUGUAAUGUCAAGCUAACCAUGCAGUCUAUCCUACACAAACUGCCAAAGACUGCAAACCUUUUAUGUACUUUUUUAUUGCAGUGUUUAUCAAGCUUGAUGUACGAACGUCAGCAGGCAACUGACACUUCAUUUCUCCCUCCUCCUCUUCCUCCUCCACAAUCUUCUUCCUCUUCUUCUUGUUUUCCAUAAAUUACUCUUUCUGGACCCACUUCUUUUCCGAAACAGGCUCAUAUUACAGCUUAAACCAUCUCUGAGAGCCUGAGUUUGAGCCUGACCUGCUCUAACUCUCUGAAGGCAAAUCUGUUCACACUCAGCCUGGAUUUGUAGGUUUUUAUGAGUACUAAUCCUGCUAAAAUUGACACUCAGAUAUAAUUUAGAGCUCAAGCUUGACCAAAGCAAACAAAUGAAGUACAGAUUGUUUCUGCCUUUGGGGCAAUGAAACCAGUCAGAAUCAGUUUGUUACUGAGGGGAGAAAACAUAAAGACAUCUUCACAUCUGAUUUAAUACAAUAAAACGCAAUAACAACAUCCAGACAAGGUUGAAGGCCCAGAUUGAAAUUUAAUACAAUUUCCCUUGAUAAGCAAGACCAUAGAUCUGAAAGUAUUUUCCAUUUUGGUUGUUGACAAAGGAAAUGAUCUAGUCAUAAAUAGCACAGGGCAGUAGGACAAACAAAGAGUUAGCCAGCAGCAAGCUAACAGUUUCAUUGAUAAGUGCAUUGAUCUAUCCCCUCAGCCUCCCCUCAAUUAGCAGCACUUAUUUUUGGCAUUAGCACGGUUACAGCGGGGCCCCUGGAGAGAUGGGCUGGGGACCCCCUGGCAGGAUGAAAUAUGAGGAGGAGGACAUGGAGCAGCAGGGGUGCCAAACGAUGCCCUGGGGGUAACUGUGAUACACCAAAAGACCGCUCAGUCUGUCCCCACUGCUGGUCUUUUGCUCUUUCUGUCACGUUUUCUGGCUAUUGCUUCACCCUCCCCAAGACUGUCAUUGGCUCUCUUUAUUUCUAAUUCUCAUGACUGUCUGCUCACGUGUUAAACUUUGUGUUCCUUCUGUCUGCCUGAGCAUAGCUGAGUGACAUAUGUGGAGGGCACAAAGCAGAGGAAGUGCCCAACGAUGCCCUCAGGCUGACACUGAUCUCUCUGGCCACCCGCAUAUGCCCCUUGCUGUCUGUUCCUCUCUCUCUGUGGACUGUUUAUUGCUUCAACGCCUCUCCCAAAGAGUGGCAGGCUGGUCCCACUGCUGAACUAUACAAUGCUUUUUUGAGAAAAUAACUACUCUUCUCUGACAUUAAAUUUUUUGCUGAUAUAAGAUUGAAGAAAUUGUAUCUUUUUCUUAAAUCAUUAAUUAAAUCUCCAGCAGAAAAGUGCUCAUAAUCACUGACAUUUGAAUUGACAGCAGAACUAGGUAACCAGACCUCUGUUGGCCUCAUUUAAGGGACAACCAAAAAAUGAAACUACUGCAUUUCCUUGAAGUACUUGUUGAAGCUUGAGUCUUAUUAAUACACCCAAAUUUAAAGCAGAGGUGAACAAAACAACUGGUUUAUAUAAUGUGGUUCUGGUCUGUUAAGAUGUUUUUUUCCAGUAAGCGAUAAUUUUUACUUUUUCUGUUUAAAUAAAGGGUGUUGCAAUAUACCAUUACUAACAAGAACUUUUUUUCCCUUCAAAUAAAAGUAUGAUUUCAUGCUGAAAAUAACAUACACUAAUUGUUAAUUUAUAUUGGUAGUUACAACACCAGGUCAUGCUGGUUAUAACACAUCUGAGAAGGAGGGAAGACUUAGAAAAAGCAGCUGUAGCAGCCCUCUGAUAGAUGAUUAGAUAUUUUUAAAAUCUAACAACGUGAGACUUACUGUGAAUCCAAAAACAACAUUAGAGAUUGUGCCUCUUUGGUUUACUAAUCAAGUGACCAUUCAUACUCUCUAACCCUCCUUUGAACAGUUUUCAUUCAGUUCCCAAACUCACAAUCUACAAUAAGUAAUGCUGACUUCAAAAUAAAAGCAUAGUUUUACAGUUUAGGAAAGAAGACAACCUCAAUACAAGACAGCAAACUUAUUUUAAAAGAAUGUACAACGAAAUGUCCCCUCUAGGGAAGUUUCUAUCACAGGGCUGGUGAUGUGGAUAAACGAUAAAUUUGACACGAUUUAGAAAUUGAUGAUGAUAUGCAAGGUAGUUGCAUUUUUGCUUACUAGUUAAUUUUAUUCAAUAAUGUGCUUCUCUAUCCUCCUUUUCUCAAUCUCAAUUUAACUUUCGAGUUUUCCAUAAAUAUUACAAAAAUAUCAUCAUCAUGACACGUAAUGGCUACAAUAGCUGUGGGGUAAAAUUCAGAAGCCCUGAAUGGUAUCAAAUUGUGUUUAAAGCUCCUGUGAGGGACUUUCAGUUUGAGUUGGAUUUGGCGCCCCCUUGUGGACAGUGCAGUCUUCGCUUAUUUUGUCUUCUACAUGCUUAUCUAGUGUCUUUUUACAAAAAGUCACACACCUGCUGACUUUUGAAUGUCGAACAUGAAGUUUACUGUAACAUGACAAAUGAGGAUAUACAAAUAGUAAAUUUCAUGAUUAAUGUUUUUAUUCUUGUUAUUAGUCACGAUAAAAGGAAAUGAAUAUUAAUUCUGCUCUAUUUCAUUAAUGUGAAAGAUCUCCAUAUAAGAGCUUUAAUUUUUAAGUUCGUAGCGUGCUCAGGCUGUUUGAGUGGCGUGGGUGAAUGAAAAAAUUCAAAAAGAAAUAGAUGAUUAUAAUUUGAUGGUUUGAGUUACAGCUACCUGCCACCUUAGCUAGUUCUGAACCCAGCUUUUUAGCCAUGAUUGUGUAGUUAGUGAUGAAAGAGUUUCUACUGUACACACUAAUGAGGUUAAUUACUGUAGAUUGCUAUGCAGCCUAGAGCACCGACAGGCUGACUAAAAGCCUGUAUUCCUGUUAAUUCAGUAAGUAAAAAAUGUCUAUGUAGGCAUCAGAUUCGUUGGCAUAUAGUGAUGUGUGCCUUCACACUAAGGUAUUUGCUUAUAGUGUUUGUUAUGCAUUGCUGUAAUUAUGGCAGCACAUUACGUUCAAGAUUCAGGAACCCUUGUUGUGUGUCAAGAAAAUGGCUAAUCUUAGUUAGCCUACCUGGUUCUCCUUCCUAGUGGUGAUGGAGGGAAAUGAACAGGUGGCGACGAGUCUGCAGCGUUUAAAAAGCUUUUCAAACUCAGGUACCAACAACUCGAGUUAACAACCUCAAUUCAGUUCUUAGUGGGCUAACUGUCAAAGACAACAGGCCCAUUUAAUGUGACAAUAUCUUUGCUCACUACUUAAAUAAUAAUGCAGUCUCAGGUCGGUCUAAACAUCUCAAAGCUGGUUCAGUCAGACUUUGCCUGUGUGUCGUGUACCACCUUCCUCACCUGUCUUUUAUGUUUAAUGUGCCAUCUUCAACCAGUUCUCGCUCCUGUUCUAACUACUGUUUUAGAGGCCCUCCCAUCAUGUGCAUGAGAGUAUAGAAACGUAGGCGUAAAUUUACAUAUCUGCGUGCGCAUUAAACUUUCUGUGCUCUUUCAGCAAAUAUGUGAAACACAGGUGCCACACGUAGGCAGGCUCAUGCAGUUUAUGGCAGUAGCCUACAGACCAAGAAAAAAGCUUGAGAGGCCAGAUGGCUCCUCCUGUGUCUGUGGGUAGCAAAGCUAUACACCUGUGUGAAUCCUCUAUAGAGGCUAAGACAGAGACCACACAUUUACUUGUAAGAUAACAAAGACUUAAACAAGUUACAAAAGCUGCAAUACUGAACUUAAAGUCAACACAGAGAUAAGAGAACACAAAGAAAAUCAGCUCUUGUGAUGUGUCAGACUGUUUAAGAUUCUGUCCUGUUGUUUUACAAGGUCAGUAUGUCUUUGGGAGAAUAAAAUGAAUGGCAUGUAGUGCCAUCCCACCCAAGUCUGUCCCAUUUAGAGUCUAAGGAAACCCUGGUGUCAUUCUAGCAGCAAAAGUUACUCUGUAGAAGGACCCCAGAGGGGAAGGGGUUUAAAAGGAUGGACUAGUGAUGGGAGGGGACAUCACUGAUUAAACAAGGAGGAAAAUGAUAGACUUGUGGGCGGUUUUUACCUUUUUAUUUUUGGGCUUGUCUAUCUUACAUGAAGGGAGUCAAAAUUCACUUCUUUACUAUGCAUUAAUUACAUUUUCUCAAUUUCAAGUAUUUUAUUUGCUUUAAAAAGACUAAAUUACAUUUUAUUUGUUAUAAAUAUACCUUUCUGUAAUCUGCAGAAAAGGAGUUGCCUCCUGCUGGUUGAUGGGCCCUUCAAAGAUAGGAGAGUUUUCAAACAGAUGCCUUUGUGAGAUAAAAAUGUUGUACAUAAUUAUAGCAAAGUAAAGGAGUAAUAUUAAAGUCAUAAUUUGGCAAUUUAUUCGACAAGCUGACAAAUGACAGGAAACCAAUUUCAAAUAAAAAAUGAAAAGCACACCUGAAUAAUUGACCAAGUAUGUAUGAACCUAAAAACUGAAAAACAGUAAAGUCUGAUUUCAUAGUCUGAACCGUCCGGCUGACAACUUGACUGACAACAGUUUUGGGCAGAAAAUCAAUAAUCUAUAAAGGAUUCAGGGUGUUUAGACUGCUCUGCCGGUCACGCCUCCCAUCCCUUCCUCCUUUUCUCUACAUUCUAUGAGCAGAAAUCUUUCUGCAGAUAAAUCCCUUCCAAGAUGCAUAUAUAGUCCCUGCAAUGAUCGAACAGCAGAAAAGUACAGAAGCAAACUCAGGGAUGGAUUUUAUGUCAUGUCUCUCUCACACAUUUCAUUCUCCCCCUUUUGUGUAUUUGGUACCGGUAUCUUUUUUUCUCCUCUUCUUUUGCCCCUCAUCACAAAUCAUCACAUCUCUUUUUUUGAAAAGCACAGUUCAAAAAAAAAUGUGGAUUUUCUCUAAACAUCAACACGGACGGGCUUUUUGUGGCCCAGGACAAGAGCUGAUGAUCACAAUGACACCGCCAACAAUGACAUUGAAGUGCACACUUUGUGCAGCAGUUUCCAACCAGAAAGCAGAGGAUGUUUUCUUUUUAGAUAUUAGUUGUGAGCAGCUUUCGAACACCACAGCACAGUGACUGUAAUUCACAGUCCAUUCAGAACACAUGCCCUGGAUGAAUGGAGGCAAUCUGGAUUCAAGGAGUCAAGAGUGUCAAGGCCCUGCAUGUGCUCACUGCUGAAGUCACAUAGUAUUCACCCAAUCAUCCAUUCAUUCAUCCAUUGCAAGGCUCCUAUAGAAUAGGGUUUCCCUGCAUUUACAAUUUUCCUACCUAAAAAAGUCGUUUACCUAUACCUCAUGUAGGGGGACUGUAAUCCAAAGCCAAAGAAGAAACCAUAGGAUUCAAAAUAACAAGUCAUUAUGUCAAGAAAUGUCAUGAGAGACUGAAUACAAUAAGUUUAUGAAUCCAGUGAGAGGUCAUGUUUGGAGUAGACUGUGUAAAACAUGGAUGUAGUCGCAGUGAUGGCCCCCACGAGUUACUGAAGCAGAGUUUUGAAGCUCAAUGAUUGUGGUCACCAGAUUGGAAAUGUUGACUGAACCUUUGGUGGACCGUACAAGAAGCAAACGAGUGGAGCUGAGGCAUGUCUGCUAGCUCAGUCAUUGUCCUUUAUUAUGCAAAACUUAUAACCUUCAUAUCUUUGAAGGAGUCGUCAUUAAAUUUGGACCCCAUUCAAUAUAUGAAUAGAGAAAUAACCCAUUCAGACCAAACUGUUUGUUGUAACAGGCUGUAAACAUGUUUAUUCCUGCUCCUAAAAUGGGCAUGUUAAUGUGGGUGUUAAUCAGACUGUAUUAUACAUGGACUCAGUCUCUGCUGCGUCUCCCAUGUAGCUCUAAAGAAGAGUUUUGAAGCCGAUUGGCAGUGGUUGCCAUUUUGAAAAUACUGUCUCAACCUCACUUUGAGCUGACCUGCCAAGAGAUAAACUGCCUGACAAGAACUUGCAUCUACUUGCAUCUUUACGUCAACUUCACAUCUACUUUACAUCUACUUCACUCACCUGAAUAAUGUAAUUGGUGCGAAUGCAACAUAAUGAUGCAAAACUCGUAUUCUUGUAAUCUCUGGAAUAGAUGAAUGCUGAGAGUGAAAUAAACCAGUCAGACCUGAACUAGUCUGUAAAAUGUUUUUGCUCAAGGAUGGGCUUUUUUGUGUAAGUGGGUAUGUGGUUUUCAGUGCAUCUACAGUCAGCCUCAAGUGGGCGCUCAGAGAACUGCAGUUUAUAACACUUCUGCAUUGUUCUUUCCUUGUGAAAGUAGGACUUUCGGUCUUUUGUAGGCACUAGACAUUAAGGAACCUCAGGGUUUAGCACCUCUGCACUGUCUUUAUUUUAUUAACGUGAGUUUGCUUCUUGGUUCACUGAUUCUGAUAAACUUAGCUAAGAAGUACCCUCAUUUAUGUAUUACUUCACGCCUUAAAAUUAUAAAAAGAUCCACUCUCCUGUACAGUUGACUUUGUUGUCAACAGUUUUAAUUAUGAAUGAAUUUGUUGAAUGUUAUUGAAAUUAUCCUUCCAGCAACAAUUCCUCACUCUCAAGGUUUCAGAGUGAGAAUCUCUAAUUAAGACCUCUGUUUCUGGUUAAUCAUAAAGGAUCAUACUCUUUUAACAGGGAUCCUUUUCAUAAUGUUAUUAGUUACUGAAAAUACUUGUCUGAGCCUGUCAGUGGAAACGAAGAAUACUAUAAGUGGGCGUUCAUUGACUUGGCAUCAUUGUCCCCGUGAUUACUCUGUGGCUGGCAGCUGAAUGUGAGGGUGCAGUGGCUGUAGUAUACUUCCCUAAAUUAUUGUGCCUAUUAUUUAUUAAAAAUACCAAAAUAUGUCAAAGAAGUAGUGCCCAACUUUAUAAAACUGACAUUAUCCUUCAACUUCGUGGAAGGUUGUUUGGCUUAAACUCAACGGAUACAGUCCUUAGAUUUUCGUAAGUGCCUAAAUCUCAACAAAUCCAUCCUGAGCACAAAUGAGCAAACUGCGAAAUACUGCUUUACAAGAGUAAGGCGACAUGUUCGUGUUUUGUCAUGGAUGGCUUGUCAUGUGUGUUACGGGUUAUUGGCUGUUGCUGUGUGUCCUGUAGUUUUUCAUUGUUUACAACUGCAGGUGGGCUGUGGACAAGCCAAAUGCUGAAAGACAUAAUGGGGCAAUCUUUCCCUGUAAUGACUCAUGUGUUGUCACAGACACAGGCAUAUCUACCCUGAUAAUUACGGUAAAUUCCAUCUCAUCCCUACUUGUUGAUUCUGAACUCAUCCGAGCAGCUAAAGGAUACCAUCACACAGGAUGUCAUGGAUGGUUUCACUAUCAAAGCUGUGCUAGAAAAUAAUUGAACAUGGAGAUUAUUUUCCGUGUACUGACGGGUCACGACAACUGCUCUCACAUCAAAAUCAACGCGGUUUGCCGGAGUUGUUCUCCGAUUUCUGGGCUCUGGAGUGUAGCUUUUUGUCUGUGUGUGUGUGUAGAAAGCUGAUUUACUGAAAGUCCGUUAAGAUAUGUGGUUCUGAUAUGGCAGCUCGCCUGCCACCAAAGAAAAUGACGUUUUUUUUUUUUUUUUUGUGUGUGUGUCUUACGGUGAUUGAGUGGGUUGCCGUAGUGAUAAGUGAGUUGCCCUGGUGAUAAGCAUUCUGCCAACGGACAGAAGAGGUGGAAGAGGAGGGGGGAAGGAGAGGGUUCGAUAAGAAAUCUGUCCAGUUUAUCUGCAGUGGCUGUCGACACCCAUCUCUUCUCCUCCCCUCUUUGUUGUUGUCCUCUUCUCUUUUUUCUUUUAGUUCCAUUCUCUUCUUUCUUUUUCUUCUCUUCUUUUUUCCUCAGCUUGUCUUCAGUUUUGUCUUUUUAAUUCGAUCUCAUCUUCUUUGUUGUUUACUUGCAUUUUUCUCAUCUUUUUGUCCGUCCCUUUUAAUCUUUUGUUGCUAUUCUCUAAGUUCAGUUUUCUUCUGUCUUUUUCCUGGUCUUCUCCUUAUGCGUCUUGUCUUAUCUCUCCCUUUCUUCUCUUGUAAUUGUUCUUCUCUUCCAUUGUAUUCCUGGGCUUUUCUUCUUUUCUUCUUGUCCUAUUUGUUUGUUCUCAUCUUCUGUUAUCUUUUACUCAUUGCAUUCUUCACCUCUUUUGGUUCUCGUCUUCUGUUCUUGCACAAUUUCUUUUGUGCUCUCUUUUUCUGUUGUUCCUCUCUUCAUUUUACAUCUCACCUUCUCACCUUUUGUUCUUGUUUUCUUCUCAAAUUCAUCUUCUUUGGUUUCUCCCCCCCUUCUUCCUGUCUUCUUUCUUUUUUUUUAUCUUUCUUUGAUUUAAUUUCUUUCUUCGGUUUUUUUUUCUUCUUUUGUUUUUCCCCCUUAUUUUUCUUUUGCUUCUAAUCUUAAAUUUUUCAUUCUGCUUUUGUCUUCCAGCUUCUCUCUUUUUUUUGCUCUUAUUGCAUACUUGGCUUUUUAAUUCUUAACCCUCUUUUCUUGCCCUCCUCUCUUUUUUUCACCCCAUCUUCUUCUCUUCUUCUGUUCUCUAUAGAUUUUGUUGGACAGGGUACGAGGGCGCAGUCUCUGAUUGAGUCUGAUUGGUCAUACUCGGGUCACCUCGUGGUCAGCACUGUAAACACACACGUACAAACGCACGCACACACACACACACACACACACUCUGAGUCAACAGUGUCUUUGCCUCAGCAGAGGCUUCAGACUGUGUCCAAUCAAUCGAGUAGUGGGGCUGCUGAAGACAUGCACUAGUAAUCAGUGUAACCAUCGCUGUGUUUGAACUCUGUCUCUGUGUCUGUCUGUUUGAUUGGGGUGAGUGUGCUUAUAAGAAAGUGGGGGAGAGAGCAAGGGGGGUGAACUGGAGAUCGAAUCCGAGGUCUCUCUUUGUGGGCUCCCUUUCCGCUCUGUGGUAGUGGGUGUGUGUGUUUGCCUGCUCUUCCACACUUAUUGUCGAGGUUGUUACGUGCUUUGUAUGUUAACUGAAAGGACAAGAGUUGGCCAUGAAUCCUAAGUUUGCUUCCUUCCUGUUCUUUCCCCUCCUCUCUUCUCCUCUCUCUACCUCUGUAUCCCCCUCCUCCUUCUCCUCCUCUGCUUCUCUUUGGUUGUUCUCCCUGGUUGUAUGUAGAGGUUCCCAUGGCAACAUUGAGCCCAUCCAAAGUGACAUUAAUGCAGGGGAAAAGCGUGGACCUGUCCUGUUCAACCUCCGGGGUGCCCUCACCUGAGCUGAUUUGGAACAUGGCGCUGGUCUCUUACUAUGAGGUGAGAGCACGUAUACACAUAUUUACACGCAAACAUACACUGAUAUUUGAUGAAAUGUUUAAUCGAAUAUCACAUGUGAGGAUGGAUGAAAAAGGCGGAUUAGGAGAACCUUAAUGAUAAAUGAAAAGUUAAUGAUAGACAUGACACUUUAAGCAAUUUUUUCCCCCUUUUGACAGUGUUAACAGAGAAAAUGUAGAGAGUCUGCUGCCUACGAUGGAGUAUCAGGGCCACAUCGGAAAAAAAAGAAGACUUUUAGAUUAAAGUCGUUAAUUUACGAGAAUGAAGUCAUUACUAAUGAGAAUAAAGUCGUAAUAAUAUCAUUACCUACGAGAAUAAAGUCGUAAUAAGGUAGUUACUUAUGAGAAGUAACUACCUUAUUUGAGAAACAAGUACUUUUUCAUGAAAUGCUCCAUGGCUCUCAUUUCAACAACUGUCAUCUUAAACAACAGGUUGGAAUAUAAGGAUUUUAUUCUGACUUUAUUCUUGGAAGUAAUUACUUUAUUAUGACUUUAUUCUCAUUAGUAAGUACUUUAUUCUUGUAAAUUAACGACUUUAAUCUUGAAGUCUUAAUUUUUGUUUUUUUUAAUGUGGGCCUAAUACUCGAUCGUAGCUGCCGCUGCUUUUCAGUCACUUUUAGCUGUAAACUUUGGAUUUGAUUUAGCAAAAGUGAGUGAAAAUCAAAACAAGAAACUGGUAACAGGUUUCAGUUUUUGGUCAUUUACACCACAAAUGAAGAAUCUUUUCAUUGAUGAAUAACCACAAAAAAUCUAAAUAAAUGGUGCUUAGGGACUCUGAAAUCCUGGCUGAUCCUUUAGGGUGUUCAGAUUUUGUUAUUUGGCUUAGUGUUAACUGUCAGUAUGUUUACACAGUGGUCAAAAAUCUGUUUAUUGAGUUACUUUAACUGGAAUUGACCCAGAAGUCAAACGGUAUAAAUGCAAAGGAGUAAGCCAGGUCGCAAACAAAAGCUCACUCAAAAAAGAGAAGCAAAGUAGACAAGAGAAACUGUCAAAAUGUGCUUUUAGGACUAUCUCCAAAACUGCAGCUCUUGUGGAGUAUUACUAUUCUGUGGUGGUUAACACCAAAUCAAAAGAGAGCCAAGGAAAGAAAACUGGUUCAAAUGGCACCAGGGUUAUGGUCAGCCCAGGCUCAUUGAUGCACUUAAGGAGCAAAGACAGUCUAUGUGGUCAAAUAAUACUGAAGAGCUGCACAAACUGCUUAUAAAGUUAUUGCUAGGUCUAAAAGAAAGGUGGAAUAUUAAGCGCAUCACAGUUGGUUGUGUUUUGGGCCGCUCAGUGUGCCUAUGCUGGCUGCUGUUCAUAACUGACAAUGGGAAAGGUGUUGACUUGACCAUUAAAUCCCUCAAUCUAGUUGACCAUCUGUGAGGUAUUCAAGACAACAGAGUUUAAUCCUCUGAGGCUCAUCAUACUGCAGCAGCUGUAAAAAAAAAAUUCAAACCACUGAAAAAACAACGAGAAUGUUUUAAUGUUUUCAAUUAAAUCAGAAGUUUGUGAAAUCAAAAACAGAGGUUGAAAAGUUGAGAAAUCCUGACAUAAUUGUUCUGUUUACUCAUUCAGAUUGUGACAUCAGGCCAGAUGUCAGAGCUGCGACUCUCCAACCUGUCGUCUCAGGACCACAACAGCAAGAUCAGCUGCAUAGCAGAAAACAUUGUUGGAGAGAAGGAGUCCUCACUGCUGCUGGAUAUUCUUUGUAUGUUUGGCAAGCAUACCAUGUUGAUGUUGUUUGUCGUGUCAAAGUUUAUAUUAGCAUAACUGCGCCUUUGACACGAUAAGUUAUAAACUGGAUAACACUGCCCCUCCUCUUUUAAUCAGUGUUUUUCGCAUGCUCCAUUAGUUCUGCCUCUGAAUUGCUCUUUGGCGUUAUCUUGCUUUGGGUGUUUUCUGUUUGUAUCUCACUUUGUUGCCUUUAAACUCUUUGCUCUUUGAUAUUCAGUUCCGCCCAAAAUCACCAAGCUGAGUGAUGCAAUCCCAGACCAUCACUGGUGUAUCCCCUUCAGCGUUUCAGGUAUGACCGAUUUUCACAUACCAUCCUUUGUUGUUCCUCUAGAAUUUGUAGAGGCUUCAGCAUUUCCCUACAUUUCACAUGAUUUCACAAUGUUUGAUUUUACAAUCUCUAUAAAGAAGUAUACAAACAGUUGAUUGAAGGAAAUGUGAGUAAUGUAGAAAAAAAAAAAAAAACCUUCUCCUAUGUCUCUCCAGGAAACCCAGAGCCGACGCUGCAGUGGUUUCUGGAUGGUGAGGUGGUGACAGAAGGAGACUAUAUCAUGACUAUGAUUCAUGACGUCACAGAGAGAGAGUACCAUGGCUGCCUGCAGCUGGACAGCCCUACACACCUCAACAACGGGCGCUACAUGCUCCUGGCUACAAACACAUACGGAUCAGACCAAAGGGAGGUGGAAGCUCACUUCAUGCGCAAGCCUUGGGAUGGUGAGUAGUAAUAGGGCGCAGUGUUCUUUUCAAAAGUGAAGAGAGUUUUGGUGAACAGAUUCUAGGACUGCUUGUGUUUACAUAAUAGGUCAGUGGGUUAUUAUUAUUAUUUUUUAAUUGUCCAAAUAUUUAAAAAAACAACCUAUAAUUUACCCCAAAUUGAGUGCACAUACACUGUCCAUGAUGAUUACACGGUAUAUAUCUAAUGAAAUACUCUCUCUGUUUGUGUUUUGCUGGUGCAGGAACUGAGAAGGAACCUAUUUAUUAUGGUGGGUAAAACAUAUUCACUGCUAAAAAUGUUUUAACCUAAUAUAAAAUAUCACCUUGUGUGUAUCACUUUAUGUCAGUGUUUCUCAUUAUUUUGGUCUCAUCAGUUCAGUCAAGUCUUUCUCUUUCGCCUCUUAAGCUGUUGAGGGUUCAUCAUAUGUGCACAUCCUUGCGGUGCAGCUAGCGAUAAGGCCCGUUAAUUCAUACACACUGUGAAAACCAUGUUGUUUUUCUAUGAUAAAUAUGUUAUUAAAUCAAGCUCACAGUACUCGUUGACUGACAACAUGAUUUCUUUGGUGCAUGCCAAAAAAUGUACAACCUGUGUUUUAAAAUUUGAAAGCUCAUUUGUCUCUUUUGUCCCUUUUUUCCAACUUCUCCUCCAUCCUGCAGAUCUUUCGACAGGUACUGCUAUACCUUUUUUGCUUCCUUUUAAAAGCCGACCAGUUGCUUAGCUCCCACUUGCACUUACACUUUUGCUAUGUCCUUAUGUCAUGAGCUGGCAUUUGUUCUUCUGAAAGAUAGGUUAACAAAUUAUACAUUACUGACCACCUAGUGCCAUAUACACCUACUUUAAAAGCACUUUGAUGAUUUCUAAUACAUAAGACCACUUAACUAGAUUUUGAUGAGACAUUUUGGAAGUGGAUGUGACUUUCAACGCUGUCACUCACUCAACCACAGAUCGCUCUCUGAAUUUAAUCCUUUCUCUUUCUCCUUUAUCAAACAGAUGACACCCCUGUAGACCCUCCUGAAGACAGAGUUGCUGUAAGUCCUCAGUUGCUAUUUCUUUGCUGAUGGUCUCUUGCAGUUGUCCCUGUUUUUUUUUUCUAUUUAAUUGUGUAACUUGUUGAGAAAACCACCUGGCUAUAUCUGUUUGUUUCAUGUUAGAAGUAAUACUGAAAAUCUGCCUGAGAAUUACACCUUCUGCUCUUCCGUGUGUCUAUAGUUGCUGCUGGAGGUUAAUAAUCCCUGUCUUUCUGUCGUUCAGGUGUACGUGGUUGUGGGCAUUGCAGCUGUUGCCUUCACUGGUUUCCUUCUCAUGUUGGUCAUUCUGAAGUUUGGGGGAAACUCAAAGUUUGGCAUCAAAGGUAAGAUUUGGUCUUUAUCUCUAUUUGUGGCCUCUAUCAUGUGGGGAUGAUAAACGGAGUAAAUGAGUUUCUGUCAAGGAACAAAACCAGAAUGGCUCCAUGAAUACAAAAAAAAAAAAAAAGAUUUUAAAUGGUUUGCACCAAAACAGCCGAAUUAGAAAAGUUGCAUUUAAGUUGAACACAAAGGUCACUUUUUUAUUUUCAAUGCCUUCUUAAUUUUUUCCCUCCAAACAUAUCAAAUGGGAUCAUGCAGAGGAAAACAUAAGCAGGUGACCAAUAGUUCUUGCAUCUUUCCAACCUCAUGCAUGGAAAUUAAAAAAACAAAACACAAGAGUAUGUUAUCUAGUUCAAAAGUGGGAAUUUACUUUAUUUAAUUUAUUUUUUUAUCUCAGACAUUUUUUCCGCUCAAAAGAUGAAAUCACAGCUGGCCUCUGAAUCCAAGAUUGAAUAACUAUAUGUAUAUCAGGGCUUGGGCAGAAUUUAAUUUUUUUUUACUCCACUGUGACACAGUUAAUGUGCAAACCAUGAGGUAUCCAUGAAUCCAUCCUGGUCCGGUGGAAAAAAGCUGCUGUCUAAAGGAGGGUCUCUGGGUUUUAGUGCUGCUGGUGAAUAACAUGCAUGUUCAGUAAACUGUAACCCUGUAGUCUUUGUCUUUGCUGAUGUGAAAUUACUGUGGCAGCCAUUGUGGAAGGCCUCUUUACACACACGCACGCAUGCACACACACACACACACACACACACACACACACACACACACACACACACACACACACACACACACACACACACACACACACACUUAUUUUGUUAUCAGUUUUAAAACUACUUUUAUUUCAAACAGUGACCUCUUCAAUGGCUCACAGUGUCACUAAUUCAGUUCGUCUUGUAGUGUUUGUCUCUGCUGAUCUUUAUUCACUCAAUUUGGUGUUUUGCAGGUAUUUUCCUUUUUCUUUGUUAACUAACAACACUUACAUCAGACUUUCAUUUCUUUGCAUACAAAGAUACAUUAACACAAAUGGUUCUGCUGUUUUCCAAGUCCAUGAGCAUUCACAGUGCGCAGCUCAAACCGUAGCAGACAGACACUUACUUGUCUUUCAUUCCUGUUGGCUCAUUUUUUGUUGAAAAGUACUUCAAGAAUGCUAAGCUUGAGUGAAAACUUUUAAAUACAGAGGCUGUGUGGAAGAACUGUUUUCUUGGAUUUCAAUUCAGUCGACUUAAGUUUAGUUUGGCGCGGUUUUAAAAGCUUGGCGUAUUUGUGAUAAGAAACCCCAAUUUUGAACUCUGUGAGGAAGUAAUUUUGAGCUAUUAAAGAUAGAGUUGUUUCAGGAAGAAACAACUUUAAAGCAUUAGCAUUUCAGGCAGCACUGCAGGUUCACAUUUGACAUUCAAAUGACCAAACAAAAAAAAUGAAUGCAAAUGAAGAAAAAGGGGUUUAUUGAAUGUGUGUUAUGAGUUUAUGCCUGUGCAUGAAUAUGUGAAUCUAGGCUGCACUAAAUCAGUGCAGUAUUUUGGCAGUGAAUGAUCGAUGGCCCCUCAGAGAGCAGGGGAUCAGGCGGUACAACUUCUAUAUAGUGCAUUGUGUGUAAGUGUGUUUUUGUAUUUAUGGUCCCACGUGUGGUUUCUUCCUUCUCCUGUGGAAGUGAAUGAAAGUGCUGUGAGAGAAAUGAUCCCUCUAAUGCCUUAUAGCAUCUCCUGAACAUCCUUUGAAUAUAUGUGUGUGCUAAGCAUUUUGACGUGUGUGCAUUUCCACUCGUGUAGGAUGUUGGGUCAUGUUACCUUUUUGCCCUUUUGAUUGCUCCCCUUGAGCCUCGAUCCUCUCCGCUUUCCACUCUUGUCUUCCUCUCCCCAUGCGGCCUUAUCCCUGUGCUCCACAUACAUCCAGAUGUAUGUGCGCUGAAGGAUGUUGACAUUAGGAUGAACAUGAGGAAGGAGAGAUUGAGAGAGAGGUGGUAUCGGCAUCAACAAAAGAAAAAGAUGGGGAGUUAGAGAACUUCAUGGCUGUGUCUGGUUUAAACCUCUGCAUGUUUGAUAUCUAUCGAUGACCCAAGUUUGUCGUAUUCAAUACAGCAAGGGGACUAGUGCUGAUCAGACUCACACACCGCUUUCACAUGGCAGUGUAUUUUGAUUGAAUUAGAAAAACGUGCUCUAGGUCACACAUAACAACCUCCGCAUGAGCACAGUCAGUGCUGACGAUGAUGAAGAUGGUGAUGAUGAACUUGUGAUCAUAAAGUGUGAAGAGAGCAUGUCUUGCCAUAUUGAACAGGUGUGCAUGAGAAAGGCUCAGCUCGCCUCACUGACUCAGGAUGAAUCCUUGUUGGACUCUCUAUGAGAGUGGAGGGGGGAAAAAGGGUUUGGCUGUUUUACAUUAUUUAUAUUGCCUGCAUUAUUCCGCUUCUCUCUCAUCAAUAAACAUGGGCCACAUUUGGUGCACUGUGUCUUACUGCUUCUUGACACACACAGACAGGAUAACUAUUUUAUAUACUGUAACGUGUGUGUUACUGUAUUAGAAUACAGGAGUGUGUAAAACAUGAAUAAUGAUAAUGUUUAGAGAGAGAGUGUUGAAUAAGGUCAGCUGAUUCACCGGAUGUUUUUAUCUUGUAUUAUCUGCCUUUUUUCCCAUGAGGGGGGAAUUGGAAAGAACUGCAUGGUCACUAUUUGAUACUGAAGAUGUACAAAAACAGACACCUGAUAAAGAUGAUGAUAUCUAUGAGCAAUGCUGUGGGCUGUAUGCACAAGAAAACAUGUUUUAAGACAUUAGUACACCUUUGUAUCUUGCACACCUGAGGUCAAACUAAAAGAAAGCAAGCUAACAGAGAACACAUGAAGCUUAUGAUGAUGCUAUGGGAGAAUUGCUAAAGAGACCUGGAGGGCGCAGAGCAAAUGAAUGUUUGUGACUGCGAGGGUAAAUGAGAUCUAAGCAGUGUUGAGGAAUCUAAUGUAUCAGGAUUUUUUUGGUCAACUUUUAAAUGAGAUUGUCUUGGCCUUAUUCAGUAUCAGACCGGAGUCCCAGCGAUUUAGAGACGGGCAUGAUUGUCUUGUUUCAGAGUUUUUUUUUAAAACAUAUUUCUACGAACAUUUUUAUAUAGUUCAUUCAAAGUAUCAUUUUUUAAAUGAGCUUUUAUUUUUGGUAGAUAUUGUUUUAUCUUUUAUAUGGACUUUGAGGCAGAAAUACAUUCUGAAUGGGGGUGAAUUGAAACUACACUAUGCAAUAUAUUACUAGUUAUAGUUCAUGUUAUGUCACUUAGUUCUUGGUUUGAUCUACUAAAUGUUAUUAAAGCUAAUGAGUCCUCAGAAAGCUGUGUUCAUUCAGUUACUGCGUUGUCAUUUUGAAGAGAUUUAAAUUUGUGUUUAUGCAGUCAAAUAAAAUCUCCAUUUUCCAUGUAGAGCUGUUUAGAGUUUCAAAAACAUCAACUAAUAAUAAUAAUAAUAAUAAUAAUAUACAACAACAACAACAAUAAUAUACAACAACAACAACAACAAUAAUAAUAAUAAUAAUAUACAACAACAAUAACAAUAACAACAACAAUAAUAAUAAUGUACAACAGCUACAACAAUAAUAUACAACAACAACAACAACAACAACAACAAUAAUAAUAAUAAUAAUAAUAGUUAUAAACAAUAACAACAACAACAACAACAACGACAAUAACAAUAAUAAUAAUUAUAAUAAUAAACAAUAAUCACAAUAUACAACAACAACAACAACAACAACAACAACAACAACAACAACAACAACAACAACAACAAUAAUAAUAAUAAUAAUAAUAAUAAUAAUAAUAAUAAUAAUAAUAAUAAACAAAAAAAUAACAAUAUACAACAACAAUAAUAAUGUAUAAUAUCAUAAUAACAUUGAAAGACUAACCCUAUUUAUUAAGUAAUUUGUUGAUGGAGAUUAAAUUAGUCAACAGGUCAAGAUUCAAAACACUGCAACAAUAAAAAGCAACUUCAGAUUUUACAACAUGAUUAAAAAAGCAAUGAAAAGAAACACAACAACAUAAUUCAGUUUGAUAAAACAAGUAAGAUAAAAGUCAGAUAUCAAGUUUAAAUCAAAGCCAAUUUAAAAAGAUAUGUCUUGUUUUUUUGUUGCCUCACCUGGAUUCUUGUGGGGCAUUCCUUUAACCUCUAACAGGAAAGCAGUGGAAAAUGUAAGUGUUUGAGUGGGGACAUAAAAUGAAAGGCAGUCAGUGAUAUAUGAAGGUGCUAAAUUAUGUAAGGCCCUGUGGAUGAGUAAAAGGGCCUGAAAAUCAAUUCCUAAAGAAACUGUUUGCCAGUGCAGUGAUGUGAGCAGAGAAGAGAUGUGAUCUCUUUAUGUUUCAAAAGCCUUUUACCUGGAUCUUCUGUUAAUGUCCCUCUGAACUCUCUAAAUGUAUGCCUCUGACGCUCUAGAGUGGACCAGUAGACUCAGUACAGAAUUACACUCAUGAAGAGACACAGUGUGGUGUAACAAGUCUGAAACAGGAGGUAUGCAGCCACACUGUCUGAGUCUGAGUCCAAAAUACCACCCCAAAGUUGGGUUUCCUAGAACAAAAUACAAAACCAAGUCUUCUUUCCAACAUUUUGACUCAUGAGGAAGAAAUCUGACGCUCAAGUAUCACACAUAAUGUGGAUAUUGGAGGUUUGCUACAUCAGAAGUGCAGGACUUGAAUGGACAAGUGAAUAUUCGUUUUUUUUUCAUUAUUAUUAUUUCAGGAGUCCCAUUGAAAUUCAGAUUUUUUACAUUGAUUAGCAAGAUCAAAAUUUGAAUUGUGUGUGUGAGUGUUGAAGGCUGCAAAAAACUGGAAUAAAAACCCAAAGACUGGGGAACACGAGCAAAAGGAAGCAAAAUAGCUAACAAGCUCACUCAAAUGGGCCGGCUGAAAGCCUACAAGCUCCCACAAAAUGACACAUAACUACCCCGCUGAAGUGAGUGCAGACUCCUGAAAGAGAGAGCGGAUCAGACAGGCAGAGAGCAGAGGAUGUAGCAGCAUCUGUACGUGUUCCUGCCCUCGAAGCACCUGUAGGGAGGGAAGCGUCAACAUGAACUAGAGUUCUGAUGCAGGAGCAAGGCAGGAAAUGUCAAGAGAGGGGGAAAAAGGAGAAGUGAUUGAAAGGGAAAGCUGCAAAUAUGGAGCAGAGAGAGUGAGAGACAGAUGGAGGAAGAGAGCAAAUGCUAAAAAUGACAUUUGACAAAAAAGCAGGUGUAAGAAAAAGCCGGCAAGGAAAUGAGAAAGAGUGAAAUAGAAGAGUAGAGCAGGCAUUGAAAACAGAGAGAGGCAAAGAGGAAAGUAAAAACUGAGAGAAAGAAGGAGAUUGAAGGAGAGAGUCCUGUCUUAUUCACUUAUCAAUGAUUCAUCAUUAGUGCAGGUUUCAGUUUUCUCCUUGUUUGGUGGAGUUACACGCCUCCACCUCUCUUUCCCUCUCUCUUUCUCUCACAUGUACACAAAGCUCUUCACUGCUGAUCGAUCGAUAUGACACCCUCAAGGUCAGCAGAGCUCUAUUCUAGGCCUGAGGCUUUUCUGAGCAUGCCCAGCAGACCCACCACCCCCACCUCCUUCCCCUCCUCCUCCUCCUCCUCUUCUUCCUCUCCCUGCAGAAAAGCAGCUUUCGCCUCCAGCUUUUGAGGUUUUUGACGAAAUGCUGCUCACCCACUGGAGUUUUGGAAAGAAAGGAAAAAAUGAAUGAGUUGAACCACAAAGUGAAGAAGCUGAAAGAAUAUCUAUGGCUCUACUUUUAGACUCAGUAAAAAUUCUUCCAUAGACUGACAGAAAAAGAGUCAGGUUUGCUGUGUUUUAUAAGUGUAUAAAGGAGCGCUGUAUGAGAUUCUUGGUGCUGUUGAUCUUGUUCUUCACAUAAGUGUUUUGAUGUAAAUAGAGAUAUAAAAAGUUCUGGACUCCAGAAAAAGUUCUUGAUGAGCUGUUUUGGUUCAGACAAAGUUAAACAUUGAAAUACUACAUAUUAGACUUGUGUGGUUGAACAGAGAAAUAAACCAGGUUUUCAAAGAAACAUAAAUAAGUUUCUGCAUUGAGCACAUGUUACAUCUGCAUGUUAGACCUUAUACUAUCAUCUGAGUUUAUCUUAUAAGCAACGGCUGGUUAUUGUUUAAAAUUUUCUUCUAUCAUUUGAGAAGAAGAAUGUUUGAAAAGCAAGACUCAAAAUCUGUGAAACCUCAAAAAUAUAUUCCAGAUCAUUUAUUGUUUUGUUUGCGAAAACAGUGACUGGUGGUACCAACGAUUGCCUCUGGGAGGCAUUACUAAUCAAGCACCAUUCUGUUCAGUCCAACACUUGAAUUACCAAUCAAUCACAAUUUAACACUUUCAUAUUUAGAUUGGUUAACACAGGCCUUCAAUCGCUCUCUGUCAUUGUUCUUUAUUGUCUUAUGAAAGAAAGCAAACUAGUGUGAAAUCAGAAGAGCUGCAGAGAGAAGAUGAAGAGAACAUGGAGGGAUUUCUUUCAUAAACAGCCCGAUGUUAAUGAAAGCAUAAGUCAUGAAAUCGUCAUUGGCUAUGGUGAUAAACAGAUCAUUAUAAACAGACUGUAAUAAAUCUGUUGACAUCAGUGGAAAAUACACCAAUUAGUGUUUCAAAGAGGACUGUUUUUGCUUUGAGAUGUGAGUUAUGCUCACCUUUCUUGAGUACAAAACGAGCCAAAAACACGUUCUUUCAGCUUGCUAUCUCUCUUUCUCUCUCAAGUAUUGUCACUUGCUGUCUUGAACCAGCUUUCUUCAGGAGAGACAUGGUGCCGCAGCAUCACUCACUUGACUCUGUGUGGUCAGGUCAAUCCUGUCAGCUUGCACAGGGUCAAACUUUGCCAUCAUAUACAGGCUUCAGAGAAAGGCCCGCAUUUUUCCUCCUUGAAGGGUUACAAAUUGUGUUUAUUCAGUUUGAUCAUUCUUACUUCACUUACAAUGAACUUAAAGGUGGGGUAGGCAGGAUCUGAGGAAGUGCCAGUUUUGGGGAGAAAUCUUGAAUGUAAACUCUACCUCUCCCAACCAGUUUUCCCCUCAGCUGCUCCUCUCCCCUCCCUCUCUGCUCCAGCAAGCCCCGUCCACAAACAGAUGCUCCUGCUCACUCGUAUCAUUCUAAUUAAAUUCAGAUAUAAUGCAGAUAAAUACUUCAGAUGAUUACAAAUGGGGCCCAGUCAACGUGAAAGUACAAAGGAUUGACCCGGCUUUUUAGCUCUUGUCCGGUCUACCUCCGUUUUAAGAGCCCGUUAUUCCACCAGAGUCUCCAGUACUUACUUCAUUUUCUUGCUUGUGUUGGCAGUCAUGGCCAAAGGAGGAUUCAGUUUGGGCUCGUAAACGUUAUUCAAGCAUGUGGAGCGUACCUCACAACAUGAGGUUGCAGCGUCCGCCUCACAACCAAUCAGGUUGGGGGAGGCGGAGAACGGCUGUGUUUACAUUAAGAAAGAGCGGGCCGCUCAAAAAUUUUUAAAAUGUUGACUACACAGAUAUAACAAAACACAACGAUAUCGUUAUGUUCCCAAAUGUCACUAAUAACUAAUAGCUACUGACUGAUAUUAAAAGCUUUUUUGUAUAUACACCACAAAAAAGAUACUUCUUUAACAUAAUCCUACCUACCCCACCUUUUAAGAGAAAGACAAUGGUAUAUUUCCAUUGUAGGUUAUUCAGGGGCCCCCAGUCCCACUUUUCACCUAACCGUGAUGCCAAUCCUUGCAGGUAACGCUGUUUUUCCACACAAUUUGACUAUGAGCAAGCAUGGAGAGAGUGCCAAAUAUAAGACAUGCCAGAAGAAGAGUGAAGCACAGGGAUUCAGAGUCAGAUUUGUUUGUUAAGGCUUUCAUUUGUCAGGAUGCUGUCGGCCAUUCCACUCUCUUGGCAGAGCUGAAUGUGACAUUUAGCACUGCCUACACCAUCUCCAAAGAAGAGCUGGCCCCAUGUUAUCAUUAAGGACCGGAUACGGUUGCGCAUAAAUUAAGAAAUGAUGAAAGACAAUACGUGUUUAAUAAAUAUUUAUCAUUUCAAAAAGCGCAUUAGCUGAUGUAACUAGUCUGUAUAAUAAAAAGCAGCUGUUGACUGAUUAUUGUGAAAGGCGUGUAGAAUUACGGCGUGUAGAAUAACGUUUCAUCACAAAGCACUGCAUCACAUAUGUGGCAGAUACAGUCCACUCCUUUCGUCAUUGCUCCAACAGUAAUCAUGCUAUCGUUAUAUCUGAUGUCUGAGAUGAUAACUUUUGAUAGCUCUAAGAUUAUGUGAUGCCUGCAGGAUUCUGGGAACACAAAUGUCUGUAACUAAUUUCAUGACCUUUCUAAAUGGUGAGGUACAUUAAUUGCAAUCAAGUGACACAUGUGCUUUAGAGGAAUAUAAAUGACUGUAUAAUUCAGUGUUGGUCUAACCGAGCCGGCCUCUGCCAGCAUUAACCCGAGUGUGUGUUUGUAGGCCUGCAUAUGUCAGUGUCAACACUAGCCAGCAUUCUUUAUGCAUUUUUACCUAUCAUAAAUAAAAAAGACUUGUUUAAAGGGCAGAUGGUUAGAGAGUUAAAAUGAGGUUAUAACUGUCUGUCCCUCUACGGAUGUUUCCUUAGCAACUGUGACAGUGUGUUUUAAGGUCAGCGUAUUAUCUGAGGUGAAUGUCCUGAGCUGUGAUUCACUGAGGCGCUAUAUUGAAACUAGAGAUCAGGAAAUGUGACAACAAUAAUAUGAAGUUGUUUUUUUAAGAUUUCUUUGGUUUAAUUUUAGAGCAGAAAACGAAGAGGGGGUGUGGGUAUGGUCCUCAGGGACAGAGGCCUCAUGCUGGAAUUGAACCCAGCCCUCCCACGUGUAGCACAACUUUUACAUAUGGGACACAUAUCUAGACAGCUAGGCCAGAAAAUAGUAUUAAGAUAAGCAAUAUGAUAGUGUUUCAAUCUAAAGAGUUUAGAAUUGACUCAAGGGCAAAUUUUCACUUAAAAGUUAUACGGCAGGUUAUAAACUUGACUUAUAGAUCAGAAACUUUCCCUUCAGGUCUGCAUCACUAAGACAGUAGAAUAAUGACAAGUAUAAUGCAUCCCCUCAAAGGUCUAUUUUAUCUCAUUCAUUUACUUGGUAGUUCUGACUGCUCUCAUUUGAUGCUUUAUUGGACUAUUUUACAGCAACUAAUAACGCAUCCAUGGAUUUCAGCCAUUAACUGACUUCAAUAUUAUAUUUUUAUUAAAAAAACAAAGACUUGAGCACAAAAAAUGGAAAACUGAAGUCAUGUUAGGAAACCCUUCCUUUGACAGAAGUAGUAAUUGUUUCUGCUUCGAUCUAAAUGAAAAAGAGGCUUCUCUUCUUUAAGUUUAUAAUUUCAGUUUAUCCUGUGAUCCUUUUUGCUAUGCCUCGCGAUGAUGGAUAGAUAAUGAUAGAUAAAGGGUAUUAUCCUUGGCAGUGUUUAUCAUUUGACAUGUUGUCCUGAAUUGGGUUGAAGGGGAACAGUUUUGUUUGUUUGCAGAUUUGAGCACCGAGAGCUAGAGUAAGAAAAGACUCAAUGCCUAUGGCAGAUCCUGAGGGCAGUGAUUGUUUGAAGUGCUCUGAAAAUGGAAAUGGCUCUUUUCCAAUGUGAAACAUUGCCUGAAGACUUUGUCUGUGUGCUGCUUGGCUGCACUUUUUUUCUUUCUUUUUUGCAUUGCACUUUUUUGGUGAACAUUUAUUCUGAAUGGGUAUUAUUUUUAUGUUACAUAAGCUCCUUACAGACUUUCACAAAGUUCCUGAAAAUUUGCCAAAAAUAUACAGGUGAGAUGUACCUGUGAACUUACACAGCUGGUAAAUUUCUUGAUUAUUAAUGUUAUCCUUUAGGAACAGGCAAAAUGUUUCAGUUCACUCAUGAGAAACUUGUGUUGAAGAUUUUAGGAGCGGUGUAUUCAGUCCACUGUUAUCCUCUAUUGCUUAAUAUGUAGAUACAGAAACAUUCUGAUUUAACAUACAAAACCUUUGUCGUGUUUUUGAUCAGAUCUAUGGUGAUACUGAAAAAAUAGAUUUGCCAUUUGCAGAUGUUAACUUUAUAGACUUUUGGCAUUAAUGAGCUGCCAUCUUCUGUUUUUAUGCAGAUGUGUGUUAAGUUGACUUGAAGUUGAAUUGUUUCCCUCACCAGUCAGCUCUUAAAUUACUCAACGAUCACUUCAGAUAUAGUUUUAUAGCUGUUGGUGCUACUUUACCCUUCAUGCUUUAAUAGGGGUCUAAAUGGGGUGUGUGAGGACCCCAUGUGUGAAAUCAGAUACAGAUCGAUCAAAAGGCUCAUGAAACUGUUUUGAAAAGGCCAAGACUUGUUGGUGGUCUGAGUCAGAGAAAGUAAAGACAGGGACGAUCAGCUGGUGUCUCUGUCUCCUCAGUGUUAUCAAGAAGUCUAUUGUGUGGUCGUACAUCAUUUCCGGCCUCAUAUUGGUCAGUCUGACCUUUACCAACAGUCAGAGCAGGGAGGAAUUACAUGGCUGUGACUACAAAGGAAGUGUAGGACCAGGGUUUUAUUUGGAAAGGAAAAGAAAUAACCAGGAGCAGCUACAACCGUAACCGUUUUGGAACAUAGGGGGUUUAAAAUCUGAUUACUAUCCACUUCAAGACAGACGGGCUUUAUAACAGGAAGAGUGACAUCAUUUUAUAUCCCCACUCUGAAAAUCAGAGAAAACAAAUGGACUUUAAAUGGUCAUACAAGGAAAUCAGCUGGGUCAGCACAUGGCUUAUCUGCAUAUUUAGAUUCAUAUUUAUCUUCAUAUGUGGGACAUUAAAGGUAAAAAAAAAACAAAAAAACCUGGGAUGAGACAUUUUGUGGCGGCAGCUUUCAUUUGUAUAAUGAAAACCACUUACCUUUAAUGUAAUUUUCUGAUGUCUUUUUCCCCCCUGACUAUAAAUCAAGAUGGAAGAAAUGGUUUGAUUGUCAUUUAAUUCAGGGCUUUUAUUUUUCAACCACCACUGAGGCUGUUGCUCAAGUAUUUUCUGAUAUUUGGAAGAGGGUUUCAGAUGAGGAAGCAACUAAGACCUAUGUACAGUGAUUUCAUCUACGUCUACAUGGUUCUUGUCUUGAAAAUAAUUCUCCUUUUUUGACCUCCGGUGCUUAUAAUCAUCCUGUUAUAUAUUGGUUUUCCUGGUUUCCACAGGUUGCAUGAUAAAUCAUCAUCAACUUCUGCCAGCUCACUCGCCUGUGGUGAAAUUUUCAGAAUAUUUCCUGCUGUGUUCCCACAUCAGCUGACCCUGACUCUCCAGGAAAAUGUGACAUGGCAGGAAAAUAUCCUUUGGAAAUUGAGUUGAAAAUUUUUGGCUGUUUGCAGUCUCGCAUGCAGCCUUCCGAAUAAAGCUUCAGGAGUUUUGUGAGGCCCAUUUGGGAAUCCUACACUUACAGUUGUACAUAAAAUGAAAGAUUUCUGCGUAAUUUAUGGUUGAGAAAAUGCCUCAGUAGCACUUAAAUGCUAGGUAAACAUUUUGUGUUUUGUCAACUUGAAUGAGAUCAGAUGGAAGUCUGUUCUCCCUUGUGGAGGAACAGACAACGUAAACAAAUAAGAUCCAUCUCUUUCCAGGCCAGUCCUUGUCAGCUUUUUAUCACAUUUAUUUCUACUGAAAUCUUUUCAAGCUCAUUAACAGAAGCAGUUUCAGAACGUCGCUGAGUCCAUAUAUCCAAGUUGGAAACAAAGUACAACUUUUAGGUACUUUUGUUUCACUUUGUACUUCUACUCACAUGUCGAGAAUAAAAGGAUGCCCCUUUUUAUACCUUUAUUUUGACAGGACAGCUAAAGAGAAACAGUAAAGUAGGGGAGGAAAGUGAGGUAGACUUAUGUAUCAAGAGCUGAAAUCUGGAGCCACAUCUGCAGGUUGUGUAACAAGGACUGUAGUCUCAGUUAAUCAAGACAACACUACUAGAUAAUGCUGCUGAUUCCUGGUUUCCCUCUCCGACAAAAGUCAGCAGAGGCUCUAUUAUCAGAUGGCUCUAAAGAUUUUCUAUAGUGUGGUGGGAGGUGUGUAAAGAGAGAUAAUUCUGCACUUGAGAUCAUCCACUUGAAACUUGACAUAGUAAAUAUUGAACACAUUCAAUGUAGCAGUGUAAGAUGACUGUCUUACACGAUAUUCAAGGUUUCUGCCUGUUAAAGGAAGUUUUUCCUCUCCAUUGUAACUUGCUGCAUAGUGCUACACUCAUAUGGUUGAAGAUGGGAUGGGAGUGGGUCUGAUCUUCCAAAAUUAAGACUGAUCUAUCACAAUGUGAACACAAAACAAAAAGGGGAGGACCCAAGUGCAGAGCUUCAAAUAAUUUAUUGAAUCAAAGACUAAACAUGGAGCAACAAAAACUUACUUAAACAGAAAAUGUUCAAUAAAUCCAAAACUCAAGGAAGAAAAUCCAAUGAAACAAAAAAAGCACUGAGGAAAAAAAGGGCAUCAGGUAGGGAUUGACAGAGACAUACAUACAUUAAAGCAACAACAAGAGAACGCUACACAGAGAUUCAAUAGACAGAGUAACUAAUAACAAGAGGCAGGUGAGACAUGAGGACACAGGUGCAGACAAUCACUAAAGAGGGAAAACUGAGGAAGUAAAUGUGGACUAGACACACAGGGAUCAACUACUACAAAAUAAAAUAGGAAGUCAAACUGAACCGGACACACAAGAGUAGGAACUACAUAAUAAAACAGAAAACACUGAAAACUGAUCUGAAGAAUAAAACACUGAGAACACAAAGACAAACUGAAAACUCACAAAACAGGAUCACAGGGGACAGAAACACUAUCGAGAAAAUACACAGAAAAUACAACAAAAUUACAAAACCAGGAAAAAACUCAACAUGAACAUAUCAUAACAUGAUUGAUUGAUUAAACAUAUACAGUCAGAAAUCCUUAAGUAGGAACCCUGAGGAUGCACUUUGAACAUAAUGGAAGUCUAUCGGGAAGAAAGCUGAGUAAAGAAGGAAGCACAAGAAAUGCAAACCUGUUAAAUCCGUCAUUAUUUGUUUUCAUUUGUGGGUCUUUGAUGAUUUCAGGAUCGGUUAAGACUGGAUUACUAUAUUGUUUCAUAGUAAUUGAUAGAUUAAGGAUUUAAAGGUAAAAUUUAGCUGGUAAAAGAUGCGCUAAAUUCAUUGUAGCCUGAUAAAAACUCAAUUUCAAAUUACUUCAGACAGUUAUCCAGCAUGAAAAUCUAGAUGCUGCAGAUCAAAACACGAGCAUUUUACGAGUUUAAGUCCACGGCCUUGAGUGUUAUUCUGUUUUAGUUGAGUCAUCAGCUUUAACCUUGAAGUUAUGCAAAUCCACUGCUCUGCUCUUUGUGUGUGUAGACAAUUACACUGCAUGUACAUCAUGUCAGUGUGAUUUUUCCCUUAGUCGGAGUGACAGUGUGUUGUUGCUCAAGGUCCUGCAUCCUGCUCAGUAAAUGUCACUGCUGCCAGAAAGUGUGUAUGUGCACGCUGCAUCAAUGUGCCUUUUAGUUGGCAGUACAGUGAAUGUCUGUAUGAUCGGCUCUAUGUUAAUGAGGCUUUCGCUAUCGAUCAACACCUCGUCCUCCUGCACUUGAGCACAUACUCGAGCCACCGAGAGGCAAAAACAUACACUAAAGUCCCGGUGUUUUCUGAAUAUGUAUGAGAUCGGGCAUAGGGACCUGCCAAUAUCAUUCAGUGUGUCUUGUUUUUUUCUCACAUAUUUCACAUUUGUGUGGUAUUUUUUUGCACAGCAGGAGAGGAAAGAGAGAGGAGGGGAGAAGGUGGAGUUGGGAGGGGGGAGCAGCAGCACUGAGCACUAUAACAGAUAGAGGUUUAUUGAUGGAUCAGUGGAUCGUUUGCCUGUCCAGACUGAGCCAGAAUGCUUUGGCCCUGCCUUCCCAUCACUGCCUAAUGCUACGUUCAGCAGCGCAGCUCUCUGCAAUGUGUGUGUCUGUAGGUGUGUGUGUGUGUGUUUGGAAGAGACAUAGUUAAUGGGGGCUGAGGGAGUGUGUAUCAGUGAGUGACAGCAUUGUAGUAGGUGUGUGAAGGAUGGAGAAAGGCAAAGCAAAAAUGGGACAGAGGCAGAGAAGUUUAGUAUUACUGUGGAAAAGGUGUGUUUUUUGUGUCUGAGAGGCAGACAAUCAGUCAAAGGCUUUUGUUUUUUUUCUCUCGCACAUAAAUACUUGUUCGCACCUGCAUAAUGUCUUUCAAAGGCUUGAGUUUCAGUACAGCCAGAUCUUGUUUAUACAACUACAGUACAUGUGCUUGAAACUCUAGAGAGCCAUCUCUGAUUUAUUACCUCUUUUCCCUUCUUCUCUCGAGCCAAAAGCUUAAUGAAAAACAAACCUAAGUAUUUCCUGAGAACAUGUUGAUUCUGCAGGACAGUCCGGCUCUCAUUUUCAGUCUAAAUGAGGAUCAACAUCACAACUCAGCAGGUAUGAUAACUAAAGGAAAUGUCUCUAUUGAGGUUAUAAAAUUUUUAUCUAAACCCUGCAAGUUUUAACUGUAAAUUUUACACAAGAGCUCAGUGAUGGGCUUAGAUCAUAUUUAGGAGUCUUGUCAAGCACUUAACAAGAUUUAUUUUGUUAAAGGGGGAGUAUUUAAGCUUUUUUUCUGACUCCGUUUUAGCUGUUGUCUCUUUAAGGCAGAAGCAUAGAUGACCCAGUAAGGAGAGUCUAUAAUUCUUACGUCAGGAUUCUGGUAAAUCUGGCACAUAAACUACAGCCUCCCAUUUUGAUCUUGGAUCUCAAUGGGACAAACUUGGUUGAUUAAAGAUUAUAAAUAAAUAAAUAAAUUUUCAUGCAUUUGUCCGAGAUGUGAGCAGUUUACAUCUGCUUUCUCAGAUUAUGACAAAAAACGUUUAACUUGUGAUUUGAAACUUUGCAAACAUCAAGUACAGACACCAAACAUGAUAACUAAAAGUGAAAUUUAGCUCCUAUAGUGGCUGAAAACAGCUUUUGAGCAUCCUGAGCUUCAUUAACACCUCAGCAAAGAUAUAGGCUGGCUGACCAUCCAAUUGGUGCCAUGGUAAAGGAGCCCUAGUCCAAGUGUAUAAAUGAGUGUACAUUUUAGAAGCUGUUAUUAAACCAUUUUUAUUGAUUUUAGAGGAAUAAUAAUUUGAGAUACUGGAUUUCUGUUCUUCAUGAGCUAUAAGCCAAAAUCAACAAAAUUGAGACAAAAACGAAGAUGUGAAAGUAUUUUUUAUUAAACUACGGAAAGAAUAACUUUUUUCAUGGUAUUCUGAUUCGUUGAGACAAUAAUAACCUAUCUGUAUUUUGUAUUGACAUAUUAGUAAAUGAAUCUUCUCUGCAGAGAAAACCAGUUAUGCAAAAUUUGUUUUAACAAUGAUGACUACUCCCAAGUUGCAAAUCCAAAAAUCAGUUUUAUUUUUUUUUCCAUAAGUUUGCAUUUCUAAUUUGUUUACCUUUUUAUUGUUUAAGAUAAUGUAAAUGUUUCUUUCUUCAUAGCAUUGUUUUCAGUAAUCAGGCAAUCUGUAGAUAUUUCUUUAGAUAUCCUAAACUUUAGAGAAGAAUAAACUUUUGCUCGUCAAAAGGAUAACCUUUAGGUUCAUGUUUCCAGCAGAUGACCCCAAUCAUGAGGUUAUCUGGUCUUUUUAUUUCCUUGCUGGGAAACAGUAAGAUGAGAGGUCGACCGAAUAGACUGAGCAAUUCAAGGGUCUGUGUUGUGGUCCGAUCGGUGUAACAGUGACAUUUCUCCUGACGGGUUUAAUUUGUGUCUUUUUGCAGCCGUGUCCUGUUGAGGUUGAGUUGGUGUGACUGUUAGUUAAGUGCUUUCACAAUUUGAGAUUACAACUCAAUCCCUGGGCAAAAGAGUUCACAGACAAGAGUCUACAAGAGUGAGUGGAAAUCAACAAGUGCAAAGUAUAUUGCCAGACUAUAGUGAAGUAGAAAAUGAGUUACAUAUGUUACCAGUGAACAUUUUUCUGCAAAAAUGUGCAUCAAAAAUUUUCAUUUUGUCAGGAUUGUCAUUUGAGAACAUUUCCUCUUUUUGUUGAUAAAGUGCUUCUCUAGAUUUCCAGGAUGUAUUGUUUAUAUUGAUUGGUUACAUAGCUGUAUUAAAUGUAGUGUACUUUCUCUGACCCUUCCUCUAGGGAAACAGUUUGGGUUUAAGUAUCUUGUCGAAGGACGAUCUGUCAAAGGUGGGGUAGGCAGGAUCUGAGGAAGUGACAGCUCCUCCUCUCCCCUCCCUCUCUGCUCCAGCAAGCCCCGCCCACAAACAGACGCUCUUGCUCGUAGCAUUUCAAUUAAAUUCAGAUAUAAUGCAGAUAAAUAUGUCAGAUAAUUAUAAAUGGGGCCUAGUCAAUGUGAAAGUAAAAAGCAUUGGUGCUACUGUAGAUGCCAAUAGACUACCAGCAAACACAAUGUUUGCAGGACUUCUACAACUAGAAUAAAGUGACAUAGUCCAGGACCUGAGCUAAACAGUUUAGCGGCGCUACAACAUGCUACAGCAGGUCCCGUUUGACAAGAAACACUUCUGUUACAGACACUUGGCUUACUUUGUUAAAGCGGUUUACCUGUCCAGCAGAAAGGUUACAGGGUCGGUAAGAUCCCGAAGCAUCCCCCAUCGACACGGCUUUUUAGCUCUUGUCCGGUCUACCUCCGUUUUAAGCGCAUGUUAUUCUGCCAAAGUCUCCGGUAUUUACUUUGUUUUCUUGCUUUUGUCAGCAGUUGUGGCCAAAGGAGGAUUCAGACAUUUUUCUGUACUUUCUGGUUGGUUUCUACUGUUCGAUAUUGUAGCACGCUAAAUUUGUUUGGGCUCGUGAACGUUAAUCGAGAACGUUGAGCGUCCCUCACAACCAAUCAGCACUAAGGAGCAGCAUCCGCCUCAAAACCAAUCAGGUUGGGGGAGGCGGAGAACGGCUUUGUUUACAGUUAGAAAGAGUGGGCCGCUCAAAAAAUUUAAAAUGUUGACUACACAGACACAACAAAACACAGUGAUAUUGUGAUAUUACCAAAUGUCAUCAGUAACUAAUAGCUAUUGACUGAUAUUAAAAGCUUUUUUUGUAUAUACACCACAAAAAAGAUGCUUCUUUAACGUACUCCUGCCUACCCCACUUUUAAGUGGACAGCAGGUCCUGGGUAUAAACCCCUCAACCUUCUGACUGAGAGCCCCCCAUCUGCAAUCACCACAGGACGACAGAGAGCAUAUGAUUUUGUUUGAGACAUCAGCAAAUGAAUUUGUCAGAUGGUGGAGGUAAAUCUGUGAAGAAGUAAUAAAGCCAUCUGUUUGUGAGUAUUUGUGAAGUCUUUGCUCAUGUUCAUACCUGCAUGGAGUCUAACAGAUUUCAGUUUUUGGACAAAGCAGCCAGUCCUGAUCCUGCAUGUUAGCAGCCUCAGACUGCAGCCAACUGGAUUUAUUAUUGUGUUUUUUUCUUCAAAGUUCAGUCUGUGGUCUCGUGCCAAGACCCACCGUUCUGCUGAGCUGUCCCUGGGUUUCUUAGCUGACAUAAGACAUCCGACAAGAAAUACUCCACAAGCAGGCAGAGAUUUCUGAAGCCAACCUGCACAGAAAAACAAACACAUGUUCAGGGAAAAUGAUGCUCAAACAGACAGAUGGUGCUGUGAAUACAGUCAAAACAAUGAGAGAAAUAUAUCUGUUUGUGUUUGUGUGCAGUAAUCCUCAAAAUGAAUGAAAGAGCAUAUUUAAGUAGAAGCUGGAUCACACAAAUCCAUUUUGCAAAAUUCACAUUUAAACCAUUUCUCAAGAUAAAGAAACUGUUCGAGCUGCUGCUAUAACUUACCUUUUAUGUCAGUGAAACUGUAUAUUCUUGACAGUAGUACUUACUGGGUGUUUUAAGUAUUUAAAAAGAAGCCUUUAGAUUGAAAUGUCAAAACCUGAAACCUCAAACAUGAACAUUAAACAGCUGAGGAUCUGCUUUAUUUGCUGAAAUGGAUUUCAGUACCUACAGGAUGAAGCCUGAAUGAAUAGUUGUUCAUGAAGACCCGAGUUGUGCGUGUGUGUGGUUGUCAGAAGGUCUGUAGCGUGACAUGGUCGACUUCCGUUGCCCAUCGCAUGCUGUUGCCAUGGCAACCUGCGUCAUUGCCAACCUGCGCUGCUGCUCCAAAACUAAAUCAUUAUCACUAGCUGAGUCUGGAAGGGGAGUGAAUCACUACCUUCAGUUGAACACACACACACACACACGCACUCACACACUCACACACUCAUGUACACGUGGAGCAACACCUGGGACCGGAUAGAGCCAGCAGUAGAGCUGGAGACGGCGGCAGACAAAGGAUGCCACGUCGUAAAGCCCUUGGUCACUUCUGUAUCACGCUGCUUCAAACUGGGGGAUCUUUUGCCCUUUUUACUGUCUUUGUUUAUUAAGUGAGUCAUCAGAGAGAAAGUAUUUUCACUCCUACAGGCACUGAGGGUGAUUGGCAGACAGACACGGCUCUGAUUUGGAUUCUGAAGGUUAAAAUUGUGGCUCUGAAUUGGCCUGCUUUGAGAUCCUGAAGAGGGAAGGAACUGGCAGAACACAUGCUAAAAUGAAUUUCUCAUGACAGUUGGUAAAAAAGCUGCUGCUCUAUAAAAAAUGAAGGUGUUAUAUUGAUAAAAAAAGAAGUCUAAAAUGAUAAACACAAUGACUGUGACUUUCCUGCAUCUGUAUAUGAAUUUUCUGGUCAGGAACUUGGACCCUGACCCAGUUCUCUUCUUGCUGAAUGCAUAAACCAUCACAUGGAAACCUUCUGCAAAACCAAUAAGCACCUCAGAUGCAGGAUUUCUGUGCUGUGCCGGGGUAUUUUUAAUCCAUUUAACUGCCACUGCUCAGGCACACAAGUAUUCAGCUAAAUUAUUUGGUCAGAGGUGCAAAAUAUAGAGCCCUAGGUGCAACUCAGGUCACUAUGGCACCAUGUAAAGAAAGGGGUUUUUAACAAAAGUUCCCCCAAAGGGGAUAUUAAUGCAAGGUUUUUGUCUUUCUUGUCAUUUCCUUGUGGCAGCUCAGUGAGUGUUAGUGACAAGAUUGUGUUGUUUUGCGUCUGUCUUUAGUCCGCUGACAAUCUCAAUAUACAUUUCUCCGUUUUUCCUCAAAAAAGAAAUGACAAUCCCAGCUGGGGAGGGAUGGUGGUGUAUGUUUGUGUGUGUGUGCGAGAGCGAGAGAGAGAAGGAAGGGUUGUUGUUUUUGGCUGGCCUCAGUCUGCUCUUUAUCAUAAAGAGUCAGCUGCCUGGGAUGGUUUUCUCCUUUACAUCCCCCCUCUGACAGAUGUCAGCCAUUACUUUCUUGCUCUUACUGUAUGUCAUCCGCACAGGCUUCCUAAUUACACAUCCUUCUCCCUCAAACCUGCAGCAGCAGAGGGGAGAUUACUUUUUUAAAGGACACAACAUGUCUGUAUAGUAACUGUCUGAUGAGACCCAACCUGGAUGUAUCCCUCAGUUUUGUCUGUUUAUUCAUUAGCGCUGUGCCUCUGUUUGAGUGAGCAAACACAGCUGGUAAUAGAGGAUGAGUAUCACUUCGAUCCCAGACUCUCCUUACCCCUGGUUCUCAUUAGUUUGUGUAUUGGAGCUGUGGGAGUUACACUGUAGCCCCUACACUAAUUAUUUGAGUCCAGUUAAGGACUUCAGGGCCAUCCAGAGCAGAAUUACAUCCAUAUAUCACAUCCCCACCUGGUGGAUUCCUUGUAAUCUUCACAUUCAGCGCUCACGAACAAAGCUGGGAAGCACGUUUUCAAUUAUGUGGACCAUUAACAGAGUCUACGGUUCACACUUUCUUUUCUCAAGCAAAAGUUUAUUUUUCCCCCUCAUUUUAACAGUGUGGUUGUCCUACAUGGAUACUGUCAAAACAUUUUCUCUAGAUGUAUAAAAACAUUGACACCAAGCCUAAAAAGUACUACCUUGUUUUCCUCAUAGCACAGGUGUGGUAUUAAAAUUAAUUAAUGCUUAUCACAUCUUCAGAUUUAAAAAAAACGGAAGAUUUUUAGAUGAUAACAAUAUAAAAUGUAGGUAAGUUACAUUUCAAACACCGUUAUUAAAUUAGAACCUCCUACAAAUCAGUAAAGCAGUUUUGAAUAUGUAAUUGUUGUUGUUCUGUGUGAAGUCUCAACAGGAUAACGUCACUCUCACUUAAGUAAAGAUACUGAGCACAGCCUAUUCGAUUCAUAACUUUUGAAUCUGGUCACAGACUGAUGCGUGUUAAACUCUUAUUAAGCACCAAUUCCCAUAGCAUCAGGCGGCACAAAAUUUGCCCGGUUAUUAAAGUUGCUUUAAUGUUAUGAGGUUUUAUUAUUUUUUGAAUGCUUUGGGCCUUUUGUUUUUGUUUCCAGUUGAGCUUUGAUUAGUUUUUGAGGCCAGAUUUUAAGUUAGUUUUCAUUUUUUUGAAAAGUGAACCAAUGUGGGAUAAUUGUUAAGAGGCAACACCUAAGCUAAAAUCAACCACAUGAACAGUGGCACAACACAAAUGCACAGAUAAAUGCUAUUUAUUGGGGUUACUUACUUUAUGCCAUGCACCCCAGCAUUACCAAUGUCAAGGCUGGACCGGCUCAGUUGAAAAAGGCCGGACAUGCCCCUGCUUGUUAGUGCAUACCUUACACAAUACGUGGAGUAUUUAUAUCCAUAUUUAUACUAUAUUUAUGUUUAUGUUUGAGUGUAAGCAACUAAACUCUUCUUUUUUUAAACUCGGCCUUGUUUUCUUUCCCGUGAGGACCAUUUAGCAAGAACUUCCUUCAGUACAAACAACACCUUGCAUCCAAAGCUUAAUAAUCUCCAAAAACAUACGUGAGUAUUUCCACGUCGUUAAACAGUAAUGUCUCAACUGCCUUUGCUGGCAAACACUUCCCUUUGCAGGCUUUGCAUUUUUAGCGUUGCUGCACAAAAUCAAUCGACACGUAACAGAAACCCCGAGGACACAAAGUUGCUGCAUGAAAUUAAAUUGGAACCACCGCUGUGACACACCUGGAAUAAGACUUUUAUCCUCUCUUUACCUUGUCUUAUCUCUCUCCUCUCAGCUGCUUGAUGUUUUACGAGUCAGGACUCUCUUCCCUUUCAAACAGCAUUCUCCUCACACACAAACUCAAGCUACAGGUUUUCUGAUGACAUUUCUCAUUUUCUCUCAGAUAUUUGGAAUGCAUUUGAACUUUUAAUACCACAUCCAGCAGGGAGGUUUUAUUUCUCCUGGCUGGCUCAGUCUCUGUCGUAAACUGACAGGUUUGUAAUGUACACAUAAUCCUCCGACACUGAUAAGGCUGUUAUGUUAGCUGGCACAGACUCCUGCAGCAAGGUGCCAGAUGUUGGUAUCGGCCUGUUAUUUAAAAAGGCGUGCAGUGCAUUAUCUUUAAUGAAUUAUAAAUGUGUCUGUUUGCACGGGCAUGACAAGGAGUUAAAAUCUCUGGAUAUCUUGAACAGCACAUUGUGCUGUCUCUGCUGUGAGGUGCUAUUAAAAGUAAGCAUAAGUAUGUCCAUUGAUUGAGGCACAGUAAGAAGGUUAGAGGCAAUAAACUGAAGUUCAGAUGUGUGCGCGAUCAAUGAGUUUAUUGUUCAUGUUUCUGUAAAAGGUCACCUCUCACCUCUCUGAGUAAACUGUUUUUUUUUCUUCUUCUCAAAUAAGCACUUUACUGGGAAGCUGCUCAGCUGUGGAUCUGCGUGAAAUAUCAGAGUGACUGUGACCUUUGCUGCAAAAGUGAUAAAUAAACAUACUCAACAAUAACACACACAGUGGAGUGUGUGCACCACUUAAACUAUUAAGUUUUCCUAAGUACAGUAAUGCAUAUAAUUGGAUCUUGCCUCCUUCAGCUGUUUUUUAUCAUUUAGCGCAUGUACAAACAUUUGCAUGCUAACAAGCUGAACUCGUUGGCAUGCAAACAAGUUCGGAGGACCGGACUCUGUCAAAAACCAUAUUACAUGUAGCCUGUUUGCCAUAUUAGCAGCUGUUAAUGCUGCUGAAAUGAGUGAUGGGAACGGCGGUUCUUUUAGAUGUACUGAAUCACUAGACUCAGUCCACUAAAAAGAUUUGUUCAAAAGAUUUAUUCACCAAAUCACUGAAUCACUAAGCACUUGGGAGGGAGAGACCUGCGACCUCCACCUCCUGAACUGAUACACAGCUGAACGUUUCAGGAUUCAGUUCAAUUCAUAGUUUCUGGGACCGGGAGACGAGAGUGUUUGGCUGUGUUGCUUUGGCAAAAGUCAUGAUGUUUUAAGUGCUCUGUCCUAUUGUACGCCAUUUAUCAGGUCUGCUCAGUAAAUUGGGCUCAGUGAGUGAUUCGUUCACUGAAUGUUUAGAAGAAUUUAUACUGAACAUGCACCGUUCCCUCGCAAACUGCUGCAAUGAUUGGAUGCUGCGAGUUUAAUGCACUACUUGUUACAUGCUGUGUCCUAUUGUAUGCGAGUUGUUGUGGUGGCAAUUUAGCAGUGAAAAAAAAAAGGGUACUUUUGUCUGACAAAAAAAGAUUCCAGAUAGUGUAGUUAAAGUGCCGGCUGCUGGCCUGACAAUGCUGUUUCUCACUUCAGCUCAACUUAAGUGAGAAACGAACGAAUAACUCGAGGAAGUGAUUCGGUUCAGUACAUUCACUUAAAAGAUUUUGUUCUUUUGAAUGAAUCGUUCGCAAAUGACACAUAACUGGCUGAAAUGUGAGUUAAAGAUAUGUGAAGCAGAAGAAGAAGAAGAAGGAGAAGAAGAAGAAGAAGCAUGACUAACUGGGAAGCAAAUGUGUUUUUUUGGGUCAAGGUGCCAACAGCAGGAGGUUGUUGUUGAAUGCUCUUUUCCUGGACCACCUGUGUACAGUUUUGUGGAUAUAGUCUUUUGAAAAACUUUCACACAUAAGUCUGCAUAAUCGUCCAAGUCCUGAACCCUGCAGUGAUGCAGAGGGGAUGCUCCAUGUCAAGGACAAUCACUAUCACCAUCAAAGCUCUGCUUUAAAUAUAAUUUCAUUACUGCUAUUGUUAGGCUUGACUAUAGUCCAAAAAUGGCCGUUGAUGUGAAGUCACUAAUGCUGUUCGAGGUCAGGAAGACUGUUGCUGCUCUGUUGUCACACCAUAAUGCUCACUUACUAAACCUCUCUGUUCUAAUACUAGUUUGUCUAACCUGGAAAUGUCUUCGUCUCUCCAAGUGAUGGAUGGAAAAACAAUACAAGGACAUUAGCUUGAAUUUUUUUUUGUUUUUUGUUUACAAAUUGGCAAAAACUCACAAAUUGAAGAACCAGAAAUUUAUUACAAAAAAGUGCUGCAAAACCUUCUUGUUUUCUUUCUCCAUCCUGUAAGACAGAGUGAGGAGACACUGAUUUAUAACAAAUACUAAACAAAAUCAAAUAUCUCCUGUACUGACGCCACCGGCACCUAAAGCUCUCUUUUCCUUUUACUCUUUAUUUUAUCAUUCAUUACUUUAUAUCUAUUAUUACUUUAUUCUGAUUUAUGAUUUUUUUUUCUUUGUGUUAUAGUUGAUUUGUUUUUGUUAUUGUUUAUGUUUUUUGUGUUUCCCUUCAGGCUGUGCGUUGUUUCAGAACAUCCCGGUGGAGGUGGUCUCACGCUAACAGACGGACGCACAAGAGACUAUAAGAAAGAGAGAGAGAGAGAGAGAGAGAGAGAGAGAGAGAGAGAGAUUGCUUGAAUGUUAGUGUGAAUCUGUGUGUGUCAUCAUAUGACUGUGUGUGUGUAUUUAUGAGGAGGACAUAGGAUGUGAUAUAGGAGUGAAUGAAAAAUGACGGAAAUGGUGAUAAAAAAAUUAAAAGUAAACAAAAAAAAGGCAUAAAUAAAAAGAUAAAUAAUUCAAUAAAAAUAGUGGACCUGUGGGGGGUUACAGAAUUGAGCAAAAAAACACAGACCAGCACACACACACACACACACACACACACACACACACACACACACACACACACACACACACACACACACACAGUGGUCAGGUGCCCAUUAUAAGAAUGUGACGAUGGAAGAAGCAGGUAGAGCCCAGAGACCCUGAUCAACCAAUCACAGAGAGCUUUCAGAGAGACAUAAAAGCUUCCCAUUGGAUGAAUUAUUCAGCUCAGAGGGACAGAGACAACCAUUAACCUACAUCUUCCCUAAUACACACACACACACACACACACACACACACACAGGAGAUUAAGGCACCUUGAAGUUCAUCCAAAUUUUCCUUGCUGCACACUAAACAAGUCUUUCUCCUGGGUACAAAAUUCUGACUUGAAAAAAAACCUUUUCUUUUUUUUAGCAUUGUGUAAAUCCUGACCAUCCUCACUGUCUAGACCCGUAAUGUCCCUUUAUGAUAAUACCAAAUCCAGAUGCUCAGACAUUCAGCCGCUGCAGGGGCUCUGGGUGAUCCUGCUGUACCGAAACAACAGUGAGAAAUCAGUUUGAAGAAGUUUUGAGGCUCAUUAAAAACAUAAACCACAAAUACUUAGUGGUCUAAGGGGGGAAAAGUGCCUUUGAAGAAAAAAGUGAUUUUGUGUGGGUUUGACAGAUGCAUCCUGUUAGUGUGUCAUCUGCACUACGGCGAGUCCGAGUUUGAUCGAGUCAUAAAAGUGAUCAGAGAUAUGGGAAAGCCUCACUUUCAGUUCCUUUGCUCUUUUGUGCAAUAAUGUUGAAAAGAAAAGCUACAUAAGUGAUGAGUGUGGCAGUUUUUUUUUCAAGAGGCAGAGAUCUCUACCUGACUGCUUUGGAGGCAAAUUAGUUUUGCAGGUAUUCACAGCACCUGUCAAAACAUCCCGCACAUCCACCGCAAAACAUAUUUUUUCCUUCUCCCUCCCUCUGCCAACAGCUCUGUUAUCCUAGUGCAUUAGUGGCUCUAUAAAUCAAAGUAUGCUGGCAAAGGUUUUUGGGGGGGAAAUGGUUUUGUGGUGCAAGAUGUUAAAUACGUAACAGACCUUGUAUUUAACUUAUUAUGGAACAUGCAACCUGUCAGUGUCCGAUUCAGACUCGCAGGAUCAUAAAGAGAAGUCUGUCUGUUAAAUUAAUCAUUGGUUUGCUUCCCACCCACCCAGUUUCUCACUGAAAGACACAUGCAGCCAUGCAUAAAAAUCUGUCUAUGACAGAACAUAUGUGCACUCCCAGAUACUUAAGAUUAAAUAUAUACUGUACAUAAAAGACUCUAUAGACUAAAAUGUAGACUCUUAAAGGUUUUUUUUUAAAUGUUCAAUGUUGUCCACAAAUAAUAACAAACCAUAAUAAUGCUGUGCAUCUCAGUGACAACAUAGAGACUGAUUAUACAAAUGUGCACAUGAAUAAAUGAUUACACACACAUGUCAAGUGCUUAAAUUCAUCACAUAUGCACAGCACAUAUGCCUGUUGGUAGCAUUUUAACCCCCGCAGUCCACCAUAUGUGCACAUGUCAAGUCAGUAUGCAGGAUGUCUCUUUUUGCCAGUCGGACACACUUCCACACACACACUCACACACAGACAUACAUACAGUACAGAAACACACUGCUGGGUUCGGGGCAAGGCCAGACAUACAGGGAAUAUUUGAUUAAGAGGACUACAGGGUUAAUGUUGUAUCUCUGAAACUUCGACACUUUCCCUUGUGAAGGCGGGAGGAAUUUUUGGAGGGAGCCAGAGUUUAAUGGAGUACAGCCUUGUUUAUUUUAAAACCCCAGACAGCCAAACUGGUCAGCAAAUUUAAUCAGAAGCAUAACAAAAAAUGUUUUCAGAUGGCUGAUAUCUUUAAAUUACAUUAUCUUAAGAGUGUGCACUUCUCUAGCCUCCAUCUGCAUCCAUAAUAACACAAAAGGGGGGAGGGGCUGUGCACUUCCAGUGGUGAAUAAAAAUUCAUAUUUGAAGUAGUGUUCAUGGAUCAGGCUGUAGUUUGUGGUUGAAAUUGUACUUGUUGGGGAGAUUUUGUAAGCUGUUUCAGUUGUUGUGGUGAUUUUUCCCCAGGAAAUAUGAAAAUAAGAGUAUCACAGAAAGAUACUCCCAGUCCACUCUAAAAAGGACUGGUUGACAUGAAUAUGUUGAACUGCUUUUUCCACAAGAUUAAGUGUAGUUCAUCUUUGUAUUGAUAACUACAAGUUCAAAAGAACUUAUUAGUCAAGAAAAAGGCAAAAUUGCAAAGCGUGUGGUAUUCAGAAAAACAAUAAUCAGUCUGUCAGAGUCUGAACUGUUCCUUCGAAAUUAGAAAUUUAAUGAGGGAAAGAAGGCCAAAGAACUGCAAGACAGUGAAAAUAGAAACAACAUGAAUGAAAUCAUUAAAAACAGCUCUGGAGCAAUAAUGCAAAAAAAUCUAAGUCAAUGGAAGGAGAUUUCAUUUUGUUGACUAAGCGUGUAGUGUAGUAACCAUAGACUGUUUAAAGAAUGGACGUCAUCUGCCUCCUCGCUGGGUGAGGUCCUCUUAUUCUGUACAGCUCAAUUUUUUAAAAUUUAUUAGGCGUUCAUGUUCCAGCACUGUUGACACUGUUCCAGCCUAUGGGCGUACAAAGAUAGCGUAGAUAAUCCGGGGGGUACGCUGUUUGAGCAGAGUGUCAUUACAGCGAGUUUUCCACGAAUGCUCAAAUGCCGGUUUCAUGAAAUGGAGAAAAUCCAGGAAAUACUGAGAGCAAUUUGGCUUCAAAUUCAUACAAUGACGGAAGGCACAGCCACGUUGUCCAUACUUUAUACAGUCUAUGGUGGUAAUGCAUCAGUAAGCUUUUGCAAAUAAAAAGAGAGACUGAAAUGGAAAAACGACUGUUAUCAGUUAAUGAGGAAAACCUUCAACCAGACGUAUUAUCAGUGUCUAAACAAGAUAUUUUACUGUAAAGCUUCACAGUGGAGAUAAUCUACCUGUGUCCCACUUCAGUGGCCCCGUUUACAUGGGUAGUUUUUUGGGUAGUGAUUCCAUCUGUAUACAUGCACUUUAAGUAAAGAGAUCCACGUUCAGUCCGCGUUUUCAUGGCCCCAGCUGAAUCCAACUGUAUUGUAUUGUAUCAAUGGGAAUUGUUAUUAGGAACCAUUGUUUUAGUUCCGUUUUAGAGUUGCGCACGGACGUGUUUCUGUGUGACACCGCAGGAGUUACCAGACCGAGCAGAGUAAGGAACCGUAUGUGUUGAAGCUUAAUAAAAGUAUAAUCCAGCCGGGUUACACAGCAAGAAGUGUACGCUUCGUCAGUCGCACGAAACAACACACUUUAACACUCCACCGUCCAGUUUUUCUGUUUGUUCGCCAUGUUUGUUUUCGUUUGGGCGCGCUCUGCGUACGUCACUACGUGCCUCACACGUACUACCGAGCGCCUGCGCAGACCGAACAAGCCUUUCUGUAAACCCAAUCCGCUCCACUCAGCCGUCUAUGAAGCGGAUUAUCAAUCGGUGUAGUCUACUUUUUACAAUCCGACCCGAAAUACAAUCAGAUCCGGGUGAAUCAGAUUGGCUAAGGUGUUUAUAUGAGACAUUUUGAAUCUGAUUGACCUUUCAAUCUGAUUGAACCCAUGUAAACAGGGCCAGAGAGAUGCAUCAAAGUCUGUCCCAGUUCAGAGGCUUCACCUUAUCCAGUGGUUCUUUGUGUACCAAUACAGAGAUACAUUCAAGUAGUUUAGGAUUAGUGUUUGGUUUGAAUUACGCGGUGCAGCAUGUUGAGUGUGCCCAGUGCUGAAAAUGAAACUUUGAUGUUUACUAGAUUUUUGCAAAGUUGCACAGUAAGAGAAAGGUCUUUUUAGCUACCAAACAUUUGAAGGUGGAGUGCUUGCUUCUUCCAUUUGCUCUUUGCAAGAGUUGACAUUAGAAAUCAAUCCUAUUACCUGAAAUGUCAAAAACGACAACUGGUCACUGUGUUUGUGUUUAUCAGCUUAACUAAAACACUUAGUGGGAGGAAGAUUUGAUAAAAGUUCCUUCAUCGGACUACAUCCUAAUGUGACCGCUGUUUGAAUAUUGCUGUUUCAUGAGGAUUUGCACCACAUAAGAAAUAUUCGGUCAUUUUGAACCCAACUUUGGUGAACGAUUUAAUUAUUUCAACAUUAAGACAAAUGAACAAAUUUAAAUAAAGUAAAUAAGAUGAGAUCUUCCUAUUAAAGGGACAUCUUAUCUUAAAGGAAGCAGUCGUGUAAAUCAUUGUUCUGUAAACCCUCACAGGUCUUUUAUAAACAGGAUGCUUGGUUGAUUUUUUAAGAGUUGAAUCUCUUUGUGUUUUGCACAAGUUACGUAAUGCUCGACCGCUGUAACUUUUAUAGUUUAGAUUUUCUCUGAAAUGUCGUAUAGAUGUUAAAGCUCGAGAUGCUAACACUGGGGACAAUGACAGUGCAUUAUGAUAGGUAUUGAACUGGAAGUGAAUCUUUUUUUCAUUAUUAUGUCCUUUUUAUUUCCUUUGUACAUUAUGAUACACAAUAUUAUUGUUUUACAACUGAGCUGUUUUCAAGUGCUUCUUUUAUCUUGUUUGUGACUGAUUUAACCAUACCUCAUUUUCAUGUCUCCAUCUGCAGCUAAGGGGAGCCUCUUUUUUCAGACACAAUACAUUAGAGUGAUUGUCACAAUACAGCAGAGAUAUCCAAACCUGUUUAAAGUCAUCACGUAUUCAGCAUAAAGCAGAUCAUUUCGAGUGAUAAGGACUUUUUGGCUACAAUCAUCUGUAAACGUUGUAUUGAGGCAUUAAAACUACAUUCAAGAGGCUGCUCUGUAUAAUUGCUCAAAAUGCUUAUUUGAAAGAGAUAUGCCCUAUUUCAGAGGAAAGACAGUUUUUUUUUCCUUUUCAAUAAAAAAAUAAGUAUUGGUGUUCUUCGUGUGUAAAUGUGUCUUUUUUUAUCUGAAAGUGACGGGGCUCUCAGGUGUGCGUCUGCAUGUCACUCAUAGAGCGUUCCUUUAUUUAUCAGUACAAAAGGCUCAGUCAGACACAGUAAAUGAAACUUAAUAUAUCUGCGUCCAUUCUGCCUUUGAAAUCAAUGCCACAUCCAAAUCCUCUUUCGUUGUACUUUCUCUUCUCUGUAAAUCACUUUCUCUUGCUCUGCCUCUCUGCUGUUUUCUAUAUGAAGGUUGCAGUAAUACUUGAAGCCAUCAGGGUUUAGCUUUUUCACUGCCGGGAAGAAUUUUCACCACUUCAAGUUUGUUUCAAGUUUGUCAAGGAGUACCAACCAUCAGGAUUUAAUUACACCACAAACCCUUUUUUCUUUUAUACUUUUAAAAUUGAGGAGUAGGAUGGAAAGGCUCAAACACUACAGUGCUGAUGGUUUUAAGACAAAAGAGGCAGUAGUCAUCAAAUCCUUUGUCUCUACAGUUCUGAACUUGAAAUCUCUGAGGUUAAAUCAUUGAGUUAAAAAAUAAGAAUUUUGUUAUAAAAUAACAGAUUUUGGCACUUUUCUCGAAAAUCUGUUAUUGUUUUAUCCUUGUUUAUUUAUUAGAUAGGACAGGCACCAAUUUUUAAAGAUACAGUGUGUAGAAAUUAGAAAAUUUGACAAUUACUAGUGAUCAGACUCACUGACUCUUAAUCAGUGCAAAUUUUGUUUUGCGCACAACAACCAAAUUCUUCUACAUCUGUUUAACCUGUGUUACCACUGUGACCAUUCAGGGUGACUGUAGGAACAUGGCAAUACAAGCAGACUGCCUCAUCACCACUAUUUACCGUCAUCACCAUCACCAUUAUCAUCAUCAGGGGCACCAAAUGCAAAAACAUUCACAAAGUGUCUCAAAAGUAGAAGGAGACAUUUGUUUUAGUCAUGCAGUGAAGGAGCGCUGAGUUUCAUUGCAUGUAGGUGUUAGAAAUUGGGAAAGACGUUCAGAGCUUCAAAGAACCAAACAUCUGGUUCAUGCAAAGACAUGCACAAAAAAAAAAAAAACAUCAUUGUUUAUGCUUUACUCUGUGACACAAAAGUGUUUACAAUCGGAUCAUGCCAUGUUUAAAUGUACAUAAGUUAAAGGGAAUACUGAACAGUAUGCCUAACAGACUUACUUUAUGUUAAAUAUUAUAUUUUUGUAACAUGAGUCCAAGCAGCAUUAUAUCUCUGGAAUUGGUCAUUCUGUGGCAAGUGGUAUGUAUAUUUUUUAACUACUUUUAAUUAAUUUUGCACAAUUACUGAAUUUUUAAUAUAAAUUUGGUCAGGAGAGAAACUUAAGUUGGAAUUUGAAGGAUGAAAAACAAUACAUAACUGAUAGUAAAUGUUUUCUUUUCCUGCUUUUGAAAACAUUGAAAAUAUCUCAUGAUUUACCAACUUAAAUACUUUAAGAUUAAAAACAUUUCCAGGUUAAAGACAAAUAUAGACUGAUAUGUGGCUCGUUUUAUUUUUCACUUGAAGCAUUUUUCUUUCACAUUGAACAGAUGCUCGGUGGUUAUUUUCCUGUUAUCGCAGCGCUUCAAUCACAACAACACACACACCGCUUUUCUCACUUUAACUUCUUUUUCUGUCACUUCCAUCGCUGCUUUCACGUCUUGGAUACCUCUGAGUGCUCCUUCAGUGGGAGGGUUCAGCCUUCCAGUGUGUCAUAUGAGAGGGUGAAUGUGGAUUGAAUAUUAAAAAUAGAAAAGAUCAGACUGAAGGGGCUACGGGGAGGCAAGAGAAAAGGGAAGUGGAAAAAAUAACAGGAGGAUGACGAAGAAAAGUGGGGUGGUAGAUGAGGAUGAGAGAGGAGAUUCGUGAUGUGAGAUGGAUGCAGAUCGUCGAGGAAAUGUCUAUUUUUACCCGUGGAGAGGGAAUACGAUAGGCCUCUGCAUUAGGCUGAAGAGGAACUUUUGGCUUGUAUAGGCAGAUUCAUACCCACAACAUUUAACUGCAGUGUCGAGGAAAUUCUACCCAUCUGCUGUUUCCCCCCAGCUCUUUCAUGCUCUCUAGUCCUUGUUGUUCUCAGAAGUUGUUCCUCCUGAAAUAGUUUUGGAUGUUUACUUUUUCCCCCUUUCGCCUUGAAUCUCGUCUUUAUUUACUCUAUCAUCCUUCUGUCAGUUCUUGCACUGUAAACUUUCUGUCCUUCCCACUGUCUCUCCUCUGUCCCCACCCUCCCCUCUGUCCCUGGAUCGAUGGACUACUUCCUGCGUUCAGCGGGUUGACAGCACAGGUUAGAGACCACGGGGUUCAUGUUACCAGUGAUUUGUGUGUGUGGGAGUGUGUGUGUAUACUGAGACCUUAGGGGUCAACAGUGGCAGCAGUCCUGUGUUUGCCCUCAAGCCUGACUGACUGCUCCUUUGACUGCAGCCUGCCUGGUUAGAGCAACUGAAGGAGGAAGCAAGAGAGGAUAAACACCAUGGCUGUUGUCGCAAAACUUAACGAGUAGCCAAAGUUAUAGUCUCUGUAUUUCCCAUGGGCCUUCAAAAACCCUGAACCACACACAGUUGAAUACUUGAGAUUUCAAGAUGAAGAUCAAGCUUUUUUAUUGUCCGUUUCUGGCAUAUAACAGGAGCAGGUUUAAAGGCAUGGUUGACGAUCUGACCUCUCCCCUCUGUGCUCCAUGAUAACUCCCCCCCGAAACCUGUCUCGCCCUCUCCAUGACACACCCCCUCAGGCAGAGCAAGAAGCCAGCCAACAGAAGAUCCUACGCUAGCUUCAAGUAGGAUUCACCAUGUUGGAUUGCUAGUGACUAGUGGCAGUAAACGCCAGCUCUGCUCACCUGCCUGGAUAGCUACCAUGUUGACAUUGCAGCGACUAAUUAGAGUUAUUUAUGUAACAUGUGCCAGGAUAAAAGGCAAAAAUGAUCUGUUCAACAAAAACUCUGCUGUCUCAGCGUCUGUUUUCGGGCCCAAAUCCUGGCGGAGUUAUCUCCACCGCUCAAAGAAUGACCCGAUAUUUAUUCGAGUUCGAUUAUUUGCUUGGUCUCAUUUCCUCUUCGUCUCGGCCCUUUCUUCUGUCAGCUUGCGUUUUCUUCCCACUUUUGGCGGUGGGGCAAGCAGAAGUGUUUUUUUGUGAACCUUCUCCAUCACAGCCCUCAGAAAUUUUUGGGCUCAUAUAAUGGUAUUGAUAAAAUCCUUCCUAUACCAUCAGGAUUAAUUUUCUUUUCAUUGCAGGAUUUUCUGUCAGCAUCUAGAGUCAGUCGUGGUGGCUUCAGCCUCAGAUUGAACCAGAGCAGAAUACUUGCUUGUUCACUUUGGUGUGUUUCUCAACCUGCACCUGUUAUCAAGGUUGUCCAUCACCCUGCCUGAAGUGUAUCAAAACCACAUAUUACAGCCUAUUUUGCACCCUGACAUCACUGAAUACCACCUAUAGAGUAAUCUUGAAUCAUCAAAUGCAGCGCUAUCUGCUAACAACUGGUGUUUCUUUUCACUGUGGGUAUAAGACAACCUAUCUGUUUUAACAGACUGACUGACAGGCCCUGAUGUCCUUAAAUCCCAUAAAAGCCUCUCUACAUCCAUCGCCCUGGGCAACGUGCAGCAGUAAAUGGCUUCAGUUUGUCUGAGGUGUACCCCGAGAGCCUAAAAGAGAUCAAUACAGUCACUCACAGUCAUUGUUUUAACUCGGCUCCAGUGCAGCUCCUGCCAUAAAACUCCUGCUCCACUCCACAUCCCAAACCCCCACAGCAGCUCUGCUGUCACUGCAGCAACUUUAAGAGCUCAAGAACGGGCUGCCCAGGUGGACGUAUUCAUAGCAGCCCAACAUAGUCUGACUUACAAACACUGCUUUGUUUUUCAGUGGCUCCUUUGGCUCUACUGUCAAACAUUUGGCUUUAAAUUUAAGCAGCAAAUCUGUGUAACCAACAAAAUUAGCUUGUUAAAGAGAUUUUUUUGUCAUUUCAUAUAAUCAGCCACAAAAUUACAAUCUUUAAAAACACGGAUGCAUAAAAAUUACUUUGAAGAUCUUCAGGAAAAAUUUCAAUCAAUUGCAUUUAUCACGAAAGCCCAAUUCUGUUGGCAUGGCUGUCUUCCUUGUGGUAAAUAUUUGUUUGUUUGCAGAACAGUUAAAACCUGCAUCUUUUUUGGAACACAGAUGAUUUCAUUCCAGCAAGUACAGCUGCAUUUUUCUUCUUAAAGGAAGAACACUAACAACUAAGACGCCCAAAAACGUGAACACCUGUGUUUUCAACCACCUCAUUUAAGCCUCUUCUCACUUCCUCCAGGCUCAAAGUGAAAGGACUUCAAACUGUCUUGACAGCAGUGCAUAACAAGGUAGUCAGCGUAAUAUUUCCACUCCGUUUCACCAAGCGUCUCAUUCCCAGCACUCAACAUAAACCUGUAAUGAGGCAGGCUGAGUGGCCUAGAGGUCAUUAAUUUAACGAUAUCAUUAUUUAUGAGCUCUGCUCUGAUUGGAUGGCGGCGUUGCAGAGCUUUCCUCCACAUAUAAAGCUUUUUCAACAAGACACAGUUAUAGACCUGAUGAAGAAUGACACUUGCUGUGUCAGUGGUCUAUGAAUGCAUCUUUGAACCUGCUUUUCGUAGUUUUGGUCAUCAUUUAUUUUUGGUAACAUUGCACUAAACAUUUACAGAUCUGGAAACAGGGUGAAAUCACUGCAAAUGUGUUUUAACAUUAUACCUGAGACUUGACACCAAGAUAAGCAGAGGUGCCUUUUAACAACUCAUACACUAACUCAACUCAGAAACAAAGCACAAACUGCAGCUGACAUAAAGAAGCAGCUUCAAUUUCCAGUGAUGUACAGUCAUACAUUCAUUGUACUGCACUGACGUUUGACUGCAUGCACUUACCAAACAAAGAUUUCAUCUGUCAUGAGAAAGACAAACCGACUUUGAAAAAUGACAUAAUUGGCAUUUUCAGUGCUCAUCCUGUCACCGCCCCCUUCAGUCAUGACCUGAACUUUGAAAGCGAAGCAUCAUGUUUUAUUGACUGUUAACCUGGGCUUUCCUCAGCAGACUGUGAGGUCCUCCAGUCUCUAUCAGUUUAAACAGCGGUUCCAUGUCUAUUAACAGUGUUGGGUCAUGACCCGACCCCACUUACCCUCACCCCUCCUGUCUAUCUCUCUCCUCCUCCCUCCAGCCACCAGCUCUACAUCUUUUCAACCCUCUUUUACCAAGUUAAUCCCUGCAGACCGUCUGCCAACCCCCCCACUCACUGCACACACACACACACACACAAACAAACAUGCAUGCAGCCUCUUGUUGCCCCUCAGCUUAACAGCAUUUAUAACGAUCUGACCCUGGGACCUCUCUGCGCUAAUGAUCUUCAGUCCCUCACUGCACAAACACACAAAUGACCAACAAUAACCUGCACAGCCGUGUGAGUCAAAUAUUUAAUCUGUCCUCUUUAUGAAGGUCAGAUAAACACAGACUGGCAAAUAUGGUACGUUUACAUGCUGUUCAAAAAACUAGAUUUAUUGCUUUAGUCUGACUGAAACUGGACUUUUGUAAAACACAUGAACAAAUUAGUCCAAUUAAAACUUUACUAGAUUGAACUUCUUAUAGUAGGACUAGCAUACCUGGAUUAGGGACCACAGAGUAUGUACCCUAAAGUCUACACCUGCAGUGAGCCAAGAUCACUUAGUAAAGGGGAUUUUGCCUCACCUCCAGUUAAACCGUUGAACAAGUUUUCUACGAUGAAAGCAAUCAACCCAGCAACUCUAGAGCAAAUAUGAAAAACCAGCAGCAUAAGCAUAAAUAUAGAGAUGGGCUGCUUUUAUUCACAGAUUUCAUCCAAUUCAGUAUGGGCAAAAAAGCAGCUGCUCGCCUUAACAGUGUCACAGAAUGUAAUAUUAUCAACUGGUUCAACAACUGUGUACUUUUGAGGACUUUGUUCUUAUCAUCUAGAACCUCCACUUUUGCCACACUGGUCUCAUACCUUUACAUGAGCCUACUGCUGUUGGAGUUUCUUCGCCUUAAUGCGUCAUUGUAGAGCAGUAAAAGUUCUUCCACUCAGUGCUGACUUAUACGUUUGCUUUUGUGUCAUAUCCAGUGUCUGACGGAUUCAUUCCUCUGCCCAUAUUUUGAUGAAGCAUCUGAUCUUCCCCGUUCCAACGAACAUGCAACACAUUUUGUUGGGAGGUCACAAGCUAUCGUUAGCAUAUUGAAGCUGCCUGCAGUGGCGUGUUGUCUGGUCUGCUGUACAAUAUUCCAGUCCGAAAAUAAGAAGCCCUGAAGCGAAUGAGACGAGUAUGUUUCAUUUUGUCGUCUGAAUGGGAACAAGAGAACAAGCUACUGGUCUGAAAGCUCCUUGAACUGUUGUCUAAAUUCACAAAGAUUGUAGCCUACUUACACUUGUUUAUUUAUUUAUUUUUUUUUUCCGCAAAAUGAAGCAAAUGGAAAAUCUUUUUUUGUAUCGUCAUGGCCAUCGAGAAACACUGAUUGACAUUUUUCAUGGUUCUCUUAUAUUUUAUGACACAUUAAUCUCACAUCAUGAUUUAUGAUCAGUGCUUGCAGCUCCUCUGGAUACAAAACUAAAAGUGUGCCAAGCCAGAGCUUUUGAUAGGUCAAUCAAUCAAUCAAUCAAUCAAUCAAUCAAUCAAUCAAUCAAUCAAUCAAUCAAUCAAUCAAUCAAUCAAUCAAUCAAUCAAUCAAUCAAUCAAUCAAUCAAUCAAAUUUUAUUUAUAUAGUGCCAAUUAACAAAAGUCGUCAUCCCAAGAUGAUUUCCAAAGAAAAAGAGCAGGUCUAGACCACGCUCAUUGUUUGAUGACUUAUCAAGACCCAACCUAAGAUGGGACAGAUUUAACCCAUCUCAUCUAACAUGACUAACAGUGGCAAGAAAAAACUUCCUUUUAACAGGCAGAAAUACAGAGAGAUAGGGAGGGAGAGAGAAAGAAAGAGGAGUAGGAGAGAGGGCAGGGGGAGAGACAGAGACCAAGGGUGAGAGAGAGAGAGAGACAGGGGACAGCAGCAACAUCAAAACAACAGUAACAACAACAACAGCUCAUACAGAGUUGUGGAUGCGGAGCACGUAAUGAUGAAACAACAUGAAUUCAGGCGAUCAGAUAGGUGAUAUCAAUGAUUUAAAACUGAAAGUCAAUUCUCCUGAUGAGUAUUUGAUCAUGACUCAUCUAAGUUUGCAUUUCACCUCGCUCUUUGUCCCUCUAUAAGGAUAAGAAAGAUGUUUCUGCAGAUGUAACUGCAAAAAAUGCCCACAAACACAUAGAAACACCACACUGAAGUACGCCUGUCUCUGAAGACUCUCUCACACACAGACUAUUGUGCUCUUAUUUUUUCCUUCUAUUUUUAAUCCUCACAUGAGUCACCGACACACAUACCAGCUGGUUUAAGCAUGCACACACACACACAGGAAGAAACUCUGUAUAUUCCCCCCUCUCAAUCAAGCGCUGUUAGAGCUGAUAUGAGUCCAGGGACAGAGGAAAUAAAUGCUGUCAAUCCAUGUUAUAAUUCAGCAGAGGAGACCACAUGAGGGGGAAAUAUCUACUGUAUUUGGUGCUCAUGGGAAAUCAAUCUCAACUUGUGAAACAAUGUUUGCAAGCUUACACACUUACUGGAUGAAGGACUCUGCGCUUGUGAUCCUAAAUAAUGCUCUGCUGCUUAUGAGGAGACCCGUGCUCUGACUUGUCCCUGCAUGGUGUUAUCCUUGCUCACCUGACACACAGUGAUGAGCUGAUGAGAGACCAGGCAUACAUGGAGUAACCAAUUAUACCCUUGAAGAGAUCCUUGUACAAACAAACACAUUUGCAAAUACACAUUUUCUGUUCAUGUUCACACCCCUAAAUCAGAUAAGAAUGUAUGAAUAAGGAGAAUUAAAAAUACUCAUAGGCUCUUACAACUGCACUUGUUGGACAACUUUCUUAAAAGCGGUAAUUUUCUAACUCCUCCAUGUACCCAAGUGAUAUCUUCUAACUAUUCUUGACUUAUCCAGUUUUACUUUUAAUUGAAAAAGGCUUGCUAGCCAAGAAGCCAGGUUGUGAACAAAACCUUAACAGACAAAGAAAGGACAUAAAAGGAAGAAACUUUAAUGACAGAGCUUUGAAAGUGACGGUGUAUUCAUUUUUUACUUUUACUUUUUUUACUAACAUGUUUCGCUUACAAUGUUGAGAUUUGAUACAUAAUACGUUAACCAGGAGACAACCAUAUAGUAACCAUAGCUCAACUUGGCUGUGCAUGUAAACAUACUUUAUGUUGCUCUUGUGUUAAUGUGUUAAUUUGAAAAUGUCAAAAUUAGUGCAACUGCUAGAAAGCUUUGUGUAUUGAGCACUGUGCAGUAGCCAAUGCUGGACCUAUUGACUAACUGAUAUUGCUGAUAAAGCUUGAUGUAAGAAAGGUCAGCCUCCAUGGGAUUUCCAGCUUAGACUUUCUUUCCAUGUGUUGCCAGUGUAAAUAGUCAGAUUUGCACAUUUAGAGGUGUUAGUUGAGCAAAAAUGUAGCUGGACUCGAUAAGGGAAGAGAUAAUACUGCAACUUAUCGCUUCUCGGUGCAAAUGUGUCCCUGUUUUUUUUUUUUUUUUAAUUCAAUUAACUCUGAUUUCCUGAACGAGCUGAACGAUCUAUUAUUAUUUAUUAUCAGUGUCUAGAGGGAGAAAAUGAUUCAGAGUCAUGUUGGUGUGUUGUAUUCAACAAACAUAUGAACACGACCAGCUUCAUAGACUGUUUUCAUUGUCCUCUUUCAGCCUUAAUGAGAAACUUAUAACACUUCCACUUUGUUGCCAAAGCAAAUCGUUCUUCUAUGAUAGGACUGGGUCCAGUGUCUGACUCAUGCCAUCCCACUUCUCCUCUGCUUUCUGCUCUCUUCGUCUUACUUUGUGCUUUUUCUGCAUUUUAACUGCCUGUUGUAUGAAACAUGAAUUUUAAUAUGCACUGUUUCCUUACUUGAGCUGAGAAAGUGGCAAUUUUAAUACUGAAAGGUUGGUCUUCAGAGUUUUUUAGUAGAUAAUGGCCAAAAAUCAACGAAGAGUGCUGAAUCUAAAUAUCCUCUGUCUGAGGUUUUACCCAACCAGGAUUACUUGCAUUUGUCUUUUUUCAGACCUUAUAUUUCUUUUCUGAUACUUCUGUAAUAGCUCUAUAUGAUUUCAGAUCAAGGAAAGCCUCUGAACAGUGUAUAAAAACAUCGUUAUUUCAGCCUCAAUCUGAAACGCUUCGUUUUAGCAGCUGUCUCCUUAAGGCCCCCCCUCCACAAGUCUACUUUCUUCUGAUUGGCCAACUCUGUGCCGAAAGCACAGAUGAACCAGUCAGGAGAGCCUAUAAUUCUUGCGUAAGAAAUAUUUAAAUCUUGCACUUAGACUUUGGUCUCACAUUUUCUAACAUUCGUCCAAGAUUUGAGCAGUUUACAUCUAUUUUCUACGAUUAUGACAAAAUAGGUUUACCUUGUGAUUUGUAACUUUGCAUACAUCUACUAUGGACACCAAACUUUGCAUUUUUUGUUGUGAAUGUGGAAAAGCAUAAAACACCCCUCUUUAUCCUUCCGGCUACCCUCCAGCUACAAACCUCUUUCCUGAUUUUAUCAUUAACAGCAGCAGUCUGACCUUAAAAAUAACAGCAUUCAAACAUGAAAAUAACUACAUUUGUUGAAGUGUAUGUUGCUUGCAAGUUCAAGUUCAACUUAUUUUGAGAAUCAAUCAGUUAUCAUUAUUUUUUCAUCCAAAAAGAUGACCUUAGUCAACGCCUAUAACUACUGACAAAACCUAAGUUUGUUGUAUGCUUUGUUUGUUGUAUUCCAACAUGUUACACUGCUGGUACACAUUGAACUGCAUGUAUUUUUUUACCUAAUGGGGCUCAUGGUCAGCACACAUAAUAUGAAGAAAGUUUGCAUCUGCAGUACCUUCAUACUACUGCGCUGUGCCAACACUGGAAAGAGGUCCUUUCGUAAACCUGUAACAAAAGCCUGACUCUGCAAAAUAGUGUCAGGAGGGAACUUGUUUUGGUAAAACAUUGGCAGACAGGGAGGCGAGCCUUGGCACUGUAUUUGUUUAAUCCCAGCCUAAGAAAAUGCCACUUAAAGCAUUAAAGAUAAAGCUAGGUGGUUGAGGCUGUUGUAUGUAGUGACAGCAAAUUUAAAAAGCACUGACACGCAGGUACAGAAAGGGGAUCAGAAGUUAGACUUCAGUUGAUGAAUGAUGCUUUUAAGGCUUUUUGAAAACACUUCGAGGGAUUGUUUUUUCUUUCCAGGGACACUUGGUGCAGUUUUCUGACAUAGGUUAAGUAAAGAAGAAAAAAAAUGCAGCUUUGAAGGCUCACAUUUCAAGUUGCUGUGUUAAUUCCUGGUUUUCAUACAGCUACAAAAAUUCACCAAUACUCUUUUAAGAAGUACAACACAAAAAAUGGGAGGAUACCUUUUAAGAUGAUUAGUUAAUUUACCAUUAAGUUGUAUGUCCCAAGCAAAUUGAUCUCUCAACUUUUAAACUCAAUAAACUGAAGACUUUGGCCAUUAGGGCUGUGGUUUAAAGGUUGUAUGCAAAUUUGAGGGUUCAGUUUAUGGGCCACACAAAUCAAGGCAAACAAAACACAAAGACCUUUCUGAGGAAAGCACUUUCUGAGAAAGGGCGCAGACAGUGUUGAAGGAGCUGAAGAAUGGUUAUAAAGUGUAUCUGGCAUAUGUCUUUUUCUGUCUGUCGUGAUCAAUAAUUACAGCUUAAUGCCCUCACUUUAUGAUCUCCUUUUAAUCCUUGAUGAUAACACAUAAACAACUCAAUUUAUUCUCUUUCACAUCUGCCGAACUGUUUUUCCUCUCAUGUGCCACGAAUGCUCCGGGCUAUUGCAGAGAUCAGAUAAACUAGGACCAGAUAUGCUUAUCAUCAUCCUCUCUAUUUGCCUCCCCAGGACCAUCUUCAGUGAUCAGCAAUGACGAUGACUCCGCCUCUCCUCUUCACCAUGUCUCUAACGGCAGCAACACACCGUCAUCUUCAGAGAUGGGCCCUGAUGCUGUGAUUAUCGGCAUGACCAAGAUCCCAGUGAUAGAAAACCCUCAGUACUUCAGGAGCACCAACAGCCUGCUCAAAACUGACACCUGUAAGUCAAACUCUCUGUCACCUUUAAGUCCAUGGCUUCUGUCUAAGGAUACCUUUGGGAAUGAUGGCCGGCUUCUCUGCUCUCUUCUCUAUUUCCAGUGCCAGCCGUGAACAAACUUUAAGGUUCAGAGUCUUAGCUACACUGUCAAAAGUAAAUCAACACAGGGGCUGAACUCUGGCUUACUGGAGCAGUACAAGCCCAUAAAACAAACUUUUUAAAAAUUAUUUAAUUCUAGUUUAUGGGUAAUCAUUCAACCAAUGAGAAAAUGGAGUGAAAAAAACAGUGAAAUGCAUAUUUGUUGGAUGGGGGACAUAUCGAUUCUGUUUUAAUCCUUUCCAGGUAGUCAGAAAUAUUAUACCCUAACUGACAGCGUCAAGUGGAUUUGUUGCUCAAGUUGGAAUUUGUGAUCUAGAACAGAUCACCAGCUGCAUUUGUAAGCUGAUGUCAGUUUAUAGAUAAGAAUAAAUCACAUACAUAUUACUGCUGAUGCCAAUGUGUCGUUACAGCAGAUUCAGCUUCCACCUGCUUUUGCUCCCCAAACUCAGUGGUCCUUCAUACGACAAAAGGCUGCUGAUUAAUGAUCGAUCAAUUCUUGCAAAAAGCAGACCACUUCCUAUCUUGAAAUAUCCAAGUCCCUUUGUACAGCCUCUAUUGUUAUGUUGAAUCUGCUCAGUGAGUGUCUUCAACCAAAUUGAUAAUCAAGGUUAAUCAGACUGAUGUGAGCAAAAAUCCUGGAUUAAAUGCACUUGUGUCAUGUUACCAUGGCAACUUUUUUUUCCUGCUGUCAUGGCAAUGACCUUGAAGCUGCUGAGAAUAAUUUUGAGAGAGAAGUGGAAAAUAGAAGGAUCAUUUGUAUGCAGGUGUAUGUAAGUGUGUGUGUGUGUGUGUGUGUGUGUGUGUGUGUGUGUGUGUGUGUGUGUGUGUGUGUGUGUGUGUGUGUGUGUGUGUGUGUGUGUGAGCAUAUGUUGGACACAUAUCCAUUCAUAAAUUGGAGAUUUAGGUUUUGACUCAUAUACAUCACUUACCACACUCAAAGGUUACAAAACCUUGGAAAGUUAUUCAGCAGCUACAGUUACAAACUGUUUUUAUGCUGAUGACUUACAUGUAUAUUUAAAUUCAUCUGAUUUAAAUAAGAAAGAGAAGGAAAAAUCCAGGUUGAAAGGAAAAGGAGGAAAAAAACACAAGAGGAAAAACACAAGGGGAAGAAGAAAAAAAAGGGAGAGGAGCAGUCAAACAGACAGACAGCACGCAGAUAUUGACCAGGUCCAUCAGUGUGACAUUAUGAUUAUUGGCACGUCAUAAAAGCUUCUACAGGCUGUGGCCUUGUGUUGCAGUAAAUUAUCAUACGGCAUGUGUGUAUGUGUGUGGGUCUGUGUGCACACUAUGACGUUCUUUCUCCUGGAGGGGUGUAAUGAUGGGGGAUUGGGGCUUGACCUCUUCAGUUCUACAAUAUAACUAAAAGAUAGAGUGGGAUUUACAGCCUAAAGGCAAGAAUGAAAGCACUGAAGAUCAAUGGAAGUCGAUAACCUACUGUGUGAGUGUGUGAAUGUGCAUGCGUGUGUGUGGCUGCAUACGUGUUUUUAAUAUACUCCAGCCAUUACAGCCAUUACUCUGUGUUCUCCUUUGACUCUCAGACAGGCAGCAUAAUUCCUGCAAAGUUUCUGACCGAUUGUUUGGCACGCUGCCUUUCAGACCUGUACAAUAGCCUUUGAUGGAGACAGUUUGGCAAAGUGGCACUAGGUUGGAUGCCAAGAACUGAACUCUUUUUUUUUUUUUUUUUAAAUGGCCUUAACCAGCUUGUGGCCUGUAUUAUUGAAUACAGGAAUCAGUGGCAGUUCUUCUCUGCCACAUAAAAAAUGGCACUGGACUCUUCUUGGCAGCAAUAAGGCAACAAUUACUGUGCAGAGAUGAUGGAUCCAUUUGUAAUUACGGGAACUGUUAGCUGUGCUAUCUUACCUUAUAGUGGAAACCUCAUUAACAAUAAUAACAUAAGAGGAGGUGGAAUAGCAGAAAAGUGUGUCACAUGCAUUAUUUAGGAGGUACAGUGAGAAUGAAACCAGGACUUUCAAAGAUUACUACUGUGUUAAUGUUUCCUAAUCUAAUAGACAUUUUAUGCGCAGCUUUUAGAGUGCAUCUCAAACAACUUGUCUGAGGUUUAAGUGAGAUACAGACGGUUUUUCCGGUGGUUUCUCAGCAGGAAAUAAGACCGUAUAUGAAUUAAAUCCUCCUCCCCCAAAACACAACUCAGAAUUUUAAAAAAGUUUUAUUUUUCAAUAUGUGGACUUGUUUUUGUCUCAAAUGAUUUUUUAAAUUUGGAGAAUUGUGUGUAGAAGCCAGUACUACUACAUGUAGAUUCUCAUUCAUCCAGGUCAUGGUUUUCUUGAAGACUCCAGAAUCAGGCAACUGGACUGUGUAGAGUUUGAGAAGACGUUUCACCUCUUAUCCAAGAAGCUCCUUCAGUUCUAAAAUAGCUAGUGGGGGGGAGCAGAUAUUUAUCUUACUGGAGAAUGGAAAAACAACAACUGGGAGGAGUUGGAAUUUGGAAUUUUAUCAUGACUUACAAGGUCAGGUAUUAUAAUGUCUUAUAACUGUUAACAACUCACUGACAAUGCUCACAUAGAUAAUGCAAAGCAACUGGUGUUAACAGUUAUAACACAUUAAAAUACCUGACCUUUUAAGUCAUGAUAAAAUGCUUUAUAAUGUGUUAUGAUUAUUGCUAUAAAGCAUUAUGAUCAUUUAUGAGUUUUUCCAACAUUGUUUUACAGGGCUAUAACGUGAUUCUAGCGUAUUAGAAAUAUAUUUCUUAUGCGUUAUAGAGAUAGGCAUUAAGUAAAUUGUUACCCAGAAUUCUUUAUGCUGCAUUCAUAUUAUUAAUGAGCUCAGGAAAAUAGACUCACAUCAUGCCGAUAAAGUCCCCUUAAAAAAGAGAAGACCAGAUGAUAGCCAUGUUCAGUUACAGAUAUGGAAAAUUUGAAGCCCACAGAUAAAAAUAAAAACACUCGAGAGAAAAAUAAACCAGAGAAAUCCCAGCUGUCUGAUCUCACAACACAAUGCCAAGGAGUAGUGAUAACAGAGCAAAUCAUCUUUUACUGAACCUGUACAUCAUCAACAACUGAUCCAUUAUCAGCCAAAGUCCAAGGUCCGGUGAGAGUGAGGAUUCAUACUGCAGUAUAAAAACUGUAGCUUUUCAAAGAGCACCAAGACAUCACUGAGGACCUUGUAACUCCCUGCCUGAAAAUCUAUCUUUCUUGAAAAACACAACUUCAGAUCUAUCCUAUUGACGGAAGACUUUGAGUAAAUCACCAACCCUCUUGACUGCUGAACUAAACAGUGGCUGAAGUGGCUCCUGCCAAAGUCUGUCAGAGCCAAGAUUCAAAUGAAAUUGGACUUCAAGGAUUGUUAGAGGUGGCUAGCUUUACUUCAAUCACUUGUUAAAUGUGUUGAUGCCCAUUUUGUAAAGUUUUGCCUCCUUUUUGCAGCCUUGCUUUCAGUGAUUUUCUUGGACUUUGAAGAGAUUGUGAGAAGGAAAGCACAGGACAGAAUUUAGAAACUUUAGUAUUUUAUUUGUAGUAACAUGAUUUCUGGAUUGAUGUUUAACAAAAUGUAAAAGAACAUUUUUUGUUUCAAGGAUUUAUAUGGAAGACAGUUGAUUAAGUGAUGUGUCUUGCAGCAUGUUGGAAUAAUUUCUCAGUUUGCAACCACAUGGAGGUGUUUCGAAAUGAUUAUAUAAUCACUGCUUUUUAUGAUAAACUCUGAUUAACACUCUCUGGCCAUUUCUGUUAGUUCUCAAACUACAAACACCUUGUAGCCUGAGUACUAAAGUAUGUAGACCAUGUUUUUAGAAAAAUCUCAAUCUUAAGCUCAUCCACCUUUGUCGAAGCAGAAAUAAUCAACAUAUUCCUUUUUAUGGGUCUAAUUGAGGAAUAUGAAGUCUCCAAAUAGGGGAAUCACUUAGAAUUAUUCACUGUUAAAUUCGAGCAAAAAUUUUGGCACUCAACAUUGAAAGAUAUUUUCAGUUUUUAUUUGGAUACACCUUUCUCUUGGCUCUGUGAACACUACCUCUCAGUUUUUCCAUCGUUCCUAUCUCAGCAGAUCCGCCGGGGAUUGUAUUUUGUUGUAUCAAGGGAUUGAGGAUUACUAUUGUUCUGGAAAAUGUUAUUCAGAAGUCAACACGUGCGUACAGUCUUUGAAAACACCCAUUUAUAGACUUACACACCCACGCUCACACUUAGCUUGUGAAAAUGUAGGUCAUAAUUAGCUCCAGAAUAGAUGGUUGGGAGGUGUGGUGGAAAAGACUAAUUAGAGUGAUGACAUGAAUUGCAUUAGGGAUUUAGGUGAGAAAAGGUAGGGAGUAUGUCUUAAUGCUGUUUUUAGACAUGCUUGUGUUUUCAUCUUGUCAAAUUGCUCUGUGGAAACCAUCUAAACCGACCAAACACACUGUUUCAAAGCUGUUGAAGCUGUUUUGUGUCAGAAACCAGUUGUGGAAAAAAAAUAAGAAGGAAAAAUGGAGAGGCAGAAGGCAAACAGGGACUAGUUAUGUCCUCAGGCAUUCAUUUCUUUAGUUGUUAUAGUUGGAUGUUGAUUAAUGAGAAAAAUUUGUAAGAGGUGGGUUGUUCGGAAAAUCCAGAGAAACUGACGGAUGUUGGGAAAAGCUCAGAGAGGUGUGGUCGAAGAGGAAUGUUAUCCCACUUGUUAAUGUGUGUCAUAAAUGCAUAAGCGAUGGGAAAAGGAGUGAUAGAGCAACAGAAUGAAGGAUAACGUGUGUCUGGGUGUUAAUGUUUUGGAGAUGUUGAUUAAAAAGUGAUUGGUUUAGCAACUGAGGGGAAUGGCAGCAGGGAGGAAUAAAUGAUGAAACAGAGAGGAUGCUAAAUAAGGAAUGUGAGAGUGAGAUAAUGAGACUGGAUGGAGCCAUGUUAAAUGAGAGAAAAUGAGCGAAUAUGAUAAGCAUGGAAAACGGGUACUAAUUAAGAAAAACAUCAGAGAACAAGAAUGUUAAGUUUGGUAAAUGGGAAAUAAUAUUUCUGUAGAUCUUAAUUAAGAAUACUGAUUGAGGAAAGAAGGGUUGAUGAGUAACGCUGCAUGCAGAGAUGAGGUUUAUUCACGAAAGCAGGGUGGAGGAAGAAGAAGUAUAAAAGUGGUAAAAGCAGAAAGCUGAAAAUUCAUGACAAACAAGACUGUAAAAAAGUUGAAUUUGAAAAGUUCUUGAUUGCUAUUGUUUCGGCAGAUACUUAUGGUAAAACAGCAAAACAAUGCACAGGAGAUGAGAUGAGAUCUGAAGAGCAUGCCUGGGCGUCUUUAUUGUACAAUCAGUACAGAUGACAAACAGAGUCUUUGCAAAACCCAAGGAGAGGAGCCCCAGGCUUCUCUCACUCACACUUUUACACUGCUGAGUGUGUGUCAGAAUACAAUGAUUGUGAAUUUCUUGUGAAUUACAAAAGUGCACCCCUCAUAUGUGUAUUGCAUAGUUUUACAACUCUGUAACUCUAAUGUGUGUAUGUGUGUGUAAGUGCACGCUUUUCCCAUCAUCUAUUCGAUCACCGGGGGUCAUUCGGAAAUUCAUCAGUUGUUUGGAUUAUCUUUGACUUACUGGAAACUAUCAGAAAAACAGCCUGGGUUGUGCAACCUCAAGCUGCAAAACCAGGCCUAACCCCAAAAUGUUUAUAAAUCCUCAAUAAAUGAUAAUCACAUGUAGAUUUCUUUACCUAAACCUUUGGAUUUCACCUAAAUUGUGUGGAGCAAUUAUGGAUGUUUUUAUCCAAAUAAAUGCAAAAUUUAAAAUAUAAAUUUACAAUAAAUUAAAGAUCCAGAAAAGCAUUGAAGAAAGCACCAUAUCAUCCUGCCUAAAAGAGAAAAAAGGAGCAUUGGUAUACACACAUCAAUUUAUUUGCUAUUUGAGGGUGUAAUUAAGGAGAAGUGGUGCCAGGGGUUUAAACGGGUGAACGCUUAUUACACAACCACAUUAGAAAAUGGUGCGGUGAGGUUAUUGGCUGGUUAAAUGGCUGAUAGCUGUGUUACAGUGAUGUGGGUUUAAUAAGCUGCUGCCGGUGCUGCAUGGGGAGUUGUAAGAGCACAAGGAUGUGUGACCUGCUGAACUGAGGAUGAUCAUGUUAUCAGGAAGAUACAACAGCGGCUACAGUGGGGACUCUUCACAGUCGGCCUGUCUUCUUCUGACAUGAUUUGUAAUUUUACAUUAUUGAUUUUUUUGCUUUUGUAAAUUUGUAUUUGUAAAAAGAAACACAAUGUGGUUCGAACUGUGUUUCUCAGGAAAUGAUUACUGUGGAUAUUAGUAAAUCUUGGUCUAAAAGUUGAUAGUUAGAUGAAUACUUAAGAAAAUCAAAAGGGUAACUGUGAUGUAUCCUCUCUGAUAUAUUGUAUUAAGGUCUGUAUUCGACCUAAAGUUCAAUCUUUUUCCUAAUAUGGCAAAAGUGCAAGGGCUCUUGUCCACCAUGUGACAAAGAUGUACAGCAAUACAUCUUACAGCUUUAAGUUGCUGAUCCACCAGUGUUAGAUCAACAAGCCCUGGAUUAAGCCACCUUCAACUGCAGGUAGCCUUCUCAUGUCAGAGCAAAACCAAGUUCAGAUAGUAUAUUAAGUUUAGUAUUUGCUGGGAUUACUUCAUUCUACAUCUCACUAUUUUCUUUUUUUAUGUUUGACUUUAAUAGAUCUUAGAGAAUCAAAUGCAGACAAGUCAAUUUUGACCAAAUAUCUAAUUAUUGUAAAUGCACAAAAGCUGACAAAGAGGGUAAAUAUACACCUACUCACACUUUGCAUAGCAGAUAUUCCCUUCUCCAGUAUGGUCUAAACUCUAAAAGGCUGCAGGGAGACAGAUAUAUGUAUUAAAUGCAUACAAACUCCCAAUGCUUUCUUACUCUGUGAUUUUCUCUUUGUCUCCCUCUCCCUCCCUCUCUCAGUCCGUACAAUAUUGGGUUAUAGAGGACCUCAGUAGCUUACAGUGUAGAUCGAUGCAGCUUCUGAGAGUCUAGCUGGCCUUUAAUGUGAUAUUCUGAGUGGACAGCUUUUCUUCAAAUGUGCCUCUUAAUCACAUCACAGAUAAAUCUCAGCUGCGGUGUCCUCUCUCUCUCUCUCUCUCUCUCUCUCUCUUUCUCUCUCUCUCUCUGGAUUAGGGUUUAAGAAAGACCCCUUUGCUUGUAUAGUAGAAUUAAAUGUAUUCCCAGUUGCAAAUCUGGCCUACAGUCAAACCAGAGCUUUGCUAGGUCACAGUGAGGGCACCAUCCCGUGUAUGACUCUGCAGAAUAAAACCUUAUAUCACAAACAAGGUGAGAUGCCAAUUUUUUCAAAUAAUCAGCUGGCAUGAAGUCACAGGUUACUUAGCAACAGAAAGCCAGUUUUUUUCCCACUCUGAUCAAACUGUGGGUGAGCAGAAGGCGGAGAGAGAUUAUUUACAUAAAAGACACUGAAACAGAUUUUUUGGGGGGGAUUUACAGAAUAGUACAAACCAAAUACAACAAAGCAGUGAUUUUGCAUGGUUACUUUUGCAUCCAUAUGUUGUAUAAAGCACGGGAUAUUUACUGGUACUUAACAGAAAAAAUGCCUAAACACACACAAAAUGCUGCUAUUGUUUGCCCUCUGCUGCUUAAGCUAAAAAAUGUAGUGCAGUGAAGUUGGCAGAGAAAAAAAUUGACUUGGGAAAUGGAAUGAAUAUGGAUGGAUGGUGAAUGAAACAGGAUACCAUAUAAGAAACUGAAGAGUGUUACAAAUUUAACACAUCAUUUGUUAAGACAGAGAGCUAGAGGUUGAUUCUAAACCAAACAUGUAUUUGGGUGAGGUACAUCUAAUGGUAGGGCUGGGCGAUAUGGGAAAAAGAAAGUGUUCAGCAGCGUCUUCCUCAUUGGUGUUCAGCGGCUAUUUCUUUUGGUCGGCAGACUCCAGCAUCGAAACUUGGAAUCGAAAUUUUAAAAUUUGAACAGUUCGAUGCUCGAGACUCGAUGCCCAACCCUACACACCAUACACGUUGCCGCUCUAAACCCAGCUAAAUCAUGGAGAAUGCCCUUUUCUCUUUUUUAAUGCUGAAUAUUGAAAAAGCAUAUCAACCAUGUUUUAUAUUGAUAUCGAGGGAAAUUCAUUUUUGAUAUAUCAUUCAAACAAAUCAAAUUAAAUUUGGUUUGAUUGGUUUGAUUUGAUUUGAAAUUCAUUUUCGAUAUAUAUAUCGCUAUCAUUUUAUCGCUCAGCACUAUCUAAUGGACAAGCAGUUUUUGCUACAUUAGAAAACCAGGUGUUUAGUUUGAACCCAAAUGCACAAUCAGAGACAGAUUAAGCAGUUAAAUCAAUUUAUAUGAGGGCGAAAGGUGGAGAGGAGGGAUCCGGGUCUGAGGCAUGAGAAGGGAGUCUUAGGAGAGGUGAAGGCUGGAGAUGUGAGAGCUUGAGGAGGAGGCUGGUGAUUGAAUCCACAGAGAGUAUGGCAGCUUGGAAGAGAUUCAGUAGUAGCAAUGAAGGCACUGGAAAAGAUAGAGGAAAGCUAAAUUAGUCACUGGUAAAACACACAUAAAAAAGAAAGCUUAAACAAUUGUAAAUUCACAAGAGAGCUCUAGAGACUGGCUGAGAUACAACAUUCGAAGUGGGAAUAAUGUGACGCUGGAGAAACCUCACAGCGGGGCUUAAAUGCAGGUGGUGAGUGCAGUUAUAUGGGUCAGGUGUGAAGGUGCAGGUGGAGCAAGUGCAGGAGGGAGCCACCCAAUUUCUGUGAAGAGGAAAAACAAACAUACACACACAAACGCAAACACAACAGACAUCUUAGGCGACCUGUUCUUCCCCCUGGGAUUGAAGCUAAUGUCUCCUCCAUCCUUCCUCUUUCCGCAGUCGUCCAGCACAUAAAGAGACACAACAUCGUGCUGAAGAGAGAGCUGGGAGAGGGAGCUUUUGGAAAAGUCUUUCUGGCGGAGUGUUACAACCUCUCACCUGACCAGGAGAAGAUACUCGUGGCUGUCAAGGUAAUUUGGGGGUUCACUUAUCCUAAUUAUCUUUCUCUGUUUAGAACUGUUGGCUUUCAGGUGACAAGUUUCAAAAGAUUUAUGGUUCAAAUUCAAAGUCCUGGUUAAAAAUGAAUUAACUAGCUGCUCUGACAUUUCGAGGGGUGACUGUGGUUUGAAUGACGAUAAGCUGGUGGACACUCGGACCUCCUGCUGCUACUACAGUCAUUGUUUUAAUUGAUCAUUUUCAAUAAAUUCCAGGAAUUUCCCUGAAACUUUGAAAACCUCAGGCUUCCCUUUAUAGUGUAUGAAAAUUUCUCUGUAGCAUCACUCGUCUAUAAAUGUUUAACAUACUGAUUUAUAGUCUGUGUACAUCUUUUUUUACUCUAUAGCACUUCCUCUGUUGGACACAAGAUCAGUCGUACACCUUUGCUCCUCUCAGUUAAAGAGUAACUUGGAUUUACACUCAAAUGCAAAACUUUGGCAAAUAAAGGGCUUCAGUUGGAUAUUUGACUAGUGCAGAUUUAUGGUCAUUUUAAAAAUUUCCAGAGGGUUUUUAACCUUGCAAAACAGAAGCUUCGAGCUGUUGCGCUUGUUUACGGUCAGAGAGUGACCAGGCCAAUUAGCAUCAUUUGAGGAGAAGGAGGUAGUAGCUGCAGGCGUGCUUAUUUGUGGCAACUUCAAGUCUGUAAACAGUAUCUGCCCUUGAAGAGAUAAGCAUGGAUGUAACCAGUUUUCUUAGGAAAUAUGCUCUUUUUAGACGUGUAUUCUGAAAACAUAGAUGGAGGUUAAUAUAACCGAAGUAAAGAACAAACUUCUAUAUGUGGUAGUUAUCUCAUUUAGCUGCUUGGUAGCUAAUGGUAGCAUACAGAUCAUAUGUUUCAUAAAUCAACCACAUAUUUGGUGUGGCAUUGUUAUAAAACUUAAAUUAGUGUCCAAUUUAUUCAAAGCACAAAAAGAACGUCUGUCUUUGCUAAUAAGAGAAAACCCUUAAAUCGCCUUGUGUUAAAGGGAUAUUUCAGUGUAAAAUUAAGUUAGGGUCAAACACCAUAACACUGAGUUAGUCACCCAACUUUAGUAACGACCACAUGAUAGCAAUACGCAGCGUUCUGAGGAGCCAUAAAGAAACCUCAACCAAAACGCCACUCUAUAGCCACAAAUAAUGCUCAGAACAGCACCUAACUUCAUCAACAGUACAUAUGGGGUCCCAGCCAUAGUACUAGCCACCAAACAUCUUUUUAGCUUUGCCUGAUUUCUUUAUCAAAGAGACUAAACACAACUCAACUACUCUCUUCCAGCAGCCGCUUGUUUGUACCAAGACAUCGGGUGAGUCCAUCGACUACAGCGGGUGCCGCAGCUCAAGAAAGAACAUUUAUGAUCAUUUCUUCAUGGAAAUGCAAUCAGACAGAGACGCUAAGGCAGAAGAACUACUGCGUCUGCAGUGCAAAAUGGUUCAUAUGUUGAUUAUUACUUCAAGGAAAUUAUAAAGUUAUAAUCCUAAAUGUUCUUCCUUGAGCUGCGUCACCCCGCUGCGGUCGAUGGACCUGAGGUCUCGCUACAAACAAGCGGCUGCUGGAAGAGAGUGGGUGAGUUGUGUUUAGUCUCUUUGCUAAAGAAAUUAGGCAAAGUUAAAAAGAUGUUUGAUGGCUAGUGCUGUGGCUGGGACCCUAUAUGUACUGUUGAUGAAGUUAGGUGCUGUUCUGAGCAUUAUUUGUGGCUAUAGAGUGGCUUUUUAGUUGAGUGCGUGGCUCUCUGUAUUGCUAUAGUGAGGUCAUUACUAAAGUUUGUAUAACUAGAGAAGCAAGCGGUCGGCAACAUUCAUCUCUCAACAGGGUGACUAACUCAGUGCUAUGGUGUUUGACCCUAACUUAAUUAAUUUUAUGCCAGAAUAUCCCUUUAAACUAACAGUUGUAGUUGUCCAAAUAAGACACUGAUUGAAAUGUCUGCUACUCAGGUUGUGAACUUACAGUAGAUUCUGUAAAUAAUACCCUACAGUGUAAAAAUAUAGUUUUUGUGUCAUAAGGUAUUGUGUAUUGUUUUCAAACUGUGAGCUUGUACUUGAUAGGUGACAGGGUGACUGAAGAAAGGUUACCUUUGUAUCUGCCAGACACAGACGGGAAGAUUAUAUAAUAAACACAUAUCAUUCAGCCUUCACCACAAAGAAAGUGUCUCAGAUCUAGAGGAGUCUGGUUUCAAUGUGAGAUAUUUUAAAAUCCCCCCGACUGCAGAAUGAUUGUUGGCACAAAAAUAAAGCCCAUAAUGUCAUUACUGAAAGUGGAGUUGAUGCUUUUUCUGCUGAGAUCUGAUACCUGAGAUAUAUUUGAAAUACUGAACAGUUCACUGCCGUUCAAUGCAUGAUCCUUGAUGGAUUUGUGGCAUUUAUGAGGAAAAUCCUUCAUAUGGCCCCCGCACAGUUUAGACUCCCUGUCUGGCAUCUCGUGACCUCUGUUUUAUCUGCUAUUGUUAGAAAGUUGUUCCUUCAGAGAGUUUCUCUUUAAGGUAAAAUUACAACCAAACCACCGACUUCCUGGGUCAAAUCGAACGGUUUCCCAUGGAGCAUCCUCCCAUUAAGUCCAUCUCUCCAUCAAGCACGCUCUCUCUCCUGGUCUGUGGUGAAACUGGAUCUGAUCAGUGAAGAACUUCUCAUUAACAAUACAUGACCUGUGAGAGACCCCCCUCUCCUUCCUUUACCCCUCCACUUCCUCCAUCCUCAGCACUUCAUCUCUAACGCUCACCUGCAGUACUUUCUCCUCUCUCUUCUGCAGUUCCCAAUCCUGUUACUCUCCUUCUCCUAAAUCUUCUUCUCUUCCUACACCUUCUGUCUCUCUCUCCAGCUUAGCUCUAAAUCGCUUGCUGGCCGCGCUGAUGUUUGCUGCCAGCUUAGCUUCAGCUCAGUGUGAGCAGCAGGUAAAAUAUGCACCUGAAAAAAAUCCCCUAGAAGCAGACUUCUUGGUUGUAAAGUAUGAGGCUUCAUUGCUGACCGAACAUAAAUUCUGGUAAAACAUUUUAUAAUUGGCACUCAACCUAUACUAAAAAAUAAAUUGUGUUUCCCAAACGGCAUGUAGACAUGAUGUAGAUAAAUCAUUUAAUCAUUGGAGUCACUUCAUUGAUUCAACUCACUCAGUUGGAUUUUUUUCCUUUUCAAUUAGCUAAUGUACCACCUGCCUAUACUAUACUCUUCCUGCUCUUCCCAUCCUCAUCUUUUCGUCAACUGAUGACAACAACAUGACUCACCAUUUCUCUCCAGUUGUCUCUUUCUCCCCCUCGGUGCUGCAUCAACAAACAGCAGAUGUGAUGAAAGCUGGUGGGGAGACAGAUUUUUCAAAUGAAUAAUGAGAUUGUUUCCCCUUCCCCUAGCUCAAAGGGCAAGUUAACCCAAAUUACAAACCAAACUCGAAGGGACUGUUUCUUUACCAGAGUAAUUACAAAGAUGGCUGGAAACAAUGAGAGUUGAGUUUGAGUAUAUGUGACAGUCGAAUUUGUCAGGCAGUGCUCUUUUUUUUCCUGUCACAGGCGUACUUUUUUAAAAUGAGUUAGUGUGCUGUUUCCCAAAAAUGUUUCAGCACAAGCUUCUGUAACUCAGUGCAGUUUCUGGCUGAGCUUUAGUUCAUUUUUCACUCUGAAAAAAUGAGGUGUAUUCCUGGAGCUAACAUUACAACCCAGUUGUGAACUCAGGCUGCAUGAAGGGCAGUAACAGGAAAAAAAGUUAAAAACGAGGGCGAACUGUAUCUGACAUGUGAGGCCUUUUAGAUGGAACUGUUUUGCAUUUUUUCCACUAGAGAAGCAUCCGUAAGGUAUGCUUUUCCACUGGAGAGUGGAAGGACACAAUUUCAUCUCACUCUCUGCACACUAAGGGUCGAGCAUGUUAUCGUGUUCCCUUUGUAAGACGCACAACCUCUAAGGCAGGUUUUCUAAUUUUCUCCACUGAAAGGGCUUCCUGCAUGUCAGGCUGCUUUUUCUUUCCAAUAAGCGUGUGUUCUCACAUCAUGUUUGGUUGAAAAUUCAGUCUGUGUGUAACCAUAUUUGAUUUUACUUGCACAGGACAUAUUUUCAAGAGCAUUACAAAGGGCGUGUGAUAACAGCCUCUGAAAAAAAAGUAAAAAAGUAAAAAAAAACACUGUUAUGUCUUUCUCACCUGAAGGGCACCUAGGGUCAGAACCAAGCAGGGUGAAGCUGCAUUCAGCUUCUAUGGCCCUCUCCUGUCAAACAAACUCCCUGAACACCGUAGAUGUGCACAAACUGUCAGCUCAUUUAGACCAGGCCUGAAAACAUCACUGUUUACUGCAGCUUCCCUAUAGCAUCAUUUCCUUUUAGUUCUACUUUGCUGUUCUGUCAAUUUCAAUAGUUUUAAUGAAUUUAAAAUUAUAUUUAAAUAUUUUAUUGAUUCUUAGAUGUCUUUAAUUUUAAAUCGUUUUAAUUUCUCUUUUUUUAAAUUUCUACUUAAAGCACUUUGAAUUGCCUUGUGUAUGAAUGGUGCUAUACAAAUAAACUUGCCUUGCCUAAAAUGCAUUAACACCAAAAGCAGGAGGACUGAAAGGGUAUGUUAUUAACAAUGCAGGAAUACAAUACAUUACAGGAGUACAUCAAAUUGUUUUCUACACUAAAUAAUCACUUGAAGGACACAUCUUGUUUACUCCACCAGAGAGACAUUCCACAAUGGCACAUUGUGACAUUUUCUAUGCAAUGGCAUCAUAGAUGCUUGGUGCAAAGCUUUCUCCUCUACAGGUACAACAGCAGGUCAUGUUACUUGGCUUUUUCUCCUUCAGAACACUCUUGUAAAAGAGAAUUGUAAUCUCAGUGAGGCUUUUCUGGUUAAAUAAGAUUAAAUAAAUAAACAAUAAGGGAAACUGUGAAGCAUGUUUUGCAGAUUUACUCACCCAUAGAAGCACCCUGAAGGGGCUAGUAACGCCAUUUUCUAUGUUGGUACUCACUAGGGCACCUAAUCACAUUUUCACUAAUGUAAAGGAACCAAAGAGAAAAGCUGUCAUAUUAGACACAUUUUUAGGGUAACAAAUAUAAUUAAAUAUAAUAAUAUUAAGGAAUUCUGUGCUUUAGGUUUAGUUUAGUUUAUUAAGGAUCCCCAUUAGUCUACACCACAGUGGAGACUAUUCUUCCUGGGGUCCUGGGCGCCACGACAUCCCAGUUUGAUCAGGCUGUUGCCAUGUAUUCCUGAAUGAUUCACAGUAUCUUUGCUUUUAUCUUUUUACUGGCUUUCUGGAAGUUUGUUUAAAAUUUAUGUGACAGUCUGAUGACAAAAAAUAAAACAAAAUAUACAUGCAGGAGUGCCAAGGAUUUUCAAGCCAUUUAACUAUCAUUACAGUCAGUUCCUCAACUCCUCAACAGUGUAGGGAGAGUUGUAUGUUAAAGAUGAUUUGCUUUAAUGCCCCAUACCCUAUUGAGAGCGUUGUUACUCAUGUACAUAUUGCACUUAUUUUGCACUCUGUCAUGCUUGGUGUAUUACAGAAACAUGUUCUCCCGUGUGUAGCUCAUUACAAUAAGCUACGCUCGCUAAUCGAGCUUAAUGGUCCUGGUUUUAGAACCAGCGAUCAAUCAGCCAGUCGAGCAGAAUACAGGAGCAACUUACUGUUACUGUACCUCAUACUCUGAGGCCCCAUCAAUCACAGGAAUGCACGCAGAUACACACAGAAAUAUACAUGCAUGUUUCUGCACGCCAUCAAUCAUCAACAGCUAGCACUUUAAUAAUGUUGUCAUACAUGUAAAUGUGAGUUACCGCAUUCCUGAGCCAGGGGUUGUUGAUUGCUUUUUAUUUGUCUGGGGACCCGGGUAUGCACAGGCUGGAUGACUAACAGUGCAACAUUAUCACUGUUAGCCUGAAAAUUAAUGUAGCGAUGCAUCAAGCACACGAUUCAGGCAACAGUCCAUGUGUAGAUGGUUCUGACUCACAGUCUUUUUUAACUUUCCUGGAUUUAACAUUCGUACGGCUUUGCCCUUCAGUGAUGAAUAUUUGUUACAGUGAUUAUUAAAUUGAAAGUGCAGUUAGCUGACUGAACCCAGUGGAGCAGUGCAUGUGCUUGCCAGAGAGACAGAUUUCUUUUAUUAAACCAAAUUUUGCAUCCAAGGUUUCCUUUAGCUGUGAGCACAUAGUGUAAGCUACAUAAAGUACAGUAUGUUCAGCUCGUGAGUAAUCCCAUAAAGGUUUCAGUGGACCAUCAUUGAUCAAACACAAGAUAAUGAAUAAAGCUGGAUGCUAAAGGCAGUGCUGCGUGACCACUCAUACGUUCCACUUGUUUAAAGGUUCAUAAGUUAUAUAUGUUUCAUUAAAGUCAGAUAAAUUAUGGGCUUUGUUUGUGGCCUCGUUUUAUCAGCUAAUAUUGACAGAAAAAAAACACCUCAGACUGAUGAUUUGACCUUCUGUUUCAUGUUAACAGAGUUAUGGUCAAGUCUUUCUAACUGGAGAUUUUCGGGAGCAGCUAAUUUUGUUUAAACAUAAAUUUGAAUUCCUAAACAUUCAAAAUAAACACAUUUUAUUUCACAUAGUUAAUCGUGUGAUCACAGUCUGUCAAAUUGGUUGGACAGCGAUCACUACCAGCCUUUGGUCCAUAUGAAUGUCUAUGCUCAAAGGUCUGUGCAGCUGAUACUUCUCAUACACCGCUCACAUACAGAUUUAUCUCCACUGUCUCGGUCGAAAUUCUGCCAAACCAUGCUGCACUUUAAAAUGCUUUCUCAGCUGUUUUUGUUUACAUCCAGAUAGUAGAGCAGAAUAACACUGAAGAAGUAGCCAUGGACUGGAGCCACAGCGUUGAGCGAUAAUGUAUCCACAGCUUCAUCACAACAUUUGAAGGUCAUUUUGGCCUUUCAAAAACUAGAAUGUUAAUUAGUUUAAUCUAGGGUCGCACCAAUCACAAUUUUCUGGCUGAUCACCGAUCUUUAAAAAGCUUGACCUGCCAAUACCGAUUUUAGCCGAUUCCUUUUUUUAUAUAUAACUGUCAACGUACACCUUCGAUGCUUCAGUCUAAUUUUAAUGAAAAACAUUUAACAACACUUGUGGAACAAUACAAACCUUUUUGUGUUUGUUUUACCUGCACAUUAGGUAGUUCUCAUUAGGUAGUUGAAAAGUUUCAAAUAUUGCUGUCCAAACUACUAAAUUAUAUCAUUUCCUUUAGUCUUUUAUUUUCCACAUUUUAAAAAUUAACAAUACGUGUGCAACAGGUCACGCUGCAGGCCUGUUUUGAGCCUCUUACCAAAAUAAAGUGCACAGCAGUAUUUUGCUUUUACAAAUAAAGGAAAUCAAAAGGUUUGAGGAAGUUAGUAAAAUAAUAAUCUACCGGACAAACUAAACUGGUGGGUUGGGUCUGUCGUUCUGGCAAAAGCAAAAAGCAACAACGGCUGACUUUAAGACCUUUGCUGAGGUAGGAAAGAUCUGAGGAUAAAAUCGGUUUUAUGUGUAAGGAUCGGCCGAUCACUGAUCCCGCAAAAUUGAGGAAAUAGGCGCCAAUUUAUCAGUGCAUGUUUAGUUUAAUCUGUGGUGACUUGGAAGGGUAAUAGUGUUUAACAGUUAAGUCAACUAAACAUGCUCAUCUCUGUCUUUAACGCUAAUAACAUAUUGAACAGCUCCAUAGAAAGAAAUCCAAUAUUUUUGUACCAUACAAAGCCAUUUUCAUAGAUGUGUUCUUUGUCUUCUUACUAACCCAAUCAUCAGCUGUAAAUGAUCAAUGUGUCAUUAUCCAGUAGUGGACCCAUCAUUAUCAUUUAUAAUUGCUGGUAUCAAGGUUUUUAUUAUUUCUGUCAUGCAUCCUCACAUGUUUGUUUCUCCCUGAAAACAUACAUUCAGCCAUGUGAAGUAAAAUACUGAAAUUUCAUACAAAGACUCUCCAACCAGAGCAAAUUCAACCCAGAUUUCCCAUACAUGUCUGAUAUCAUAUUGCAGAAAGAGACUGGAGCAUAGGCAGUAUCCACACUGCAAUAAACCGCCCUAUAAUCUUCAUGUAAUAUCACAUUACUUACUGUAAUGUACAUGACCAAGCCUCGGUUUCAUGAUACAUGAUUACUUAAAUGCGCGUGGGUGGAGUUACAGCCUGUCUCAUUUUCUAGUAUCUCAGCGUUCUGGCCGAAAGGUCGUGGGUCGUUUCCUCCUUACAGAGAUUUCCUCUCCUUGUCCUUAAUAUGUAAUAGGAGCUACUAUCUGCGUUGUUCGCACAAAGACAGACACACACUCGCAAGGUGGAAUGUGAAUGUAUAUCCAUAUCAUACAUUGUAGGAAGACAAUCAAUUAUUCAUGUAGGACAAGAGGAAUUUUCUAUUUUCUUCCUCUUUUGAUGUGAAAUAGAGACUCUAUAUCAUUUUCAUUUCCUGCAUCUCCUCCUCUUUUUCUCUCCAUCUCUCUCCCCCAGUCUUUUUUCUCUCUGUCACAGAUGCUUGUUACACAACCUUCCUGACAGGUUUCCUGAUUCAUGGAGGGAGGGGCUAAGAUUAGUUACAAAAGAAACCAGGGAAUAUAAUGAAUGUAAACAGUCUUGUACUUUGUAAUGGCUCACAUUAAUAUAAAAUGACUCCAUUUUUUUUCUUGCUCUGCCGUGGUAGAAGCUCUUACUCUGCGCCUGUAAUUUCACUCUGUGUGAGCGGCAUUGCUGUAACUCACUUUUACAAGGCAAGACACUUACAUUUUGGGUUGGGCAUCAGCCAAAUAAAGUAGAGCAGACUGGGUGCACUGUGAACAUGACUAAUUGGAAAUAGUGUACGAGGCAUAAUGUGUGAGUUUUCAAUUUGUCGGUGCAUUAAAAUGUCAUUUCUUUGUGCACGUGUGUCUCCGUAUGUUUGUGUCUGUGUGUGUGUGUGUGUGUGUGUGUGCAGACACUUAAAGAGGCCAGUGAAAAUGCCAGGAAGGAUUUCCACCGGGAGGCUGAGCUGCUGACCAACCUGCAGCAUGAACACAUUGUCACUUUCUAUGGAGUGUGUGUGGAGAGUGACCCUCUCAUCAUGGUGUUUGAGUACAUGAAACAUGGAGAUCUCAACAAGUUCCUCAGGCAAGGCUUCGUUUCUGGCAGCUGAUGCAUUAAAAUACAGGCUUUUUUCUUAAUUGCUUUCAUAAAAACAGGUUUCAAAAGACUAUAAAAUCUUUACUCUUUUUGUAACAAUCUGCGUAGUGGAAGUUUUCUGUGCUAGUUCAUAAAAAAACAUCUUUAUCUUCUUAAUAUUCUCCCAGAAGAGCAGACGGUAUUUUGGCAGAAAAACAGGAAUGACAACAAACAGGGUACCUCACACAAUAAACUCCCCUUCCUUCACAGGGCUCACGGUCCAGAUGCAGUUCUGAUGGCAGAGGGUCAGACCACCAGACCCGUGGAGCUGACCCAGUCUCAGAUGCUGCACAUUGCUCAGCAGAUAGCAUCCGGCAUGGUGUACUUGGCUUCACAGCACUUUGUGCACCGCGACUUGGCCACCAGGUUUGUCAGUAACCCUGUUAUUACAGUCUAGAUGAAAUCCUGCCUCUGAGACGCAAAGUGGACCACACCAUUCAGACAUGUCCACUGAGCUUUUAAGCCACAGGAACCUACCUGAGUAUCAUGGUAUUGCUGAUAAUAACUGGUGUAUUAUGAUGCUUAUUGAGGUUUCCUUAUGUGAUUGGACCACAGUCAAAAAGUUAUCCAUUUGGUUUAGAACCAUACCUGCCAACAUUUGGGUUAUAAAAUACGGGAGAUUUUUGCGGCGCGCGCUGGGCAGUUUUGGGGUUUCCUUGUAUGGUGGAUAUGAGCUAAUUAUGGGAGUAUUAGUAGUUUAAUUGCUUAUCCAAAUAUUAGUAUAAGUGAAGCUGUACACUUUUUUGUUUUGUUUUAACAAUAACAAAUGGUAAUAAAAAAAAUAAUAGCUACGAUAUGCCUUGAACUUAUUUAGUCUACUAAUAUUAGUAUUAAAGUCCUCAUAUGUUUUACAUGCUCUCUCAUAUGAGGCCAUCUGAAUAUCUGAGCAUAUGAGGCCAUCUGAACGCAUCACUCCAAGACGGAGCGAGACUAUCAACGUAAAUAUUGUAUCUCGCAUUUGUUUCCCCUUCAUUGAAGUGUCCAUUCUGCAGCAAACACUGCUUAAAUAUAGUUUACAGCUGACCUGAAUCAUCCCAAAUUGUAAAGUAAAAGUAUCAAUCCAGUUUCUGUGAGGCUCAGCAGAAACACAGGACAAUCUUCAGUUGUCUGGAAACUUUGGACAAAUAUAGUGAUCCGAUUCAUGAAUGAAUGUGGACCAUUAAACUACGGGAGAUUCCCGGAAUAAAUGACAAUACUGGAGGUGGGCGGGAGAUAGGUCUGAAAUACAAUAGAGUCCUGGGAAAAACGGGAGUGUUUGCAGGUAUGUUUAGAACUGAUGAUUGUAAACUAAUUCAGAUCUAUUGUCGUGGGCAGCUACAUAAUAUAUAAACAAUGGUUAUACUAUGACUAAAGUUGGUUUACUAUGCAGCUCAAUAAUUUCCUAAAUAUCCUCCUUAUGUUAAAAAAAGAGAGAAACAUGCGUUUAUUUUUAAACAAAACAUCAUUUAUUUAACCAAACUAAGCUGAUUUGGGGUCAGUUUUUGCAGAUAUAAUAAUAUUCAGUGUAUGUAUGAGGUAAAUAAUCCUUCAGUGAAACUUAAGCUCCGUAACAUCGUUAUUCAAUAAUCUUCUGACCUUGCUUUGUUUGCUCACGUAUAUGCUUGUGUUUACCCUUCAGGAACUGCCUGGUGGGGGAGAAUCUGCUGGUAAAGAUUGGAGACUUUGGCAUGUCCAGAGACGUCUACAGCACUGACUACUACAGGGUAGGUGUAUGUGUCGAUAUCUUUUCUGGCCCCUUUUUUAGCCCCCACCUCCCUGCUGCAUGGGUCCCUUUCUGCUCCCCCCCUGCAUGGGCAUGACUGAUGGACUCUGCAGAGUUACAAUAAGACUCUUGCUGUGGUAGGUCAAUGAGACUGCAGUGAAGUUAAACAUACAUACAUGUAGCUGUGGAGCGCUCCCUGUGAUGUCAUGCUGUAUAUAAUUAAAUGAACUCAGGGGGUGGAGGAUAAAUGGCAGGCUUUCUGAGGUCAUACUGUGUGUGAAGUAAGGGUUGUUUGUUUGGAAUGAACUGCAGCACUCUCUCUUACUGAGAUUAGCAUACAUAAAUAGUUUGACAAUUAAUUUUGUCCUGAUUAGAUAGUUCUCCUCAGUGUAUCUUCUCUUCAGCCAAAAAAAGUUCCAUUAAAAUAAAAUUAAGAGCUGUGAUAGAAGAAAAAAAAACGUUAUAGGAAUAAAUUCAUGUAAGGCUGAGUGUCACCACUAAUGGUCUGAAUCAUCUGGAUUAGGAUUCACAAGGUUGAAUUUGAUUUUAAUUGCAAUUUGAUCCAGUUAAAUCCUAAUAAAAUUGAUAGCAAUUUGUUCAGGGACAUCACUGCUACUUUACCGCUUUUGUUUGAAUAUUUAAGAGAUUCUCAGAAAACUGAUGAUGUUACUCAUAGGAACCAGGUACACUAGUAAAAUACUGAGGUUUUAUUAUAUUAUUUAUUAUAUCACAAAUGACCAAAACACUGCAGAAGUCAAAAUAAGUCAAUGAAUGAAUCAUUUAAUGAACCUGCUCUUGGCUGCAUGAAUUGCCUUUCCCACACAUAAACACAUAAAUACAGUGCUAUAUUCACUGUGUUGUUAGGUGGCCUGAUGUUGAUGAUGUUAGUCCCAUCUAUGUAUUCAUCUAUGUAUUCAAGCAGUUAUACCAUGCUGUCACUGUCAUUGAAGAUCGUUUUACACUUGUGCUUAAUGCACUGUCAAGGCAAGUCUUGGGCUUUGUUGUUGCAGAGUUGUUUUACCUCUAUAUGCAAUUUGACUCCUCUGAAAUAUCACAAGUAGCCUGGUAUGAGUAUGUUAAUAUGACUUUUAAAGCCAGAAUUAUACUGUACAGACAUAUAGAAGACGAAAGUUGGGAGCUGGACUGUAACUUAAAAAGAAAUGUCUUCCUAAAGAGGAUUUUGCUUGUUGUUGUUUUUAAAAGAAAAUCAUUUUAAACAGGAAAAUCAAUUUCCUCUAACCCAGCCAAAACUCCCCAGGAUAAGACCCACUCAUAAAAAGUGAUGGUAUUCUGUAACAAGGUAAUGAUUGUUAGGGUACUUAAAACAAUAUGUAUAUAAACUUGAUAUAACUAUGUUCAUAUCUUACUCUGGAAUUUACUGGCCCUAUACCCGGGAUAUGUGUUAGUCACUCAUGAGAUGUUGAGUAUCAUGUUCUGCUUGUUAAUGCUGAGCAAAAAAAAUAAUUCAAGGCAAAAGUUUUGUUUUGUCUAAAUCAGUUUCAUAAAAAUGCUAAAUUUGUGAUUUUUAGAUGGCAGCUUUGAAUCAAUAAGAUUUUUCGAUAAAUGCUUUGGAUCCAAAAUGUUUCAAAAAAUGAAGAACUUCAGUUUUUCCAAAAAAAUCAUUGUUUCAUCAACCAGUCCAGUUUACAACACAAAUAUUCCUGCAACACUGUGAGGCGAGAGUAUACACUGAAGCAUGACAAAAAAACAUAUUAAUAGCACUGCUUAUGGCAGAACUAGUCUGCAGGAAGUGUUAGUCAUGAGGCAUACACACACACACACACACACACACACACAAACAUACGAACACACUCAGAGGGGAAGUACUCGAAAAAGAAAGAGCAGAGAAAACGUAGAAAACACUCCAAAAAAAGAAAGAAUGGUGGUGCAGAUAUUUGUGUGUGAGUCUUUCUAUGAGAGCACAUGGAUGUUAGAGAUAUUUAGCAGCUCCACUACGAGUGUCAAGACAACCUCAGGGUGCAGGAGACUGACUGUGUGUGUUUUAUCCUAAGGUAAAACCAUUUGUCAGCUCUCCCAAGGCAGAAAUCUAAUAAAUCGUUCUGAUUGAUUGAUAGUGACUGUCCACUUUUUUCUGCCCUGACUCCACUACUGUGACAAAAUGACACAAGUGACAGAGACCUUGGGAGAAGAGAGAGAAAGAGAAGGUGCAUAACUGAUGACAAAUAAUCUCUUCUUGGACAAAUGACAGCAGUAAUCAGAUUCAGCAAACUACGGAUAAUCUCAAAUCUCAGUAAAGGCAGUGAUUGAUUUAUUUUAUUCAUUUUUAUAUUUUCAAGGUAAAGUCCGCUGUUAUUUUUUUGCCAUGGUUUUAUCCAUAUUUAUACAUACAGUAUUUAUACAUUUAGAUAUAUUAUACCAGCACAUGAUUUUAGGCUUUUUGUUUAUAAUUAAAGAACAGAAUUUAGAAAUAGGUUUUUUAUAUGUUGAAUUUAAUUUUGAUCCAUUAAAGACAAUCUUUUUGGUUUUCUAUGUUAAUUCAGCAUGAAUUUUAUGAGCUUAAAAGCUACAAAUUAAGAGAUUAUAAAAUAUUCUAAUUGCCUCAUAACGUCAGUGCUCUUUUUUUAGACAUCGCCCUUCACUUUGGAAUAACUGGUUACGUUUGGCAUCAAAUCUAAAAUGUAAAACACAUUAAAAUCCUUUCCCCUGUGGCGUUUUUGUGCUUUAUCUGUGUGACAUCACACAGCGCCCCCCACCCCCACCCUCACCCCUCCUUUCACCCCUCCAUAAUAAAGCUAAGCGCCGAGGCUGUAGCCAUGGCGACAAUAGAAGGCAGUGGCGGCAAGCCUCAGAGUUGUAUCCAGCGUUUUCUCAGGAAGAAAAGUAAUCAGAGAACUUCUGUUUAGUAUGCUGAGGGAGUACGAGAGGCAGAGAGGGGGGAGAGAGGGACAGGGGUGUGGGAGACAGAGGCAUAAGGGUGGCAAAGAGAUGAAAGGAGGGAAAGACUCGCAGAAAAGGAGAGAUGGUGGGGAAAGGGUGGCAGGCCAGAGAGGAAGAGAAAACGACAUGAAUAUAUAUACAAAAGAAAACCGAAAAGAAGUAAUAGAGCGAUCCUAAGGUGGGAGAGGAGAGAUCUGUGUACGGCGUACAGGGUUGUCAAUAAAAAACACAAACACAUUCUGCAGCUUUAGGCAACCACAGAGCAGGAAAUAAAAGACAGCAGGAAACAGGGAGAAGUGACAGAAAAGGACAGGGAGGUAGACAGACAAGGGUAAGGAACAGUAAAGCAAGAGAGGUACAGGUUUGUGGGAGGUAAAACACAGUGAUCUAGCUGUGUUUCAGCAUCCAGGAGAGGCAGGAAGGUGUGUGUGUGGUUGGUGGGGGCUGUAGGGAUCCAGUCAUGCUCUUGCGUCAGAGGGUAGCAAAGAUGAGUCAUAGAGGAAUUGGAGCCCCCCCCCAUCCCAACUUACACACACCCACCUCAUGCCUAUGUGUGUGUUAGCGUGGGCCGUGGUGACGUCAUUGAAUCCCCUGUUACACAAUAAAGCUGACAAAGAAGACACACGUGGUGCCUCCGUUAAAUCUUCAGCUUUACAGCCUUUUUUUCUCGGUGUGUAUAUUUAUGUCAGUUGGACUUGAGGGACGCUGGAUGCAUUCACUGUGCUGUUUACUCCCUGUCUCCCAGCACUGAUUUCAUGCCCAAAUGUAUAGGAUAAAGGAGAAUUAAAUGUCUGCUUGGGUUUUAGGGCUGCAGUCUGACUGGUUUACGCUGCUGACACAGGCUGCUGAAAAACAAUGGCAACAAAGCAGAGCUAAACAAUCUCUGCAGAGUAAUUUGGCUGGUGUGCUUUUUCUUUUCUCCCUUUUUUUUACAACCCAUCUCUGGGUCCCAACCAGCUCAGGCAAACAGCAUCUUAAUGGAGCACCUGGAGAGGCUGGAGUGGAGCUGCAUUUAGUGCAAGAGGAGUGUGUAUGUGAGCAGACAAAACACCAACGUCCGCUGUCUGUGUGAAAAGAUAUGAAACAAAACAAAGAGGACUCUGUUACCACAUUAAAAAAUACAACAUAUGGACACCUGUUUGUCUUUGAAGGGAAAUUGUUCCCAAAAAAGCAAAAAAAAAAUGCAGUCGUAUAAAGACAUAAUGCACGUGAAUUAACAACAGUUUUAACAUUUUCCAUGUGAAAUAGCUAGUUAACCAAGUUCUCAUGUUAAGGUGGAAGUUUUCACAACUCCAUCCUCACUUUGUCUCACAGCAAUAUAAUCCAUAUGGACCUUUUUAAAUUUUUAGAUCAUUAAUAUUGACCAUUUUUCUAAAACAGAAUUAUUGUGAUCCCAGCCCUUUAAAGACCCACCAAGAACUCCUCAGAGGAGCUUUAACUUGGACUUUGAGAUAUGAUGUCUUUGCUUACAGCUGUAUUUACUACCUCACCUAUAUUUUCUGUCAUUGUUUUUCCUGGAGCAGACAAAAAAAAAACAAGAUAACAAAAGAGUCUGUGAUAUUUUUUGUGGAUAAAUAAAAGAUCUUUUGAUAUUAAAUCAUGUCACUUUGACACAAUGGGUGAAUAUUUAUAGCGAUGUAACAUACUGAAUUUAGGAUAAGACACUGUUGUGAUUGUAGACAAAAACUUCAGCUGAAUACUUUAGUGCGAGUUCAUGUGCUUUAGGGAAAACACAGCUACGUUUGACUCAUUUUGAUCUUGAUCUGGAUCUGACAGUGUUGUGCUGUCAGUACGCUCAGAUCCAAUUUUUGCUCAACCUAAAUUCGACAUGAGCGGCAGCAUCAUUUAAAUACCAGCAGCAAUUAAUACGUCAACCAGGUUACUGUAACCGAGCUGUGUGGGAGAUCAAGCUCUAUUCGACAUGGAAAAACCUGCACACACGCGCACACACACACACACACACAUAGACAACAGUAUUCUUGAAAAGAGUUUUUGUUUCCAUGGAAACACAGAGGGCAAUUAAGGUAGGGUUUCUGUGCAACAAAAAUGGGUGGAGUUAGUCGCAUAAGCCCCGCCUAUACCACAUCCCAUAAUGCUUUCUUUUUAAGCUGUUCCAGUUUCCAUGGAUACAUCCCGGAGGUCACCACAAAGACCCCUCCUCUGCUUAUUUUUACUUCUCUUUUUUAAGGCUUUCCUGGAACACUCAGGCGUCACUCCAUAACUGAAAUGAUGCAUAUUUAUAAGACUAAGGGAGAGAGAGAGAGAGAGACAGACAGACAAGGGGGGCUUAGAGGCGGCGAGGGAAGGUGAGAACGAGAAAGAGAGAGAGUGAAAUAACAGGGAACAGCAAAGGAGACAAAGACUGACAGCAAAGAGAAAACAGAGACAGAGCUGAAUGACAGAGAGUUUCUCUGUCUUUACUUCACUGACAGUCUGUUAAACACCACUUUCUUAAUAUUUGAUGCAGCGUCCCACCCAAUGAAAAGCCGAAAACAAGAAGCGCUCUAUCGGCGCUCCUCGGUUUUCUUUCUUUCUCUCAUUUAUACAUUGAGCCUUGUAACCCUUUCUGAAACGACCGUCCUUUCUUCUCUUCUCCCUUUCUGUCUGGUGUUGCACUCACACAGACAGUUAACAAACAUGAAGAAAAUGUAGCCCCGCUGUUCAAGAGACCAGUAUUAAUAUUUCAGACCAUCAGGGGAAAUGAUCUGCCAUGAUGAAUAAAACAAAAAGACUAAUGCAUACCAGCCGGUCGGGGCACCUCAGUGAAUAAAUACUGUCAUAAAACUAUCUGUGCGACAGAAUUAAAUGGGAUAAACAAUGGCUGUGAUCAGGAUCACAAUCACUGUCUGUUUAAUAUAUAGUGCACUGGAUUUGUAGUUGUGCAUUUUGUUUGUACUGGCAGGCCCGGUCACAUUUAUAAUAAGUAAAGAUGGCCUUUACAGAAUACGCUUUGUGGUUGAAGGAUAUUUGACUAGCUUGGAUUGCAACUCAAGAUAAUGCUUCAUGAGGUCUUUGGCUGUGUCCAGAACUGCACACUAAUAUUACUAACUGUAAGGAUGCCUAGUCCAGGUUCACACACUUUAAAAAAUGGAAGGUCCACACGAAUGAUCAUUUUGACAAGCUUUACUGCUUACAGAUCUGGAUUACAGCUUCAUCAUGCCACAAGUGCACCACAAGUGUAACAAAGAUUGGUCAGAGACUGCUCAAGUGUAUAUAUAGUUGUCCACGUUUCCAAAUAUUCCGCUUGCAUCUCGUUGACCUAAAGGAGAGUCCAUAUAAGGUAAUAACAAAGCACAACAUAUUUUGGGAGCCUGAGUGAUGUUCAACAUGGGUACAAGGUCCUUGUUGAGGAUAGUUGUUGGAGGCCCAUGGCUCCAGAAAUCUCUCACUAAAGUAUCUGAGUGACACAGCUCCACCACCCUAAAGGCUGACAUGACCCUAAUACUAACAUACUGGCUGGUAACCUGAUGUUUGGUUUACUGUCAACAGCAUAUGAUGCAUAUCAUCUCUACAUCAUAUGAUCACACUGAAGAGGUACAUCUGCUCUCGGCUGCAACCUCUGAGAUAGCACACACAGAUUUCAACAACAAUUGAGUUAAGGACCUGAUAUGUCCACCAUAUUUUAUUUUUAUUAUUUACUCACACUUAUUACACCAGUGUAUAAGCAAGAUGAGCUAAUGUUGGUUUGUCCAGUAACAGUACCAAGUACUGAACUCAAAUAUUUUGUAACAUCAGAGUCUUUCAACAAAGUGAACAUCACAACUAAAAUAAAGUACAGGAUUCAUGCAGAAGUACAGAAUUUCUGCUUAACUUUAGAUUAAAGUAGAGAACAGUCACACACAGUAGAAGCUAUGAGGGAUUUUGUGCUCUGAAAAAGCCCCACCACUUCACUUCACAAAAUGGAUUUGUAUCAGUAGGUAUGAGAAUAAAAUCAGCUGAAUUUAAAUCAAUAUCUAUAAGCCACUCUGCAUAAUAAGCGCAGAGUGCAUUGAGUACAAAUCUCCCAAAACAACAGAAACAGAGAAAUUUGUGAGAAGAAUAUAAUGUACUCACUAUACUCAACUUGUGUUAAAGCUUUAGAGAAGAGGUUUCCUAGAGGACAAAAAUUCUGGCUCAACUUCACCAACUUUCAAGAUGCUUGGAGAAAAAGGGUCUUAAAGAGGUCAAAAGAGCUUCAGCAAUACUUGUGGUUUAUAAAAACAGCUUUAUUUGACCAACGCAUUUCGGCUUGUGACCUUCAUCUGGGAAGAGGUUUCCUCACACAGCUGUUGUUUAUCAUGCUUUUUUACCAUCUUAUGCCGAGAUGGCUCCAUUUUGUUUGAGGUUAAUGUGUGUGUGUGAGAAACACAGUAAAAAGAUGAUUGUAUUAAGUUAUAAAUUAAAAAAAAAGAAGUUUUAAAGUUUAGGUAGGAAAUCUCGAAAACAUCAGAGUCAUGAGUUUAUGAUGUCUUUGCCAUCAGGUUUAUUUCUAAAUCUUACUAAUUCCACCUUUAAAAACGAGACGACACACGUUCAAUCUCUCUCCACCUUCUGUAGUCUUUAUUUUCUGUCCUUUUUGGGAUUUCGACAGGAUGCUGCAGUUUGCACUUUGCUCUCUUCACUCACAGAAACAAAAUGUACAAGCUUAUCUAUCUGGUUUCUUUUCUAUUUUAUGUGUUAUUGCCUUUCUUUCUAAAGAUUGUACCCCUUUAUUUACUUUUACAAAAAAAUUCCAAUUAUAGCCAUACCAGUAAAGCACUUUUAAACGAGACAGAGCCAGAGAGAGAAAUGCAAAUAAGAAAGAGAAAAACAAGCAGGAGAACCUGGAGUAGAGACAGAAGAGCGAGGGCCUGGUUAUGAGUAAGAGCUGCAGAGAUGGAGGCUGAUAUGUUUCCCCAGGCGUACCAGUGGACCUGAUGGCUAUCUGUGUGACCGUGCACAUUUUAUUACUCCAUUAAAUAACCCACUGACUAACAAAGAAACAGACCAAGUGUGGGUGCCAAGUCAUUAAUAACGGGCAUAAACCUCAGAAAAUGGAUUGUGCUAUCUGUGAGGAGCAAUAGAGCGCACAUGGGUCUGUAGAUUCAUGUUCAGAUGAGAAGUACAGGGCGAUGGGAGCCUCAAUAUAAGGGAGCGAGCACCAGCACAUUCUUUCACUAUGAGGGUGAAAAUUUCAAUUGGCAGGAUAUCCAAUUUGUUAGCAAGGAAAAUGGCUGUGUUCCACUAAAUGAGCUUUUCAUCCACACAUGAUGAAGUAAAUGAAAUGACUGAAUGUUUGAUAAAUUUGUUGGUUUUUGUGUGGGAUUAGCUGAACCACAUAAAUUUGCAUUUUUGCAUCAAGACAUUUUGACUUUGUCAGGAACCUCUAUUUCAACUAAAUGAAUAUGAAAAAAUUAAAUCAGCUAAAUUAUAAAAUGCUCUUAUUAAAAUUAUGGCACUUGUCGUGUCGGGGUCGUUGUUGACCCGGUUAGAUUAAUAUCUAAUAAUAUUGAGCAAAAACUCUAAUCAUAUGUGUACUGUCAGGCACCACACUGAGAGUCAGAUCCUCUUCCAAUCACAUGAUAUUUAGGAAAUUCUCAUUUUUCCAUGUUUCUCCCUGCACAAAAAAACAAUGUUGGGCAUGUCCAGACAUGUGAGAUCAAUUCAGUAUAGAUGUCUGUAUGAGGGGUAUACUGACAAAGAAAGGCCCAGAGAACCACAACGAAAAAUAUUAUAAGCAAUAUUUUCAUGGACAAUGAAGCUUAACAAGGUAACCUAGAGAUGAGAACCAAAGUGGACGAUAGAGAAUUGUUUUUAGUGUAAUUUACAGCUGAUUUAGCAUCUUAGGUUGGGUCUUGAUAAUUCAUCAAACAAUGAGCGUGAUCUAGACCUGCUCUGUUUCUUUGGAAAGCGUAUUAGGAUAACGACUGUUGUGAAUUGGUGCUAUAUAAAUAAAAUUAGAUUGAUUGAUUGAUUAAUUUGAGACACGGGUCGAAACCGACCUUUUACAUAGUGGGUACACAGUAAAAGCUAACAUAGAAUGAUGUUUUAAUUCAUUUAACUUCACUUACUUGGAACAUAAACAAUGCAUGGGCUAAACCCACUUCUACUUGAGCAGAUAUUAAUUCUUUAUGUCUGAUAAAGUUUUGAUUUUACACCCAUUUUUGUGUCAAUUUAUUGACCUCAUACUGAUCAAAUGAAUACGUGUACUCAGUUAGAGCUCAGUGGCGUAAAAUGUUUGGCCUCUUUGUCUGAGCAGUGCUUUUUCAUCAUCGUAUUUUUCAGUGAAAUGAAAUCACACCCUGAUCAGCAAUCACAGAGAUGAUGCAAUUCACUGUGUCAUAUUGUCACCUUGAAGCUGUGUUAUUUCAAAGACCACAGUUCAGAGGACUGAAACAUUUACAGCAGAGAAACUUAGUGAUGAGUGUGUAAAGCUGCCAUAUACCAUAAACCCACCAUAAGACCGAACAGAGCAGAAGACAAUCUGAAUAUUGAGCUACAAAAUCCACCAGGAGAGUCUUAACAGCUCUCUUAAUGUUCUUUCCUCUUUGUUGCUGUCUGUAUAUUAUACUGACUGUACACUCUCUCUUUCUGUGUGGGUUUGUGUGUAAUUGUGUUGUGCUCAAAGGUUGGAGGUCACACCAUGCUGCCAAUCCGCUGGAUGCCCCCUGAAAGCAUCAUGUACAGAAAAUUCACCACAGAGAGUGAUGUCUGGAGUCUCGGAGUCGUCCUCUGGGAGAUCUUUACCUACGGCAAACAGCCGUGGUACCAGCUCUCCAAUAAUGAGGUAAUGUAAAGAGCAAAGUCCUUAAAUGUCAAAGUUUUUACUUGGAGCCAGCUGACAUCAUUUGACAAACAGCCAGAGCUGCUGUAACUUAACAUAAAUGUUACAGGGGAAGUACCUUUGGCUUUAGAAAUAACAGUAAACAUGUUGUUGCUGCCCUGAGACAUGAGAUAACAGCCGCUCAGCUGAGAAUGAAGCGACAUGUUUUAACCUUAUGGGGGGCAGGUUCCUCGUAGGUACAUGUGCAUCCUUUGGCCUGAAUCAUACAAAUAUAAAAGGCUUUGUUGUUCAGUAAUUCAACAAGUUUCAUAUCAUUUCAUCAUGUCUUGAAUUUAUUGUCAGGUAUGACGCAGCAUCUGGGAGCUUCAUGUGUCUUGUACUCCAAAUGGAGAGGAGUUUUUGAUCCCACUUUUUCAAAAGAAGCUGAUUUUUUUAGCCAAAACUACUAAAAUGAAUGUUCCCAUUAGCAUCCAAUGACAAACAUCUUGAAUUUUUGACAUUGCUCUGUUUUACUCUCUGUAGAUUUUUGAUAUGUUUAUGUUUUGAUGCCACUUUUUAAUGGUUUUUCAGUUUUUGACACACUCCUACUUUGAAGUGCUGCAAAGCAAUUCCCCCCUUCAGAUUAAAUUAGUCUAAAAAGAUAAGGUCGGUCUUAUCUUUCUGUAUGUUAUCUUACAUAUAAAAGACUAGAGCUUCAACCAAGCAUCACUUUCAAUUUCAAUUACUUUGAAGACUUCCUCCUCAUUCAAUAAAAUGGCAUUUUAAUAAUCAGCCUAAAAGAGAGGAAAGCGGCAAAUAAUCACAUUUUAGAAGCUGGGUCGAGCAAAUGUUUGUCUCUUUGUCUUGAUAAAUGAGACGAUAAAUGGUUUAUUGAGAUAGCUGCUGUUUAAAACCCUCAGCAGUCAUCAGCCUGUCUGCGGAUUAACCAAAACCAGCUUAUAACUGUGGACAGACAAAUUCACAACCCACCCUUUUUUUCAAUGGAAGGGUGUACAGAGGGUCUUUCCUUCAGCAACUUUACAUAGAGUUAAAACAAAAAAACAGUUGAAUGGUAUAAAACAUGAAACUGCACCUGCCUAAAAUGUUCUACAUACAGCGAGUGUGUAUAAAAGCAGCUGUUCUGUAUCAGCAAAAAUCACCAACAGGUAAACAAAUCGAUAAAUAAAUAAGUAAACAGUUGUCUGUUUCUUCUGAAUUAUUAAUAUCUCGUAUAAAUCCUUCCUUUACCACACCGAGGGUCUUGACCCACUUUCCGUAAAGAGACCCAGCGUGUCACGGCCCUUCAACCCUUCACCUUCACCUUCACCUUCACUCCAACCUCAUCACCCUCGACCACAUGAGGCCUCAACUCUGGUUACCGCUCUCUAUAUUCCCUUUAAGUCAACCUUUGGCCUGAACUGUGCUCCGCUUUUCCCGUUAACAUCUAUUAAAUCUCUCUUUUCAUUCACUCUCCUCUAACCUCUUAACCUCAGAUUUCCUUUACAUGUGUUCGGGAUGGUUUAAAUGUAAAACGAGAAGUUCUGCUCAAUUUUCUACUCUUGCAGGCUGAUUAUAAACACAGAUGAGAUGUGAGCAGAUGAGGUUAAUGUUUGAUUAGCACCAUGAUAACUCUCUUACAAGCUGGAGUCCUGAUUAUUCAGAGAUAUUGAUGAUAAUCUGCAGAAAUUUUAUCUUUUUUAGAUGAAUUUGUUUUUUUUUUUAGCUUAACUGAUGUCGGUAAAUUCUUAUCAGUCUUUGCACACAGCAGAGAGUAUUAACCGGGUAAGGAAACUAUAAAAACGGUGAUUAUAUUAAAAGGGAUCAACCAUAUAGAUAUUUUCCAAUUGCUGCUGGGGAAAGAUACAUGAAAUACAUCUCUGGAGAAUAUGUAGUUUAGGGGCUCGUCUCCUCAAUUAAUAAAUCUUUUUCAUCCUCUAAAGGUGGACUAAAGCUGAAAUCUGUAUUUCUAAUUGCAGUAAUAAAUAAACCAUAUGGUAAACGCAGCUCAAGAGGAAUUGGACUGUCUCAGCCAGCUUUUCAGUACAAAAUAACUCCAGUAAAAUUUAUUCUCAGUGACAUUUUCAUUGUAUCCCACUGCAGUGAACUUCACCAGGAAACCGUCUUUCAUCGUCGCCGCACUUUAAACAUUUCAACCUGAAUUGAUGUUUUUUUUUUAUUGCUCAUUUGUUUCUGUAACUGAUGAUGAACUUAGCGUCUGUGUUCCCUCCUCUGCAGGUGAUCGAGUGUAUAACGCAGGGCCGGGUGCUGCAGCGCCCCAGGACCUGUCCUAAAGAAGUGUACGACCUGAUGCUGGGCUGCUGGCAGAGAGAGCCGCACAUGAGACUCAACAUCAAGGAGAUCCACGGUCUACUCCUCAACCUGGCCAAGGCCUCACCUGUUUACCUGGAUAUACUGGGCUGAAAACAGUGGAAGGACGGAGACAGAUUUGGACGUGCGUGUUUGUUUGUAUCGAAACUACUGUAUCUGAAGAGAGUAUGUGUGUUCUGGGGUUGCAUGCAUGUUCGAGUGUGUUUUUUCUGUUCGGGUGGACUUGGUUGACACUGGGGUAUGAAGCGUGUGAUGCGAGGUACCACUGUACAGGAUGUGAAGCUAUUAUCAGACUCUUAAAGGCAAUCAAAAAAUUCCUCAACCCAUCCCCACUUGCCUCGCUCCUUCCUCCAAAUUCACCAAUUUCCCCUCCUUUGUGCAUCGCAGCUCCUUCCCUGCUCCUUCCUUCCUUCCUGAAGAGACAUUUACUGAGAGUAAUUUCACUUUAGAGGGAAAAGGCUUCUCUCUCUUUUUUUUCAAAUGCUUUAAACUGACUGAGGCUGAAUUGACGAAACCUGAUUAACAAGACUCAAAAAUUAGUGACUCAUCCCUCGCUGCCUGUCGGACAACAGGACUCGGAAAUUACGAGGAGGUGGAGGAUUAUCAGGAGUUUCAAAUCCUUUCGAAUGCUUGUAAAUACGAGACGCUUCAGAGGAGACGGCUCUCGGUGAGGCGGAGCCAUAAAGACACUGUGUUUCCCCUUUCACCCUGUCUGUCAGUCUGUCUGUUUUUCUGUCUGUCGCAGUAUUACUGUCAACAUUCAUCCUACUACUAGUACUACUACUACUACUUCUACUACUACUACUGCAGAAAGAAUGAUUUACACACAGCUACACGAACAGUACUUUUACUACAAGAGGAGAAACGAUGGAGAAAUAAAUACAAUCUGGCGUCUGUGUGAGACGAUACACACGAUAACUUCUGGAACAUUACAGUGCCUGCUGAAGCUGAGCUGAACUUCUGUGCUGAAAAAUAAUCCGGGGAGGAGGCAGAGGAAUUAUAAUGUCUUGUAAUUGUGAAUCCUAGAAAUGUAAAAAAGCUUGAACUCUCUGGUACUGCUCUACAAUUUCUCCUCAUGCAACAGCGUGAACAUGCUGAACAUGCUAAUAAGGAUAUAUGCACUCAUAACUGCUCUGUGGUACACUCUUACUUUGCUCAGGCCUUAUACACACACACACACAUACACACAGCGGAGGGUAACAUGAUGGCUAUACUCCCCCACACACACACACACCCUCCACCUAAAGUGACAGAUGCUUCACUUGUGAUGUCAAGCGCUCAUGUCGAAGGUCAAUUGAUUGAUAUGUUUGCAGCUGUCUGUCUAUCCAGUAGUCUUGGUUUUCGGGGGAAGCGGAGGAGAUGUAGGGGGGGCGUGUGAAGAUGGCAGAGGGAGGCCGGGUUUUUGAGUGGUCAGGUCUCGGUUAGCGGUGUGGGCGGUGGUGCUGUAAAAGGUGUGGUUCAUUUGGUCAACCCAUAUUAAAUCAUCAAGGCUUUCAGCACUCAGACAUCCUUGAAAACCACAUCUGUGCUCGAGGGGGCCGCACAAAACAACACACAAACACACACUGUGUACCUUGCCCGUCAUCCCUCGUUUCCACACACACACACACACACACACACUCACACACUGAAAGACACUCAAAACUGUCCGAGAAGGAAAUUGAAUUGUGCAUGUUUUAUUAUUUGAGCGGUGCAGUGCUUUAGCCGGGUCCCGUCCACUGUAAUGGUGUAAUGUAUAUUUCAUUACAGCCUAAUGGGCUCCAUUAGCACAGUCUCCUCACAGACAUUCAAGACUUAUUUUUUUAUGGCUGAGAAGGAUGGAUGGAGGGGUGGAACGGAGAGGUGAAGGAGAGGAGCAACAUAGGAGAAGAGGAGCAGCGGAGAGGAGAAAUAAGAGGAGAGGUAAUAACGCAUACUGGGGUAGAAAAUGGAGAAGGAAGGAGAGAGUCCAGAACAGAAGCAAUGGGGUAGAAAGAAGGAGACGAUGGGAGUGGGGGGAGAAUGGUUCAUGAGGAAGACAAAGGAGGAAGAGGAGACAGAGGAGUGGAAAGAGAGGAAAAGGAGGUGUGAAUGUCCUCAGGGAGAAAGUGAGAGUGAGCAUCCAUCAUUACAGCAGCCUGCACAUGUUCUAUAAGCCACAACUUUAACCUCACACUCAUAGCACAUUCCUACGUUCAGCUCCAACCACACGCACACAAACAUAUACACACACACACACUUACACUGUAUACACACACAUUUUACUGGCAGUCCACCAACAGCUAACACUGAAAAAAACUCAAUAAUGCACCACACAUCCCCAUUAUUGAGAACCACUUGACUCACUUACAGCACAGCUCACAUAUCUGUUUUUACCGACACACUGUAUAUACACAGAGGCUCACAUGCAUGCAAGAAAACACAUUAAUGUUUGUUUGGGCGUUUUGCUGGAGCAUAUUUUACUCUUACAAACACGACCACUGCGGUUUCACUAACAGCCAUUCUCUUCGAUGUAAAAACAUCUAUCUGGAAGUCUUUUUUGUUUCUGAACAACAGCACUUGAUGGUAUAGAUGUUUGUGAACUUGAAAAUGUUGGUUUUAUUGAUUUAUAGUAUUAUUUAUAAAUUAAAAAAGCAUUUUUGUACAUUUCUUUCUAUAUAUACAGUUGCCUUUUGCAACAACAAAAUGACUAAUAAUGGUCACUUGUUUUAUUUAUUAUGUUUGAGCAAAAUGUGUAAGAUAAUCUCCAGUGUAUUUUUAUGUCACGCUCCCUCUGAACAGCUACCUAACCUGUCCUAGUGUCUGGAGGGCUCUACAGCAGGGGUGGAUGUUACACCGGUGUGCAGAUUUAUUUUGACAUAGUGCAAAUGUUCGCCUCCUGCAGAGCAUGAUUGUGAGGGUUAACGGUUGCAGCGUCCACAAGGCUGGCUAACAAGCUCCUCAAAAUCCAUCCCUGCUGUACAGUCAAGUAGAGUUUGCACUGAGUGAGCGCUGCACUCGACGUGAUUCAAAAACGUAAAACACAAUAACUCUGUGCAAUAACAGAGGGCGGGGGAAUGUGUGCUCUGGAAAAGAAACGAGAAGAAACAAACUCAUAGAGGAGGAGAGGGUUGAAGCAACAUCCCAGCUGACUGCACUGUGUGUGUACAUACCUGCUGUGUUUUUUUUUAGUUUAAUGAUGAACUGUGGAGACGUUUUGACAGAAAGACGAUGUGAGACAAUGUUUGUUUUGAUGAAGACUUGUCAGCACAACGCAGGAGAGCUCUGAAAAACUUUAACACAACUCCAACCGGAGAUCGGCUGUCUUCGCAUUGAGGCCUCAGAUCAAAGUUAUUGGUCAAAUAUGGAAAAAGAAAAAAAAAAGAAAAAUACAGGAGAACUGUUGUGCGAAUGGACGCCUCAGACAAAGAGGGGCUGACAAUCACAGACUUCUCUCUUUCUCUCUCUUCUUCAAGUGACCUACUGUAAAAUAGACUUACACAACCAAUUUUCCUCUUCUAUGCUGCCUAUACUGUACGUGAUAGUCUUAAACUUUGGUCUCUAAAAGUGCUACUUUUUCUUUAUUUUCUUUUUUGUAAAAUGAAAUAACAGCAAGAGGAAUGAACAAAAACACAAAUAUACAAAUGUGAAUAAGCUGCUGAAAGAAAUAAGCGCCACAACCUGCUGUGUCCAAGACUGUCGGUAACUAGAUUGUACUUUUUUUCCCUCUCUUUUUUUCUUUUUUUUUUGUCUCAGAGGAGGGCAGAGAAAAUGGUUGAAGCUUCUGUUCCUACGACUCAUGCUCAGCUUUUUUCCUCUGAUGUUACAACCUCAUUUGGGUGGGAGGCUAAAAUGCUGUUUAAUGUUGUACUCGACAUUUUCUUCAAACCUCAACAUAAAACAUUUUUGAGAUUAGCUGAAACUAGCAUCCAGCCACUCUCUGGUUAGGUCCAAGUGCCACGCGAGAGACAAGCUUCUUGAAAACUGUGAUGUUAGCAUGAGUAACACCUGUCUUUUUAACUUAGCUUUUCAUGUUUACAUGUUAGCUUAGCCUGCCUAAUAAGUAAGCUAAUGUGCUAACACUACAAGAGCUAACGUGAAUGUAAAGGACAGCUAGGAAUUCAUGCCUUUCCUUACGUGUUGUUACUUGAUCUUUUCAAUCGGUGGGAGCAAGAAAGUGGUUGAAUGCUAAUGUUAGCUCAUGGUAACUCAGAUGUUGGCAUAUAAUUUACCAAAAAAGAGCGACUUAUGUUGUUUUAAUUUGAAAUCUGGUCUGCUGACCCUCCUUCAUUUCCCCUGAAUUCUUUUUGUGUUUGUAUACAACAUUAAAUAAGCUUUUUUAAUUUCCUUCCUUGAGCAUGACAUCAGGGGAAAAUGCUCCCCAUGUUAAUAUGGUAAUUUACACAAAAUGACACAUCUGCCAACAGGAUGCGGAAUUAUUUAUUGUAAGAUGGUAGAGGAAGGUCCCGCCCUCCUUUGCCUCUGAUUGGUUAGAAGUUCUGGGCUCUGAUUGGUUAUUCCUGAAACGUCAUUGUCUGUCGGGUUAUGGUCAGGAUUAGGAUGCGGGUUAGUGUUAGGAGAUUUAGAAGUGCGAUAAUGUUCUGUUCGAUGUACAGAGCUGACAGCCCGCGUUUGGCUUGAGCGUGUGAUGACGUUUCCAGCUUUUCUAGCCAAUCAGAGGCGAAGGAGGUGGGACUUUCCCCUUACCAUCUUACAAAAAAAAAAUAUCGCCCACAGGAUACAGAGUUGUUGCUUUUCCUCUUGGCGCGUGUGAGUGUGUAAGGGGAGGGCUGAUUAAUGCCAUAGUGAGUCAGGAGGGAUUCAGACUCGACCCAAAUCCAGGUUCAAAUCAGUUUCAAGGAAGAAUCAGGCAUUGAUUUGUUGCCACUCACAAAUGUAUGAUAAAUUACUAUAUCCAGUCAUGUCGGACUGAGGUCGGUAUUAUGGCAGCUAAGAUUCAUGGAAUCACUCAACCUUAUUUAUUUAUGUUUAAAAAAUCAGCCUCCUGCCAAACACAUAUGAAUGAAUCCAAUUUUUUUCUCACCCGUUUCAGCAAUAUGAGCAGAUAUUUUCCAUUUUUUAGUUCCUCAUGACUUAUUACGAGUAGAGCUAAACCAUAUGACACAGUACAUUUAAGUCUAUCCUGCUCUCAGAUACACAUCAGGAGUCUGAUCGUGUCAUGAUCUGUAUCAGGACUAAUCCCUUCUCUCUCACACAUCAGAGUCUAAGCAAAUAAAGCUGAGAAAUCAGAAAGGUCAUCUUUAAGAUUACCUUUCUGCUUGGAUGCUUCUGAAGCCUCGUCGCCUUGAAGAAAGUAAAACCACUCAAACUGCUUCUCUGCAAAAAAAAAAAAGAAAAGAAAAGAAAAAAAAGUUUUUUGGGGUGAAACUGUGAUUUGCUAUAUGCAGUAUCUCUGUUUUUCAGUAUUUGGUUUUGUAUCGUUUGUCUCUGUGUUAAAAGAAGGUUUUGUUGCUGCCACAGUGGUAGAAAAAGGAGGAUUUGUGGACGUCUUGUGGAUGCUUGGAUUGUACACGGCUUAAAAUAGGACACAGGACAAAAUGCUGUGAGAUUUCUGUACGAAAGAGAUGUCAAAUUGUAAUUCAAUGCCUAAAAUGUAAGGACCAUCUGUCUCGCAAAGCACAUUGGUAAUUAAAGCCGGAAAUAAAAAUCUAAAUGUGCUUAGGUGGAAACACACACACACACAGCAGAAGGAUCAUGUACAGUCGUACAGAUGGCAGAAAUAAUAAAAAGUGAGUCAUGAUGAUGGUGAUGAUAUGAUUUCUCUCUGAACCUGGAACAGUCUGUGCUACAAUGUAAUUAAUAAAAAGUGUUAUGUCACAACAAAGCUC